AUGGCGGCGGCUGGGGCCCCGCCCCCGUGCGGAUGAGCUCACGCGGUGCCGCAGCCCCGGGAGGAGGGGGGAGGGGCGGCUGCUCCCUCACAACAAGAUGGCGGCGGCGGCUGCAGCGUCCGGUGGCGGCGGCGGCGGUGGAAGCGCCGGGGGCCCCCCGCUCCCGGCGCCCGGGACCCGCCUGCCUCCCCGGCCCCGCCGCCCUCCGCGGCCCGCCCGCCGGGCCCCGCGCGCAUCGGCUACUACGAAAUCGAGCGCACCAUCGGCAAGGGCAACUUCGCCGUCGUCAAGCUGGCCACGCACCUCGUCACUCGCGUCAAGGUGAGGCGGGCGCGACUCUGAGGGGCCUCGGACCCGCUGCUCCGCCGCCCGGUCGCCUGACAGCUCCGCUCCCCGAGGCUGGAGCGCGCCGCCCCCGCGGCCUUGUGGUGGGGGGUCGCGUCUGCUUCGUGCCCGGCAGCGACAAAGCGAAAGGGGAGACCAGACCAGACCGCAACCCCGGCACCGGCCACCCAGGCUCCUCUCCUCUUCCCUCCUCUUUUCCUGGGAAUGCCGGCGGGAGCCUUCCAAGCCCCGCCACGCCGGGAAUGUGCGUGGCGCGGCUCUGGGCAUCCCCGGAGGCGUUGCAACGGGCUCCUUGGGCUCGCAGGAGACUGGCUUGGGACGGUGGUCUUGCCCCUUUCCUCCUCGCUGUGAGGGAUGCUGUUGCCGCCUCCCCGUCCAGUACUUGGUCCCCACAACCAGGCUGCCCUGCUUGUGCUCCCGCUUUCCGUGCUCCCGGAGAGGGGAGGCUUCUCCCGAGAGUGCCACUUUUCCCUGCCAGAGCAAACCUGGUCCUUUCCUUUGCCUGCUGGCUCCUUGAAGUGCCUGUGGUCCAGGCAGGCGCUGCUGCUGGGUUGCUGUGGACCAGCCACAUGUGGCUAGGGAUGCAGGCACCCUGGGUGCCUCCAUGCAAAGUAGCCACAGUGGUAACUUUGAGAGCACCUUGCUUACCGGCACUGAUAAGGUUCAUCAAAAAGCUGGGCACGGUCUUGCUGUCAGUUUGCACUGGGCCUCUGUUGAUCUCCGACUAAUAAAGAAAAUUCCCCUCCUUUCUUUCUCUCUCUCUCUCUCUCUCUCUCUCUCUGUGUGUGUGUGUGUGUGUGCCUGUCUGUGGAAAGGAGGUCUUUAGGAGAUGGUUCAGAAACUUCAUUUAGAUUUUUGUUUAAUUUAAAUUUUGCUUAAACAGCAGAACCUUUUAAGGCUUCUUAUGACCAGUUUUUAUUCAGUGAAGGAGGAUUGGAAUGCUUCUGUGCUGUUGAAAAGAGCAAGGGCAAUGAGCGUUGCCUUUUGUCAGGCCUGGCACCUGUUAGCAGAGCUUAGUGCCUUUUUCUUUAGUCAGUUUCUUUCAUAUGCUUUUGGUGCAUUAGCUGGCAAUGCGUACCUGUACUAGCUGCUUACGUUUGCCAUGUUGGAUGAUGGCUUCAUAGUGGCAGGGUCCCUUUCCAUCAAUUGGGAUCUGAUUUGGCAUUUUUUCUGUCCAAGGUGUGAUAUUCUGAAACUGACCAGAUUAUUUCAUUCAUCAUUUGACAAGAAUCUAAACCAAAGCUGGUCACUUUCCAAGGAUACUUCUGCUUGGGGCAGGACAGAAUUUCCUGCCUGAUCUGGUGGCAGCAGCCUUGGAAUCUUACACCUUCUCUUAAAGCAUGAAGCCUGACUACUGGCAGCAGUAAUCUCAAGAUUUUUGCCCUGUAAGCAUCUUCUGAGAUGGCAAUUAUCAUUCUGCAUGUGGAAAGGAGUGGUCUGGCUUGUGAUGGUUGACUGAUGGGAGGAGGGUGUCACCAGCUGGUCUGAUAGUACUUUUGAAUUCUGGGUCUGAGAGCAGAAAGCAACUUGAUGAGAUCAAUAGUGGGAGAAAAGGGGUUUUGGGUUGUUGGGGUUUUUUGUUUUGUUUCUUGCCAUGUAAUCUAUUCCUUAAUCACCAGUUACUGCUGCUAAGAGUGGUCCUUGUGAUUUUUUUUUUUUUUGCACAUAUGUAACUUCUAAUUGAAUUGUUAAAUGGCAUUGAAACUCAAGGACUACAAUCUUUUCCUUUCCCAUAUAUAUAUAUAUAUAUAUAUAUCUGCCAACUGAGGACUACAGUUUAUUCAUUUGAUAAAGUGGACUCUUGUCCAUGAAACUUGCCAUAACAAAUUAGUUGGUCUUCAAGAUGCUACAUUGAACCAAACACAGGUACUACUUGUAUCCUCUGAUCAUGAAGCUGAAUUUCGGGUUGUCCUCUUAGCUGCUGGGCCUUUUAGAUUGAUGAUGUGCUAAGCAGCUGUUUGUUCAUCAAAUGUUGCUGAAUGCAGCUUGACAGCAAGUCUGACUAACCAACAUAUACAGUGGUACCUCGGGAUAAGAACUUAAUUCGUUCUGGAGGUCCGUUCUUAACCUGAAAUGGUUCUUAACCUGAGGUACCAGGCCUCCCGCUGCUGCCGCGACACCAUUUCUGUUCUCAUCCUGAAGCAAAGUUCUUAACCCGAGGUACUAUUUCUGGGUUAUCGGAGUCUGUAACUUGAAGCGUCUGUAACUCGAGGUACCACUGUACAUUAUGAGAAAUUCUCCUAUUGUUGGAAUAAGUCAGGUGAGAACAAGUCACUGCUCCUGCUUUUUACCUGCUCCCAUCUACUGUUAAUCUGGUGCCAGGGGGCAGCAAUGCAGAAAUCUGCAGAAGUCUGGAAUAAAAUCUUCAUCUCUGUCUGCAGGCUAGUCCAGCAGAGCUUCUAGGUCAGCUCUGUUACUUGUGCUGAUAUUUUGUUUCUGCAUAGUGUAGAAAGCAGACAGGAAGCAGUGGUCCUAUGAUGGUGAGUUUCUGAUCUAUGUAAGAAGCCCUUGGGUCCAUCUAUGGCUGUGGUGUGCAACAUCUGAGGUGGCACAGUGCUGCUGGUGCUAUCGUUCAGUUUGUUGCAGAGCUUAAUUGCUGCUUUCUCCCUACCUGUGGCUCUCCAGUUAUUGUUGGACUACAACUCCCAUCACCCCCUGACCAUGGCUCAUGCUGGCUGGGAUGAUGGGAGUGAAGUCCAACAACAGCAUAUGGGUGCAUGUACUCCAGGUAGUUUCCCAGAUAGAGCUAUCCUCCACUGUUAAAUUCAUAUUUAAAAAGCCUAACUCAACCAGGAUUACUGACAGUGGUUGAUGUUAAAGUCUAUGAAAAUAUCAGGGUAAAAGCUGUGUUAAUGAAUAACAGAGGCUUAGUAUGGGAACUGAAGUUUGAAGAACCUGCUUCUUUGAGAGUUUUCUCUGCAUAUCUUAUGAUCUGGAGCCCAUUCUGAAUACAAAAACUUAUUGACUGAGGAGCUCCUGGAUUGCUAACGAAGGGCACCUUCCACUUGCAGAAGGUACCAGCACCCAGAAGAGGCUUCUUGCUAGAAAGUGGGUGAGGCAGGAGGAAGUAACUUCUAUUUCCCCAAGCCCCCAGAAUCAUUUCCCAUGCUGUUCUGGAAUCCCCAGGAGCAGCUUUUUAGGGGACUGUAAUAGAAAGGAGGAAUUGAUGAAAAUUGCCACUCCAACCCCUUAUAAUGUGAGCACCGAGUAGAGCUCUCUGUUCAUUAUGAGAAUGGAUUCAGCUCAUUGCAUCUGACACAAGAAAUCUCAAUUUAAAAUAAAUCUUACUUUCCUUGUUUUGUUUAGAGUGGGUCUUAGUUGCACAAAGACUUUUUCGUAGCUUCUUGGAUCAAGAGACUGGCUAGCAUGUAUCUGAAAUGCUUCUUGAACCUGUUGAUUCACUUCUGCCAGUGGGUGGAGAAGAACUGCUGUUCCUUGGAAGUCGAGUCUCUGAUCAGUUUGAGCAACUUGCAUUCUGAGAAUAUUUAGCCUGACCCGAGUUUGUAAUUCAGUCAAGAGUUCAAAGUGAAUUCUUGAAGGCCAAAUAUCUGACCUGUACUCUCAAAACAUGUGUGGGUGGGUGGGGGCAGGUGAGAGAAGAAAUGCAGACUUUGAAGAAGGGGCAGAGGAUCCUUGUGCCUCUCAAAACCUUUUCAUCUAAAGGUUCCUCAAGUUCAUUUUGUUGUCUCCAGCAAGCAGAGUACAUGACCAGCAGAUGUCUGCUUAUGCGGGGUUUCUCCAGUCCUUGUGUUUUUCUGUGGUCUCAAUUGGAGGCAGUCACCGUAGUGAUUCAGAGAUGGCUGGCUGCAAACAGGCUUAGAAACAAAUAGGUGAUUGUUUACAAAGUCCACCAGAAAGCCUGAAGUGUUGAGCAAGGCACUAAUACUGAAGUGGGAAAGUGUUGUGGGGAAAUCCCCCCCAUGCCCACCCCACCCGCCUGCAUUCAAAAGCAGGCCAGUGUUUCUCAGUUAACAGGAAUUCUGUCUGGGGCUUGACUUAAGUAGACUUUGGUAGGGACAGACAGAUCCAUGGAAAACUGGAGCCCUGGGGCAAUAUCCAAAGGUUUCACUGAGUUUUUGUGAUAGUAAUUGAAACAUUGGGGGGUGGGGUGGGAGGUGGAUCUGACUGCAGGAGAGGUUACCCAUCUAUUUUCCCCCUGUCUGCUUAUGGUGAAGCUGCAGAAUCCAAGAGUCCUGUUUGUUAAGAGCUCUUGGAGAAUGGAACUCCCAGUAAAAUUGGCAAAGCCACAAGCAUUGAAAAAUAUGGAACAUGCUUCUGUUUUACAACUCUGAGGAUCAUUUUGGAAGGGCACAUAGGUGAGAGGAGCUGUUGUAUUAGACCAAUAACAUUUCAUGGUUCACAGAACUUGUCAUUGUUUUUUAGAUUCUGGGAGACUCAGUGUGGCUUGCUUCAUACAAGUCUUAGGUUCUUGCUUGUUACAAUUGCCUACUUGCCUUUCUUUAUGGAACAUCCCUUGCUUCUCAGUAGAGCUUUCCCAGUAGCCUUUCUCCAGUCUCCUUGUCUGUCAGAAAUUCUUUUGAGCUUAGCGCUGGCAAGAUUCCUUCUAAGCACAAGGCCACAAACACUGUUGAAAUGGACCCUUUCACUUAAAAGCGCAGAUGGUCCAUUUAUUUACUGCGUUCUUGCUAACCUUGAAAAUAUGUUUGCUGAAAUUCACAGUGAUGGAACAUUGUGGUAAGAGAGCAUUGUUCACUUGAAAAAUGCAGGCUAGUUGGUUUCAGAGACAAUGUUUAGAUGCUGCUAUCUGGGAAAUAAACUUUGAUGCAUGCAUGCGAAGCUAGGUUUAGAGGAGCUGAUUUUAAAUCCUGUUAACUUUUAGUGUAUGGCAAGGAUGCUGCUGUCAGCUAGACAGGAACCGACUUGCUUCUCUGGGGGUAUUAACAGGACACCUGCAGGAUAUCUUACUGUGUUCCUCCCUCUCUGUUUCCUGUGUCCUUUCACCUCAUUUCUCUUGCAUUCUGAUGUUGCACAAGGAGGAGGGAAAAUGCUCUAUGACCUCUCUACCAGGCUGUUGUGUACAAAUCCUUCUAGUGGCCUUGUUGAAUUACAGAGUAGAAUUUGCGGCACUGUCAACCCAGUGGUGUCAUUACAGGCAGAGGGAGUUUGAAAUUGCCCCAUUACUGGGCAGUGCCAUGUGUGUGGUGUCUGUUACGCAACUGUGGUGAGGCUUGGGCCCUUAUCCGUUAAUUUAUUCUGGCUGUAGUUUUGUUGGUGAUCUUCUGAUUCUCUCUCACAACAUUAUGCUGUGUACCUGUAUUUGCAUACAAGAUAGUAUUUUGUACAGAAACCUGAUGUGCAUCAAUAGCGCAUUGCAUUUGGCAAAUAUGCAAGUGCUCGCUCAGUAAUGCUGUAAUCCCUCCAUCUUGUGUCCUCAGGAGGGCCAGGUAGGCUUUGUCUGAGAUGCAUACUCACAGUCUCCAUAGUUAGUUCUUGGUUUCCUGCCUUUUCCUUCUGGAAGCUCAACUUGCAAGGGCUGAUUACCUUGUCAUAUGCUGGGGACAAUCCUGACAAGUCUAAGGUGAAGGUGUUACUGAUAGUGUAGCCUUUUCCUCACACAUCACUCAUGCCUGAGAACAUGGGUAGGCAAACUAAGGCCCCAGGGGCCAGAUCUGGCUCAAUCACCUUCUAAAUCUGGCCCGCGGAUGGUCCAGGAAUCAGCAUGUUUUUACAUGAGUAAAAUGUGUCCUUUUAUUUAAAACGCAUCUCUGGGUUGUUUGUGGGGCCUGCCUGGUGUUUUUACAUAAGUAGAAUGUGUGCUUUUAUUUAAAAUGCAUCUCUGGGUUAUUUGUGGGGCAUAGGAAUUUGUUCAUCCCCCCAAUAUAGUCCGGCCCCCAAGGUAUGAGGGACAGUGGACCGGCCCCCUGCUGAAAAGGUUUGCUGACCCCUGCCUGAGGAGUUGAUUGUUUGUUGUCUAACUCCCCAGUCAAUUUUAAUUUAAGCUGCGCUGUACAGUGGUGCCUCGCAAGACGAAAUUAAUCCGUUCCGCGAGUCUCUUCGUCUUGCGGUUUUUUCGUCUUGCGAAGCACGGCUAUUAGUGGCUUAGCGGCUAUUAGCGGCUUAACGGCUAUUAACGGCUUAGCGGCUUUAAGAAAAAGGAAACAAACUCGCAAGAACUCGCAAGACGUUUCGUCUUGCGAAGCAAGCCCAUAGGGAAAUUCGUCUUGCGGAACGACUCAAAAAACGCAAAACCCUUUCGUCUAGCGAGUUUUUCGUCUUGCGAGGCAUUCGUCUUGCGGGGCACCACUGUAAUCUGAAAGCAACUUAACUUGCCAAGUUGCCAGAGUUACCAUCCAUAGGCCUCAAUAUUGGUAUCUGCACUUGAUUUCCCAGGCUGCUCUAGUUUACCUCACAGUUUACCAAUAUUUUAACUAGGAAAGUGAAACUGCUUUUUUUGCUGACAUUUCACAUUUGGUGGCUUCUGGCAAAUGUGGCUUCCUGGUUGACCUAACUUCUGAGUCUGAGGUGUAGGAUGUUGAACAGCAACCACGAUUCUGUUUCUUGAAAUCCUCUGUAAUCAGAUCGGCAGAAUGCAUCAUUAUCAUCAUCAUCAAACGAAGCCCUACUACUUGAUGAGGUGGGGGAAAGCUUCUGUUCUUUGGGGAAUUUGCAGGACUUCUUAUAUGGCAUGUUUGGAAGGGCUAGUUGUUGGGAGCAUUUGUGAUUUGUUACUUGCCUGAAUACUGUUCCUCAUGCACAUACCUCCCUCUGCCACACAAGGCAAUGUAUACUAGGAGACUGCUGCCUCCUGAUCAUAGCAUAGUGCUAGUUUGAUGUGGGCUUCUUUUCUGGUUCAGAUCUUUACUCACAGUGCACAGGGACUAUGACUCCCCCUCCCCUCUAUCAAUUGAAUCUUGUGAAAUAUGUCUGAUGUCUAUUGGAAAGACACCUUUUCUAGCAGUACUCCUGGGGCUUGUGGUUUCUCAAAGAAUCCUGAUAUGUUUGCUGUUGAAUGAAGAAGGAUGUGGAAAAGAGGCAGAGAACUGUUGCCAGCGUAUUCACUCUGUGAUUCCCUCGACACUCCUUAGAGGCAGAAGAAUGCAUUAAUCGCCAAAAUGUAUUUAACUGUGCUAUCUGACUCUAAACAACUCUUAACUUCUAAAAGUAUUUUAGUGUAGUCAGCAAAAGGACCACUAUAAAAUGUUCAUCAUCUCCAGCUCAGUUCUGUUGACAGGUGACAUUUGUGUGUCUCAAAACACCUCCUUUUGUGAGGGCCGUAAAAACUGGAAAGUGUGUCGGGGGAGGGGGGAUUAAGGUCUAGCUCUUGCCUAACCCUCCCCAAAGAAAAGAGCUCCACAUGAUCAAAUCUGAGGAAACAAGACCAGAACUUUGGUGUUCUCUCAAGCUCUUACCGGGUGGUGCUGGAGAGCUGUCUGCAAUAUUGAGAUUUAAGGUAGAUCAAAAUCUUGUUCAGCAUUUCUUUCCAUGGUUAGAUAAUGGCAAAAACGCGUUACGAAGAUUUCACUUGUUUGCUUCGUAAACAAACAGCACUUGCUCAUCCCUCCCUCUCUUGAUGGUUGUACUGCAGCUUGUUUUCCAGUGACUGUCUGCUGGAGUGGGAGAAAGGCCAGAAAGAGGAUCAAAGUUGGCUGACUGACUUUGUGACUAGUGUGUCCUGUGCUGCACCCCUUUUGGAAGGGAAAAUGGUAAUUGACAUACUGCAUGCACAUGACUCCCUAUGUCUGGUGGUAGGCACAGAUGAUUCCAGAGAUCUACAUGUGAUGGCUGUACACCAUCCACAAGAGACAAAAUUUCUGAGGUGCCCUGGAUUUUGAGUCGUUGUUGGAAAAAACUGGAAAUGGCUCUAAGAAACAAAUUGAAUUAGUGACUUGUGGUCACGUUCAUGUUGGGUGGGGACAAGAGAAGUGCAUGUAUGCCCUUUGCUUUCAAGAUCUGUGUUAAGUGUGUUGAAGCUUUGCUCGAAUCCAUAUUCUGUGGAUUACUUGGUUUUUUAAAGAUCAUAGCUGAAGAUCACUUUGAAUCUAUAGGUAAUAUAAUUCCACAUUUGAAAAUUGGACUUCCAGGCUUCUGGAGCCCUUUUUGCUAUUUAUUCAUAUUGAAAUACUAAAUAAAAUCAAUAUUACAAAUAAUAAUAAAAAACAGAAUCAUAAAAUUCAAAACAAAUUCAGAACUCCAAUUACAUAAAAUGCCAGUGAAUGGGACCAAAAAAAAAAAAGUCACUGAAGCCCUGUCAAAACAAGCAAGUAUGUUAAGGCCUUCUGAAAAGCCUGAAGUGUAGCCACCUGCCACAGCUCUAUAGAGAAAGGCUUGGAGAAGCCCCAAGCAUCAGUGGUACCCUCUUUUCAGUAUGUAUUGGGGACUUCUGCGUGGAGAUGAGUCACUUGUUCUAAAAAUGACUAAUGACUGCGAAUCAUUCUGAAACAACUCUCUUUUGGUGUGUGUGUGUGUGUGUUAGGUAACAGGGAGGCUGUUGGGCUACAGAAAAUCUCUCUAUGCAACCAAUAAUAUUUCUUCUACUGACAACUCUUGGGCCACUCUUAACAGGCUGUAGCUCAUCCUUUUAUUAGUGCUCCAGAUGUGAUAUGAAUUACCUGCUUCUGGAGAUCACAGAGCAUGAAAGUGUUCUCUGCUCCCACCACUGCUCUUUGGCAUUUCAAUCUGUCUGAUCUUGUUUGGCCUAGGGGCACUGCAUGGUAUUAUUAUUAUUAUUAUUAAUUAAAUUUGUAUACCGCCCUCUACCCGCAGGUCUCAGGGCGGUUCUCAAUAUAAAAUCACAAUAUAAAAACACAAAACAUAAUAAAAACAAGAACAACCCAAUAAUCCCUCCCCAACACAUUUUAAAAGGGCAUUGGAUGUCAAUAGCCAAAGGCCUGGUUAAAUAAGAACACUUUUUUCUUCUAAAUCUCCCAAAGCUUCUUUGGUAUGUCUCUUUCAAUAUUUAUUAAAAUAUUUGUAUGGCAUCUUAUUCCUAUGAACAGCAUUCAGGGUGGCCACUGACAAGUUACUGUAGGCAAAGCUGAAACAACUGCAAAAGUGAAAGCAGAGCUAAAGCUUUAGAUGAAACAAGAUGCACUGUUUCUAUGUUUCUGUAUAUUAAUAAAAUGUUUUCCAAGCCCUCCUUUGCUUUGUGUAUCACCUCUCUCCCAUGAUGUCUGUUAAUUGGCUGAAGAGAUGGGCAUGUUCUCCUUGCUUCUGAAUCAAUUCUAUUAUCAGUUUUGUCACAUUAUUUUAUUGUCUCUUGAAAAUGUCUGAAAGCUAUACAUGUUAUGUAUCAGUCUUGUUGGGCAUGCAAAAUAAGGAGAGUGCUAACUAUGGAAACUCCCCCUCCCCAACUGGAAUGGUAUUGUGUGAUUUUUAUUUGGUCUCAGUAAAAAAACCAUUUAGGACAUUUUAAUCUACAUUUUGAGUACCACAUAACUCUUCAUUUUGCUUAAUGUUAAAACAUAAGAGUUGGGGGUGUUAAAAUAGUUUGUUAAAAGAGGGCAAGAGCAUGAUGGAUACUCUUAUCUGCAGCAGAGGGUAUCGCCGCAUCCUUCUUGCAAAAUGUCUAGGUUAGCUUGUGCCAUUGCUACACUGAAGCAAAGAACACAUAGUAGCAGUUCCCACUCUGUUUUUGCAUGUAUUAAAUAAAUGACAACUACUCAGGUCUGUCCACUCACAUCCAAGAAAGUGUGGUUUUUUAACUCUGUCUUUUGAAUGGUUUUGUCAGGUUGGCCAAGCAAGUUCCUAGGGUGCUUGUUAAUUCCCGUGUGGGAAUUAAAAUGUUGCAGUGUUUCUAACAGAGUCUUCCUGUUCACAGUUCACCUCUAGCUAGGCCCUCUUCCAGGAUACUCCGUUCCAUUCCAUUUCAUGCCGCCUCCCAGCCUUGGAGCUGGGAAGGCAUGGGGAUGGAUUUGCUGCUACAACAAUGCCUGAAAGUUAGGGAGAAGGCUAAUAGCAUACCAUGCUUUCCAGAAAGCAAUGUCACAGUUUCCAUGACAGAAUGGGAUACAAUUCAUAGGCUUGUUAUAGGGAUAACACAGAUAAUCGGUGUUCAAUCUGCUUUGAACAGUCUCUUUUAUUAAAAAAAAAGUACAGUGAAUGUUGAUAGGAAAGGCAGGAACUUGAUGAAGAGUACCUCGUUGCCUGUUUGCCAUACAUCAAAAUUUUCCUUUAGAAUCUGGGAUUGAACAGUGCUUGUGUUUUAUGUGAUUGAGCCUGCAGUAGCAAACUGGAUGAGAAUCUGACAUAGUGACCUUUCGCUGCUUUGGAAGUGCUUGGUUGUCAGUUUUGGUUAACUGUGAAAUUCCAACCUGACAUCGCAGAAGGCAAGGUAGUGCCUCCUGAGCUGGUAUGUAGUUAAUUGUCAGCCAACGCAGGGCUGGACAUUCACACACCUCAUAUGUCAAGUGUUUUGCUUAUCUGAGUGUUGCUAUGAAAGAAGUUUGUAGAGGAGAGACUAAUAAGCUUGGGAGGGAAAAAUCUCUGUUGAGGUUCUAAACUGAUUAAAACUGGGCUCCAAGAUUAUGAAGGGUGGUUAAAGAAAUGUGGAUUGCGUCUUUCCCAGCUGUGAGGCAACAUAGAUAUGCUGGAGUGAUGGUAAGAUCUACUUAAAUUGCUAAAUUGUCUUGGCUAGUGAGUUGGAAUAGUCCUCAUAAUGACAACUGUGUACACAGAGUGCCACUCCAGUUUUUAUUUAAAAAUAUCCUACCCAGAAAAUCUCUGUGUUUCAAGCAUCUAGAGAAGACAAACCAGUAGAGCCAGCACAAUAAUGCAGAGUUUGUAAAUACCCUGCCAAAAUUGGUACCUCCAGCACUCAUGCACUAAAGCAGGCAAGUUGCUUGUUCUUUGCUGCUUCUAGUGUCAUAUUUGCCUCAGGAGAGGCUGGCUAGGCUUGGCCCUGCAGCAGCCUAAGCUUCGCAGAAGAAUGGAAGAUUAAGAGACCUCCAGAAAUGUAACUAAUUUGUGUCUCCUUUUUUUGAGAGAGAAAGAAUGAAGCUACCAAAGUUAAGACAAAUGCAGGAUUCCCAACAUCGUGCUCAUGAAGUUAGUAGUGUUUAAUUCAAUGCCUAUCCAAUCUCAGCAAACUCUGCUGUUAUCCCAUCGCUUCCACAGCUAGGCCUCAAGAUUCAGAUAGUUAAGCCCCCGUUUCCUGAUUUGACUCUGACUUCCAAAUGUGGCCUCUCCCGGCCCCCAUGAAUUUGGUAACGUGCUCUGAGAGGAUAGCAUGUACCGUAUUUUUCGCUCUAUAAGAUGCACCAGACCACAAGACACACCUAGUUUUUGGAGGAGGAAAACAAGAAAAAAAAAUAUUCUGAAUCUCAGAAGCCAGAACAGCAAGAGGGAUCACUGCGCAGUGAAAGCAGCAAUCCCUCUUGUUGUUCUGGCUUCUGGGAUAGCUGCGCAGCCUGCAUUUGCUCCAUAAGACGUACACACAUUCCCCCUUACUUUUUAGGAGGGAAAAAGUGAGUCUUAUAGAGCAAAAAAUACGGUAGUUCUCCUCCCAGAAUGACUACUAAAACCAAAGAAUAUAUUUUAGCAUGACAGGAGGAACACAGGGAACUGCCUUAUACAGAGUCAAACUAUUGGUCCAUCUAGCUCAGUAUUGUCUACAUUGACUGACAGCUACUCUCCAGGGUUACCGGCUAUGAUUUUUCUCAGCCCUACCUGGAGUUUGAACCUAGGACCCUUUGCAUGCAAAGCAGAUGCUCUGUCCCUGAGCUAUGGCCCUUCCCAGUAGCUGGCUUCUGGGUGCCAUUGUGCUGUUCUUGUGUGUCUAGCCUUUGGCCAUUCACAACUAUUACUGAGGCUUCUCUCUUGAUGAGGGCAUCUUGCAUUGAAGUCCAGGCUAUCGCAGCUCAUUUUGACAUGGUAAAAGGCAGCUUCAUGCUUUCCUUUGUAAGAGAAGGAAAGCAUCUGUAUGUAACUUCUGGGCAGUAGAUUUUUAUACUUGGCAGACAGACACCACCACUCUUUGAUUUCUUUUCUUUUAAUAAUUUUUGUUAGUACUCCUAAUUAACAUCUACUCUGAAGUCCUGUUGAAUUCAAUGGGGCCUGCUCCCAGGGAAGUGGGAAUAAGAUUGUAGCUUUGGUAUCUCAAGAUGUUCCAGUUAAUUGCAGUCAUUUAGUAUUUAAAUCCCAGAUUAAAACUGGCCCUGGUUCACUGAUGAUGUGAACAUCAUGCCAAAACUUGGCACUCUUGAAGGAUCUGCCAGCAAGCAAACCACAGAGGUCCUGGUAUUUUGCUCCCUGCACCAGCAUUGAUGGAUGAUAUUUCAGCAGUGGGUUUUCUUUCCAUUCUGCAUCAUUUUGCCUUUUAGGGUAACUGCUGUGGAUUUCUUUUCAUAAUAAAAGCACUGGCAGCUUAAGGUGAUGACACUGCCUGUCAGUGGCUGCAUUGACGUAGGUAUACCCAAGGAAUGUAUGGUGUGCAUACAUUGAGAUUUUGGAUAUGAUUUCUAAGGAGACUCUUGUUUUUCAGAGUGGAAAAUGGUUUGUGCAGUUAUCUAGAUCUUAUUUCCUUAGUGCCAGUCUACAGAGUCAUUUGCUCCACUGUCUGCAUACCUUUUUAAACUUGCAUCUCCUACACCAGGCAUAGGAAUCCUGUGACACUUCAGAUGUUGUUGGACUCUAGCUUCCAUCAUCCCUGACCGUUAGCUAUGUGAGAUGAGGAAAAUGAGAGUUGGAGUCCAAUAACGCCUGGAGAGCCACAGCUUCCUUGUUCCUGUCCUGCACUAUCCACAUCUCUCAGCCUUGUUUAUGAAGUCAUCUAGGGUUGCAUCCAGUGUUAAUUAGAGUUGGUUCUUUGAAAUUAAUAAACAUGACUAAAAAAAGAUAGCAUUCUAACAGUGAGUGGUUACUUGUGUAAGAUCUCUUUUUUGCACUGAAACAAGUUAAAUGUGAUGGCACCAGGGAAUGCUAAUUCCUUUACGUGCACAUUCUCCCCAACUGUUUUACUCCUAGUGCGGGUUGGUACAGCUUUGGAGACUGCAGCCCAGCCACGAUAAAAAAUAGCUGACAAGAUGUGGCUUUGGGUUGGGAAGAGGGCAAGCUAAAGUUUUGAGUACUCCUUUCUGCCCUCCCCUGUGCAUUCUAAAAUAUUCACUUGGGGUACCUCCGGAUUGUCAACGUUUUCUAGGAGGAAUUCAAGGAAUACUGUGAAAUGUAGGUUUAUUAAAGUGGAUUAAAGUGAUCUGUCCUAGCUCAAUAAAUCCACUUUAAAAAGAAACAGGCCUUUUGUGGUUAGGAAAGUGAUGGGGAAAUGAAUUGAAAAAUGUGGAGUGAACUGAUGGGAAGGUGUAUAAGCACCUUGCAAACAAACUGGGGUGAGAGAAGAAUGAACUUCCUGAAGACAAAUCAGAAGGAAUACACAAUGAAGACCAGAUUGAAUCUAACCUUUGUAAGCUUUGUGGCAGCAAACUGGCAUGGAUGUUCAAUUAAUAGGUCAUUUGGAGAAGCUCUUAGUGGCAUCUUGCAUCAUGUUGCCCCAGUCUGCUGCCGCUGCGUUUGGCUAGGGUCGAAGUGAUUUUGCAUAAGAGAGGUUGUCUCCUUCCAUUCCUCAAUACCUGUUCACCAAAGCUUUUUUCAAUAUGUAUAUUUGUAACCUUUGAAUCUUUUCUGAAUCUGCUAAACAGACUAAAACAGACCAAAGGACCCCCUAACUGGUUGGCAGCCCUAAGAGUGUCCUUAGAGUGAGAUGAAGGUAUAGAAAGAUGGCAGGUCACAGAGCAGGGGAGAGUCUUGGCCAUCCAGAACAAAUGCCAACGAGGCAGGAAAUCUGUGGGGAAAGCAAAGUAAAUGUGUUGCAGCUUUUGCCAUGGCAACAAACAUACCCUGUUCCUGUCAGGGAGAGAAGAGAAAAACAAAGCAGGUCAGCCACACGGAGGCCGAGGCAGGAGAAUGACUUUGCCAUAGCUUUGAAACUGUACUGGCAACCAGGGACCUUCGCCCCCUUCUCCAAGAACAGAGUUGCUUCUGCUGGCUUAAGAACAGUGAAAAGGCAAUAGGGGUCAGGGGGUGGUGGGCUAAAUAAGAGUCCAGAGAGAGAUCAGAGCUGCAGGGUGUGAAGGCUUAGGAGACUGUCCUGUCCUAAUAAAUGUAGCGCAAGUGCUGCCGCCAAAUUGCCAGUCGGUGCUCAUGAACUUUCCAUAACCUCCGAGUGGCACUUGUCUGGGCUCUGGAAACUGAAGCUGCAGCUGUAUUUCACGUUGUCAUUUGUGCAAUACAGAUCACAGAACUGAAGAGGCAUUGCUUAAGUGUUAAGAAUCUGAAAACUUCCCUUGGCUUCUGGAGUGCUUCAGAUACCACCGUUGUGUGUGAGUGCGUGCAUGUGUGCUCAUAUAUUUAUAUAUUUGUGUGGAGCUACAACUGCUGCAAACGUUAGUGGGAAGUUCAGCUGUCUUGGUGCUGCAUCUGUGCUGACCCGUAGAUGGUUGCCUGCAUUUGCACACCCUGCAGUUGGUGGCAAAAGUACAAAGACGUUGGUCCCAAGGCAGCUUGUAGCACUCGGAACACUCUCAAAAAGCCGUUACCUACUCACAUGACAGAAUUUUGCUUGUCUACAUUUCCUAAAGCGUAUUUCUCAUCUACCCAGGUCUGAUGCAGAUGCCUCACGGUGGUGCUUGAUGCUGUAUAGAGGCAUCAUUUUUGACAUACAGGCCCGCUUGAGGGCCAAGCAAGCUACACCAAUGGGUUGCAGUUUAGAAAGGGAGCAGCUCUGUUAAUGCUUAGGACAAAGGUGGGAUCUGAUAUGGCAGUGGGUGCAUUGCUUGUCACGGGCUGCGACUGCUUCCCAGGCUUGUGGAACAAAAGUGGAGCGUGCUGGAACAGAUCCACAGGGAGGCUUCCCGGAAGCUUAGAUAGGCUUAUGGUCUGAAAUGGAUACUGUUGUAGUUCAGGAAUAACAACCAGUGCCUGGGAUUAAGAGGCCCAGGAGAGCUGCUCAGAGCUGAGGAACAAAGCAAAGUGAGUGUUCAUCUAUUCCCACCCCCCUUAUUAAAGACUCCGUUCUGCUUCAUGUAAAGAGAGAUGCGCUUUACAGUGCAUUGUAGUUGUUUGUCGGUACGCUCUGCCCCAAGACUGACCUUGAAAACAAAGCUAAAGAGUUUACUAGCCCACUUGCCUUCAUGUAGGGGUGUGUGUGUGUGUGUGUGUGUGUGUGUAUGUGUGGUGGGGAUCUUCAUGAAACUAGAACUAAUAUUUUUAACUCUUCUGAGAUGAGAACUCCUUCCAAGCAAGUGACUAAAAGGCCUGGCUUGCAGUGCUAGCAUUCUGGAUAGGUGGAUUCACAGCUGUUUGGACAACCAUACUCUAAAUGCUCACCAGUGGUUCCUCAUCCUACCAGAGGGAGGUUUUGAGUGGAAUGCUGCAGACAUCUGCUGUGGUCUUGAUUCUCUUCCAACGUUUUUAUCAGUGACUUUGAUGAAGGUAUGGAAGAAAUCUUCUGAGUCUUUCUGUUUUGUGGAUGACACAAAAUGGGGAGGGACUGCUAUACUAAGGCCGCUGAAGAGGGGAAUAACAUUUAGAAUUACCUUGAUAGAACAGAAAACAGAGCUGAAGCAACAUGAAACUCAACAGAGAAAAAUGCCAUGUUCUGCAUUUAGGCAGAAAGAAAAAUAAAACGCACAGGUUAAAACAUGGGGGUUACUUAGCACAUGAAAAGGAUUUUGGGAUUGCAGUUGAACAUGAGCCAUCACUGUGCUAUGGCUGCAGAAAAGGCUACCAUGAUUUAUAGCCUGCAUUAAUAAAACCAUAAUUUCCAAGUUACAGGAAGUAACAGUUCUACUUUAUUAUGCUCUAAUUCAACCUCUUCUAGAGAACUGUGUUUUAUGUCUGGGCCACUCUUUCAGAAAGUUAUAGGCAAAUUGUGAUGCACUCACAGGAGAAGGAUGAAGAUGGCUGUGCCCAAAUUAUUAUGCACUCAAAUGAUUUUGUACAUUGGCUGGUCAAAAUGGAUGGCAUAAGUCUGUAUUUUUUGUUAUUACCCCCUUAUUCAUUGACAUUUUAUGGAAUUUUUUUGAUUGUGAACUGAACCAUCAGAUAGGAAUACUGGAAGCUGCCUUAUAUUGAGAUAGACAAUUGUUCUCUGCUCUCCCCCUGCCCUCCCGGGUAGGUGUAGAUGUAAGGGACUGAAGUUGUUGGAGAACAUGUUACAGUUGAACAUUUAGGGAAGCGUCUUGCUGAUGAAAGCAGUUGGAACAGUGGAAAUAAUGACCACAGGCAGGCUCUGCCUCAUUGGAGGUUUUCAAGCAGAGGUUUGGCUGCCAUCAGUUGGAGAUACUCUAGCAUUGGGUAUUCUGCAUUGGGGGCAAAGAUUCCUGCUCAGUCUAUAACCCUUUCCCUUGCAAACCUCAAAUGGAAUGUUUGACAGCUUCCCUUAAAAGCACUAGUCUUGUGCCAGGCUCCCACUUUGGCUAAAGAGCAUGGAAAAUCAGCUCUGUUUCUAAUGGGGCCUGUUGUGGCUUGUUUGCAGCUGGGGUCCGCUCCACUGACCAAAAAACCUUGCUCGUGUGCAAUGGCAGCAUGCUAUAGCUCCUGUACGGCUUCUGGCUGCCUCCAUCCCUCUUGGUAGUGGUUGGCUGCUCUCCUUCUAUUCUGGUGUAUGGUUCGAGCUCUAUCCUCCCUGUGUGAUCAAAUCCUCCUUUCUUAGCAACAGUAACCACUGCUCCAUUCAGGGGAAUUGGAAACCCAGUCAAUAAAAAACAUCACCAUGUCUUCAGCUGCCCAAACUUCCCUUUUCCUUCUCCUACAGUGGUUGCUCACAUAGUGCUAAGUGUGUUUCUUCACUUCAGCUCUCCCUGCAUGGUUCUUCUCUCUCCCCACCUCCCACCCCCAAUUUGGGUGAUUUAUUGCCUCUCCAGGAAGUCCUCUUCUUCUCCUUUUAUUUCCUUGAAUGUUGUUGAGACAGACUUCUCCAGUCCACUGACCACCUCUAAAAUGAUGACCUACUUGUGCCCGAGUGACAUUUUGGUAAUCUACAGAGAGAAAGGAAAAUAUGGUGGAGGAGGCCUGCAGCAAUGGAGCCCUUGUUGUCUGUAUUAGCAGCUGAGGAUAAACCGGGGUGGGGGCAGGGGAGACGCCUGGCUUGCCUUGUUUGGGCUGUUCUCCUGCUUUAUGUUUGCUUUGCAGGUCAUGGUGCAAGUUCAGCUGAAUGACUCUUGGGCAGCACACAGGGAGACAAACUCACCCCACUUCUGUACUUGCUUGUCUCAUUUUAACAGCUAAACUGGAUGCAAAUGUGUAUCCACAGCAACACACCCAGAAGAGUUUCCUCAGACUUUGUGGGUGUGGUUCUCUUCCCACGCUGCCCCUAGGGAUGUGUGGGCAAGGGCUUUGGAAUGCCACUCUUUCCUAUUGCCCUCUUCAACUACUAAAAUGUGAAUUUCUGUCACAGUGAGGCCGUGCAAUUCCUUAUACUCUCCAGCACAUCAAUGCUGUAGAUUUGUGUAAUUGCUCAAACAAUAAACACGAACAUGUGUGCACCCCCCAGCCCAGAGAGAAAUACUGUUCAUUUCAAAUACUUACCCAUUUUAAGUUUUCUGUGUAGACAAUAAUGAACAAUAAUGAAAUAAAAAAGACAGCACUGACCAUCUCCCAUUCAGAGUAUUCUAAAUUGAAGGGCUGAGCUCACAUUUGUGUUCUCACUAAUGAAAAAUACCCCAUUCUGUCCUCAUUGCUUUAACUUAGGGGGCUGGUGGAAAACAUAAUCACAAUUGUGUUUGCCUAGGCAAGCCUUUUGCAUGGGGGGGGGGGGGAGCAGAGAGAGCACAAGCAACAGUGAGGGUAUGGGGGCAGAAGAUGGAUCUGUCCAUAUUAUCAUGAUGGCUGAGCUGGAAAUCUGUUUUAAGGUUUGUUGUUAGCCUCCUUUUGUGGUCUGAGACCCACUUAUAACUCUCCUCCUUCUGCAAUAAGUGUUUCACUUUGACUGUAUUGCUUCUCAGCGCUCCCCCCCCCCAUUUUUCACUUUCACUUAAAGAAAAGGGACAAUAACAAUGGGGGAUGUGGAUAACCCUGACCCACUGGUGUGUCUUGCCCUAGUAGCUGAAGACCAACACCUUUGAUCUUUGUACAUUUUUUGACUUGGGGAGAAUACAUAAAAUGAUGGGUAAAUUUGCUCCAAUAAAGAGAAGAACAACACCAUGAAUAACACAGAUACAGACUCUAGUGGCACCCACACAACUUCCUUGGAGGGCUAUAAGUCUCAAUGGAGUUGAUCCUACCAAUUAAAGUGUUAAUGCCUGAUUUAAGCAGUGUGCUAGUUAAUUGGAGAAAGUCACCGGCCCUGAAGAAAUGGCUUUUCUUGUAUUCCACAAAGAUACUCUGUCUUGAGCAAAGAGCUCAAAGCAAAUACUCCCCCCACGGCUGUUCCCGCUCCCAGUUGGGGGAAAACUCCAUAGAUAUAAUGUGACUUUGCACGCUGAAGGGUCCAAGUUCACCCCUAGCAUCUUCAUUUGAAAGCACUCCCAAGUAACAGGGCUGCAAAGAUUGCCUGAGACCUUGGAGAGUUCUUACCAGUCAGACAAAACUGGGCUGAAUGAACCAAUCAUCUGACUUGGUAGAAGGUAGCAUUAUGUGUUUGUCUGGUAUGUUCAAGGCCUUGUGAAAGAGUGCUGAUGGCAGUACUGAUACUGUGAGCUAUGUUGACAAACAUGGCUGAAGAACACAAGCUGCCAGAUAGAAUGAAAUGUCUAAAGCAUAUCAUCCCAGAGCAGCCUGGCAAUGAAGCUCUCCCAUUUCUGGCAAGUGCUCCUGAUUGAGAGUGCUGCUACUGCAGAAACUGCUCAGGUCACCCGGAAGGAUGACCUGCACUGGGAGAAGAACAGAGGAGUGCAAUGGGGGAAUAUGUGUAAAUGCCUUCUAUACCAAGUGGUAUAGAAAUGUUACAGAAAAAUGCUUCUAAUUCUCCUGGGUCUCUCAGGUCACUUACAGUACCACUAGCCAUGGUAUACUUCUAGGGACUCACUGUUAAAACCGUGUUUAUGGAAGACAAUCUUACUCGGCUACAAGUGAUCACUAAAGAAGAAGAAGAACUUCUAGGGAGGCUCACUGAGUUGGAGAGUCAGGGGUUUAGUGUUUAGUGCUUCUACUUCUAAAGGAGCCCAAUUCCCGAAGGUGGUGGUGGUGGGGACUUCUGCUCAUUCCCAUGACAUCUAUGACAUUGGGUCCCACAGAGCUCCAUCUUUUCCCCUGGGCUUCUCAUCAUCUACAUGAAACUCUGGGAUGAAUUUUGGGUUUUGGUGCCAUCAGUCUGCAGAUAUCACUCAAAACAACUGAAUAAGAGCCAUCUUAGAAGAUGGGAUGGAGUGCGUGGUUUAUCUGUCCAGAGACGUGGUGUUCAGCAUCUUGUGGGAGAGUUGGCUGUCCUGCCAAAGUAAUCGGUUUGGAGUCUGGGUGUUUCCCAUCCACCUCUUUCACUAGAGGCCCAAGAAUCUCAUUGGCACAGUGUCUUUCACGAACUUAAGGAUUGUAUGCUGGCUGUAACCCCUCCCAGAAAGAAAGAGAGAGAAUGGCUACACUUAUCCGUGCUCUGGUAACUUCCAUGUUAAAAAGGUAAAGGUAAAGAGACCCCUGACCAUUAGGUCCAGUCGUGACCGAGUCUCGGGUUACGGCGCUCAUCUCGCUUUAUUGGCCGAGGGAGCCAGCAUACAGCUUCCGGGUCAUGUGGCCAGCAUGACUAAGCCGCUUCUGGUGAACCAGAGCAGUGCACGGAAACGCCGUUUAUCUUCCCGCUGGAGUGGUACCUAUUUAUCUACUUGCACUUUAACGUGCUUUCGAACUGCUAGGUUGGCAGGAGCAGAGACCGAGCAACGGGAGCUCACCCUGUUGCGGGGAUUCGAACCGCCGACCUUCUGAUCGGCAAGUCCUAGGCUCUGUGGUUUAACCCACAGCGCCACCCGCGUCCCAACUUCCAUGUUAGACUGCUGCAAUGUGUUGUAUGUGGGGCUGCCCUUUGAAGACUAGUUCAGAAUCUAGUUGAUAGGCUAUGAAUCAGGGAUGCAUCUUGCCAGUGCUUCAAGAGUUCCACAGGCUUCUGGUCUAUUUCCGAGCACAAUUCAAAAUGCUCGGGUUCGCUUUAAAGCCCUGCGUGGCUUGGGACUUGGGUACUUGCGGAAACCUCUCCUCUCACAUCAGCCAGGGAAAGCACAAAGAUAUCUCUCAGAAGCCUUCCUCUGGCUGCCUCCCUCAGCUGAUGUGAGGUACAUUGCUCCGAGAAAAGGCAUUUCCACUUUUCAGCUGUGGUGUUACUUUUUCUCUCUUGACUCCCCUAGCAUCUUCACUGCUCUCUCCUAGACAACAGGCAAAUGCCUUUUUGAUUUUAUUGGUAUUGAACACUCUGUGCUUCUCCUGCCCCCCAAUUUUGCUGUGACUGGUCCUAGCACUGCUUUACUCCGUUCUUGGUGUGUUUUGUGUGUGUUGUAGAAAACUGCCCUGGGAAAGGUGAAAUGUGUUAAAUAAAUAAAAGCCUGUUUUCUUGGUAUUCAGGAGGGGAACUAUAUCUUUCUGACUCUGAAGUCUGCACUUGAGGUACUCUAGGGCACAAAACCUCAGGCUUUCGGGAGUGAGUCACACUUCAUAGAGGCGCUGGAGCCAGAUGGUCUAGUUGAAACAAGUGAUAUGGGGUGGGGGGAAGAGACACAUCCAAACUAUUAUUUGCUUUCAUUAACACAGCUAAGGGGUGUGCACAUGCAUACCUAUUCGAUAAGUACUGUUUUACCUUGGGAGCUGUGUGUGAUGGUUUGGGUUUGAAAUUAAAUCAGGAAUACUCUUUACUCUUUGGAGAAACUUUCCAUAACAGUUCCUUGCAUUCAGUAGUUUAAUUUAGCAAUCUAGUACUUUGGGGGACUUAAAAGCUGUGCAAGGAUUGCAAUCAUGUUAGGCAAGUGAGGUUACGCCUGGAGUUUGUGGUAUUAUUAUUAUUAUUAUUAUUAUUUAUGCCCUACCCAUCUGGCUGGGUUUCCCCAGCCACUCUGGGCAGCUCCCAACAAAAUAUUUAAAACACAAUAAAACAUCACACAUUAAAAACUUUCCUAGCCAUUUGUACUCUUGGAAAUCCUACCUUUAUUCUAGUUUAACCUACAAAUGUAUUUAGAGCCCUGCUAUUAAUCGCAAAGCUACUUUACAGACUGUAUCUAGUUGAGCAGGUUAAGACUUUGGAACAUCAAAUGCUAGCUAAUUAAGUUAACUAGAAUAAGCUGUGUGGUGGCAAAGCAGUGCUGACUGGGACCUGGGAGACCAGGCUUCAAAUCUUCCUAAAGCUCACUGGGUGACCUUGGGCCAAUCACUGCCCAACCUAUCUCACAGGGUGGUUGUGAGGAUUAAAUGAGGGCAGAGAAACCAUGUAUAACACCUUGAGUUCAUUAGAUGAAAAGGUGGGACACAAAUGCAGUAAAUUAAUACUAAUGAAUACAUUAAAUAGGAAUCCAUGGAUAUUCCUUUUCAUGAGGAAAAAAAUAUUAUUCUAAACAGAAAACAGGGCAUUCUAAAGAGCCAUCAGACAUUUUGAUUCUGCUGUGAGUUCCAAAUGUUUUGACUUGGGAUGUAGAUAAAGAACAACUCACCUGAGCUCUAUGGCAUGUCGGGAGCUAUCAUCUUAAAGCCUGUAAGCAUUUCUAGGAAGCACUUGGAAGCUGACAGGUGAGAUGGAUAAAUGUUAAAUUUUAUGCUGUUGUAUAAAUUUUUGUUGGCAUCCGUCUGUCUUGACUUUUGAGAGACAAUGGAAAGUGCUUCUGGGAGUGAAGUCAAACCACUGGAGAAUCACAGCGCCUGUUGUGGCUGCAGAGACUGGUAACUUGUAACUGCUGCCUCCUGCAUUGUUUUUUGCUGCGAUAGCAGCACCAAAAUGACCCCUUGGGGCGCAAGCCUGGGCAGUGUGUGUGGAGGUCCUGGGCUGCCCAGACAACAAGACUCCACUUUCGGGCUCGCUGAUGUGGUCCAAAGGAAAUACAUUUGGUAGCAGCUUGGCUUCAGGAGUUGCUGGAAGGAGCCAUCCAACUGUCUUAGGGACUCUGCUCCUUAGCCUUUUCUUCUCCCAAAGAUGUCUCACAAAGCAGCAAGUAUGAAUUUUUCUUCGGGGUUUACUCCCAAAGCCCUUCUCACAAAUUAGCAAGGCAGCAGAGGUUUAGGACCAAAUUUUUCCUUCUCCUAGAUGAGCCAGCUUCCCAGGUUGACAAGCCCCAUCUGCCCCUUGUUUCCCUCUACAUCACAUGCAGUAACUGCUUCCUUGACUGUUGGACCCACUAUUGGUCUUGUUCACUCAAUCUGCCAGUCUGUUUCUGCAAACAGGGGAAGUCCCUAACGCAUGGAGGAUCUGAGACUCAUUGGCUACCCUCACUCGGUUUAGCUGGCCCGUUGAAGCUGUUUCCCCAGAAGUGGCUGCUGUUACAUGCUGACAGCUUCUAGAAGAACUGAGUGCAGGAUGGGGUCCAAAGGUGGACAGACUACCCCAGGAGCAUGGCAUGCCUCCCACCAGAGGUACUGCCAUUCCCUUAACACUCCACACACCCCUGUAUAAAAUAGAAACUCAGUAUCUGUGUUAUGUUUUGUAUAUAUUUUGACAUAGUGUUGUCAACUGGUAAACAAAGAAAGCAUUUGCAUCUAUUUGCUAUAUCCUCCAUGGCCCCUUUGGUAAAAAUGUAUGUAAAUAAUGUUUUAUGAGUGCUUACAUUUUGCUACAUCUCCUUGUAUGUUGUGCAUGUCAAGUGAUUUGCGGUGUGCUUUUAAUCUUUUCUCAACACUAACCCAAGUUUUAAAGGACCUGUAACUGCAUCUGGCCUUUUCUCCCUCAUCUUAUUUUCUCUUUGCCUCAGUUGUUUCUCCUACCUACUGUUGCCUAAGGCGCAACUACAGGUGACACUGACUGGAUCACCCAAUAUUCUUAAAAGUUUAAUAACUGCAGUGGUUUGGAUUGGAACUGGGGAAGGGAAGUUAAUGCGCAGUAAGGAAACAGUGUCACUCAUUGGUCUGUAUUCCCAGUACAUUUCAAAAAAUCAUCUUUUUCCAAGAGUGAGGGGAUAUUUUAUUCCUAAAACAUAAGAAAUACUUUUUAAAAAUCCUCCCCUAUAGCAAAUUUUGAGCAGUUUUUACUGUGUUUCCUAAAGGGGGGAAAAAAGGACUCACCUAGGUUUGGAAUAAAGAACAGUCUGUCUAUCUUCUUGUGUUAACUGUCUCUAUCUCUGCAAUCCCAACUCAUACUCCUCCCCAUCACCACCUCUGUUAUUUAAGCAGAAGGAUAUGAGUAGGAACUCCUCUGUUACAUUAUUUUGGAUAAGCUUCUUGUGGGCAGAAGCCAGCCUGUUUUGCAGUUGUAGUUUGGUAAGGUGCCAUAUAUCCUGUUGACUUCUUCUUCUUCUUCUUCUUUUUUUUUUGAGGGGGAUGUACCCUGAUAGAGCUAAACACUUUCUAAAUUGGCAGCAACAGCCUAAAUUCAUAGCAGCAAUGGCUGCUAGUGCUGAUGGCUGUAUUACCACUAGAAGCAGAAGCAAUAUGCUUCUGAUAAUGCCAGUUGCUGGGGAUCACAGAUAAGGAGAGUGCUGUUGCAUUCCUGUCUCUGCUUGUGGUCUUCACAUAGGCAUCCCAAGGUGUACAGAAUACUGUUUAUAGAUAGGCCUUUGGUGUGAUCCAGCAGUGCUUUUCCUAUGUUACGUUUUCAGUAAGACUCAAGCUGUCAAUUUUUCGAGAGUUGCCUCUAAAUUGGCCAGACCUCUGUGAUCUAACUUACCCCUGCUCUGUCAGCUGAUGAUAGUUCUACCCUUUGGAAAAUUAUGCCUUGACUCUCAGUGGUAGCUCUGUGAUGUAUCCGGCCUGCUCUCCAAAUCAAUAUAGGCUGGAGCUCCUCUCUAUUCACCCAUAAGAAUGCACUGAAACAUUGGGAGAUCUUCCCUCUUGCAGCUCUUUACUACUUCGAUUGGAAGUAUGAUAGGAAGCCUGGGGUGCUGAGAGUCAUUAUUCCUCGCACAGUAAUCUUGACUGUUUGUGCUGGUGAUUGCCCACUGCUGGCUUUACCAUCCAAACUCAAUGGACAGUAAGUCUGAUUAUUUUACACUCUGCUAAGUAGAUUGAGAUGAAAGGCAUAUUACCAGAAAUGCAGCACACGGAAGGAUGGAUAGAUAGAAAGGAGCUGGCAAGUUGAGGGCUGCUGUAGCAGCUCUUCUACUUCCUUGGAGCUUCCUUGUAAUGUGUGAAGAUUCUUACCAUGGGGCAUAGGCAUGUCCGUCCAUUCUUCUCCAAAUAGGUGAACUCUUGAGUGGCUCAACCUUGGACCCUUUGCCUCCUUUCUUCAGUGUGUGUGUGUGCGCACCUGUAGCUGCCACUUGCAUCGUUGCCAGAUGUUCUGACUGCAACUAGCUCUUGCCUGUUCAGGGCACGCUCUUGUGAGUGAAAGUGUGCAAGCUGUGUGGGGGGGGCACUCCUUUUGUACUGUGAGGCAGGGAAAACAAGCCCUUGACUUCUUCAUGAGUCAGUUGAAUCAUUGCCCAAAGUUGCAGGGUGGGUAACAAAGUUAACACCUGGUGUUUAAUUCUACUGCAGAGGAGGCCAUGAGAAGGAAAAUUUCAUAUUCACAAAUACACAUUCUUAAUGCUGAGGAGCGUUAAGCUUUGAGACUAAGGAGCUUCCUUUUGCUUCAUCUUGAGGUUGCCAAAUCACUGCUGCUGCCUUGACAGCGGUCAAACUGGGUUUUUUUUUACAUAGGAUAUGAUUGUUCCUAAGCUCUCACUGUGUGAAUAUAGGUACACUAUUUAAAUCUGAGCAGCUCUCAUCUUGGAGUGAGCUUGUUGACAAAAGCUGCAGAGAUGGCAAAACCAAUGGAAGCAACACAUUUCCAUCUGGAAGGGACCUGAAUGGCAGAGUUUUGGGCAUCUAUAACUCACAUGUUCGCAACAGGCCAGUGAUGUGGUGAAGUAGCUCAGCUCUGAUCUGUUGCAUCUUCCCUCAGCCUGUUGUUUGGUAACUAUAAUCAAUGAGAGCUGCUAAUACUACUUAGCUUAAUUUUUCCACCUCUUCAGUGGAGUGUAGCUGGAGCAAUGAUGAGUAAUAGAGUUUUUGUGUGUGUGUUCUUAAGAAAUGCUGCUCUAACCUUUUUAAGCUUGGAUGGGUAGAUUGAGCAUUUUAAUCUCUAGAUUUUUCCAUUGCAUUGGAGUGAUGGAGCAUUCUUCUCAAGUGAAUCACUCUUAACACAUAGAGCUUUUUUUUUUUUUUUGUAAACUGAAGUCUCUGUAGGAAAGUGACUUUUUACUGUGAAUCUUGGUAGCUGUUUAUGUCUCUUGGGCUGCCUUUUUGGCAUUGAGGACAAACCUGAGUGUUGUACUGGUCUCUCUCUCUCUCUCUCUCUCUCUCUCUCUCUCUCUGUCCUCAUGCUAUCUCAGUGCCCUUUAUCAUCCUGAACAUUCCAGUGCUGAGAUGUGAUUCUCCCACACCCGCCUCCCCCAAUUCCUUUCCUGCAGGCCUGAAUAAUUUUGCAUACUUUUGGUCACAUAGAGACAGACAGACAGGCCUCCCUUAGACAGACAAAGCCAAGGGUUCUCAAGUGAGAGGAGGAGAGAAAUGGGCAUGGAACUGUGGCUGAUACAGGGUUACUAUAGAAACCAGCUGUUCUUAAUAGUGCCCUGCUGCUAUUUUGUGGUUGCUCCAGUGGCCUUGGUGUCUUCUGCAAGACCAAUGAGGCAAGAAAGUGCGCACCCCCUUACAACCAAAAAGAAUGGUGCAGUCUCUUUUUCUUUAACCUUGGGACUUUGUUCAGUUCUUCAGGUGCCUCAGCAUUUGGCAGCUUGGCACUGAGUGGCACUGCCAACUGGUCUCUGGUAUUCUCUGCCAAGCGCAGCACAGGAAGCACUGCUAAGCCUGUGUACAGUCCUGAAAAUAAGCGUUCAGUAAACAUAUGGUUGAAAGGGAGACUCAUGGAGCAGAAGAGCUGAAAAUGCAGGGGUAUCUAGUGCUCUCUUUGCCAGGCCUGGAAGUGUUUUGAGAGGCAAGGACCCUAGUGCCUGGGAAGGCAUACCCUUCCAGUUCUGGCUUUGGGUGCUUGUUUGCCAGUAAUGCAACUUGAUGCAGAAAACUGCCUUCUCCUUGAUGAUGUUUGUCCAGACAUUUACCCUUCUUUCCACAGUCUGAUCUAAUCGUUGUAUCAUAAACCCCUUCAUGGUUGUGUGAUAUUGGGUAUACUAAGCCUUCCGUUUUCAGGAGGUGUAAAGCAGAAGGAAAAUAAUAAUGCUUUCCCCCCUUCUGCUUAUUCAUAACUGGUAUGAAACAUUUAUCUGUGGGCUGGCAACAGCUGGCCCUGCCUUCCGUGACAUCAGAGGACUCGAUUCCUCCUCAAGCUUCUUCUGUUGGCUUUGGCGCUCUUACGUCACAAAGGGGUGGGGCAGCCAAUGGCCAUGCAGCUGAACUUGAAGCAUGUUAGGGAUCCCUUAAAACUGAAAUCCCAGUUUCAAGGAGUAACUUUUGCUCUCAUUGUAGAAGAUGACACACCUUGAUGCAAAUCAGCUGUUAGUUUUGGGAGGCCUUUGGUGGCAAAGCCUAUUAGCCAUGGGUAGAUGCUGCUGCCUAUGGUUGUGAUUAUGUUCAUUUUGCUGCUUUCCGUAAAAAGCAGUUUAGAAAAGGUAACUUCGAUUAAAGCCAGUGUGUGCUUCCCUCAUUCCUAUCCCUGUUUCCUCCUUGCUUUCUCAUAGGAGGGACUCUAGCCCAGUGGUAGAGACAUGCUGCUUUGCAUGCAGAAGGUUUCAAGUGCAGAAUCUCUCCAUAUUCAGUCUUGGUUAACUUGGCUGGAAAGGUUAUUUCUUUGCCUAAGGGCAAUGGAGAGAGUUUCUUUGUCAGUCAGUAAUAUUUGGCCAGAGCAGGGGUAGAGGAUCUGUGCCCCUCCAGAUGUUGCCAUGCUACAACUCCCACCUUCUCUGUCCCUUGACUGUGCUGGUGGGCUACUGGGGCUACUGGGAGAGCCACCCCUGGGCUGGUUACCAAGCUUAUGCUGGCAAUUAAGCAAACACAUGUAAUAAGGGAUCUCUGAUUUUAAAUGUUUUCAUGGCUUUUGUUAUGUAAAUGUAUAUUUGUUGUAAACUGCUAUCAUGUUGUUUCAUGAACAGCUGUGUACAAAUACUUUUAAUAAACAAAUAAAUAUAUGCAAGGCCUACUUCCCACCAAGAAACAUUCUCUUCCAGCACUCCUGAUGCUGGGUCCUGGCAACUGCUGACACACAUGCUAUGUCUGCUGCUUUUCAAAUCCAUGGACCAGCUAUCAUGAAAAUGCAUAAGCGUCUUUUCACUAAAGCUACUUUCUGCUUUAGGGAAAUAGGUUGGUGCCUCCAUGCUGGGGGCUUACUGUGCAACUGAACUUCAGCCACAACACAAGGAAUCUACUCUUGUUUUUUUCCCUGGCAUUUGGGGCGGCUUCUCAAAUUCCUGCUGCUUCUAUAAAUUCUUAAUGCUAGUCAGGGAAGUGGUUGGGCACUGUCUGCCUCUGCUAGUUGCAAAGGGUCAGCUGAGUAUCUUCAGCACAGGUUAGGCUGACCAGUUUUCAAGAAGUUUGUUUGCUGAACGUGUCUGAACCCUGUGAUCUUUGAUUGGCUGCAAAUUUGGCUCUUAUUUCCUGGUGUUUGGCUCUUAUUUUCAUGCCUGUGCAUUGGGAACAUAUUUUUUGGAAUAAGGAAUGCUUGUACAAAGUUCACUUUAAAAACGCUGAUGUCCAAGAAGUUCUUCUGGGUUUUCUUGCAAGGUGAGAAAGGAAAGUGGGGCAGAGGGGGAAAGAUGGCUUAAAUACUGUGAAACAGUGAGAAGUGAGACAUGGAAUACAAACAAGAAUUUGGGCUGGGCGAGAAGUGGCCUUGCAAAAAAAAAUUCUGCAUCCUAUUUGUGGGGGAUGAAAUGGGGUGGCGGGGGAAGGAUCCAUUGAAUUCUCCAACUGCGGAUGGCUGAAAAAAAUAUCAAACUUUAUAUUCUAGUAAAUGUUGGCUCUGUUCAUACUGAAAUAAAACUGUCUUCUUUGGUUCAUACUAGUGUCUGAAGGAACCAGUGGACUCAGAGGAGAGCUGGAAGGAGGAAGGGGCCAAGUUCAUACUUUUUUUCAGCAAUCUUAAAAUAAUAAAUAUUAAAAUAUAAAAUAUCAAAAUGGGUCCCACGCAUGCACCCAUUAUUUCCCAGGCAGAGGCUGGAACUGGACAUUUCACCAAGUAUUCUCCAAGGGCCCCUGAAAUUCUCCCAACAGUUUGCAGGGAGCCCAUAGAAAUCUUUUGUUGAAAAUUCUUCAGCCCAACCAUACUUUCCAAGGUAAGCCACCUACUUAGAAUGAGGGAGGCCUUUAAUUUUUAGGGAUCCCUUUUGAAGUCUACUCACUCUUUGAAAAAACAACCUACCUGCCCCCAUAGUUUAACCUCUGUGCAAAUGCUCUCUACUCCACCUCUCUACCUCAACCUCCUGUCAUGCAUUACCAUCCCUGAAGCUCCCAGGCUUGUGAUAUGCAUGAGUAUGAAUAAUGGCACCCAAAGCCCACAAAGGGGGCUGAGUCUUCAGUGGCGUUUUUUCUAUUCACAAAAAUAGAUACAGCUGAACUGCUUGUGCUUAAUCCUACUGUUGUCAUCAGCUGGUUGUGGCUUGGAGCUUGUGAAAGGAGGGUCAAGCACUGAACAUCCUGUGCGUGUGAAUCAGAGAGUGCUCUGGACCAGGACUGUGGGAAGGUGACUUUCUACAGUGACGGCAGCACGGGAGUUUCUGCUGACGGAUGGCAAGGCAGCAUUUAGCUUCCACUGACAGAUCUGGCUUGUGUAUUGUGAAAUGGGAUCUCCUGCAAAGUAAGCAGCCAAGAAGCCUCUCUACCUGACUCAACUGUUUAUUGUGGUUGGGUGGGGGCAGAUGAGCUCAGCUGGGUAUCCUAGGGACAUUACCCACCCACCUACUAGGGGAGAUAGCAGCAGCAUGAAGGAACUCACUGUCGCAACUGCCCUCUGUGUCAAAGAAGGAAGCGCUAACAAUGCCAAAGCCAAGAGGCAAAGGCCUCAGCUACACUUCCCAUGUUUAAAAUUAUUAAACGACAUCCCAAGUGAUAAAGCUGUGUUUGGCCUUAUUCAGGUGGGGUUGGUUAAAUGGAGUCUUGAGGUGGCUAAAAAAAUAGGGUUGACUGCUAGUGACCAUUGUGUCGUAGCAAGUGAUUGGUAAUGCUAUUACAAUCUCUCGGACCAGGAGGGACAAAGUUCAGGUCCUCUUUGCAAGACAGCUCUGGUGGUGGGGCUUCUUAAUGUGCAGCUUCCACUGCUAUAAACACUGCCUGUCACUGCUGUCGACAUCCUGGUAAUGGUUCCCUCUGGAGAACAAGGUCACAGCAAAGGAUUCCAGUGAAUGAGCAGGGAAGAACAGAAAUGUGGUCUGAAAUUCCUUCUAGCUGGCUCAUCCUGCACUCUUGAUGUGCAGGGGAGGGACAUUUGCGUCACUGUGCCUUGCAUAAGGACAUGGGGCUGCAGCUCUGGCAGUUGUGACAGUCUUGGAAGGCUGCUGCUAAUUGGCUGUUUGUGUGCCCAGUGGAGAGAGGCACAGCAGUGUUUUAAGCUAGUUUGGCAGAGCUAUAGAAAGCUCUUGUUUUUCUGAGCCUGUUAUCAUCUUCUGAGAGCUGGAGCUUUAGGAGCAUCUGCCCCUUCUAUCAGCUUCAGUGUUUGAUGCAAAAUGCAUAUGCAUCUCCUUCAGUGAUGCUAAACAUUUGCUGCCCUGACAGUAUGGAAGUAAAAUGUUUCUGUUGGUGGGGGACAAAUGUGUUUUGCCUUAGUUGUUGAAUUCUCCCACCAGUGGCAAGUCUUCUCCUCUGUCCAGAGGCAAAUGCUGGUUUUCUGUUCAUUCCCUUACAUUACAACAGAAUGUGGUCCCUUUGGGACCAUUUUGGGUUCAGAGAGCAUCAACCAUUAACCUACUUUGUAUUUAUUAAAUGAAACCAAACCCAGAAUAGACCCAGCAGUGGCUCCUCAUCCCAGUGUGUGGUUAUUAGGCUUCCUUAGCCUAGUGCCUCCAGAUGUUUUGGACUACAUUUCCCAUCAUCCCCAGCCAGCGUAGGCUAGGGCUGAUGGGAGAUGUCCAAAACAUCUGGAGGGCACCAGGCUGGGGAAGGUUGUUCUAAAGACAACUGCCUGCUCAACAGUAGUGUUCCCUCAGCACCCUUCUCCAUCUUAAGAGUACAAGAAUCGCUUUGACUUAACACACUCCCCCUGCCCCAAUAAAGGUUUUAACAAUUUAAGACAGUAGCAACUGGUCUCAUGGCAAGGCCAUCUGUUUUUGGAAUAAUUGCAGCUCAGUCCAGAAUGUUUAUAGUUGGGAAAUUAGGUUUUUUUUCCUGAAUCAAGGAAGAAAAACCUAAAGGGUUAGGCAGUAAAAUGCAGUCUUAAAAAUAAAUUCUGAAUUGAUACUUCACAAUCCCCCUGCUGUUGAUAGGAUGGGAUAGCUUGAUGAGACACAAUACCUUUUUGAUCACGGUACUCUCAUUACCAACACUCAGAGCUGUCUUGAAGUUUCUUGGACUCUGAGCCCAAAGACCAAUAUGGUAACGAGAGCAAGAAGUAGGACAGGGGAAACAAUUUGGGCAUGGAUUGGUCAAAGAUCUAAGGGGGAACACAUACCACUUGGGUCACAGUAUCAACCCCAGCAUUGUAGGUUCCUUUCAGGUGUCUCUUUACACACAUGUAAUUGGAGGGCAGGAAUCUAUCUGUGGUUAGAAACAGAUUUUACAAAACUCCUGAGAAUGGGUGAGGAUAUAUAACAGGCAACACAGUGGUUCAUUGUUAAGUAUAAGGUGGGAACUGUUUACUUCCAGGAGGGAUUGAAUCGGCUAAGGCAAAACUAAUGGUGAUUAAAAAUUCGUUUUCUCACAGCUAUUUCUGUGCUGCUUAUUUUUUUAAAAUGUAUUUAUUACAUUUAUAUACCACCUUUUUUCUUCCAAGGGGUGGUGAGGUACACGGUUCUCCUUCCCAUUUUAUCCUCACAAUAGCCAUGUGAGGUAGUUUAGGCUCAGUGAUUGGUCCGAGGUCACCCAGCGAGCUUCAUAGCUGAGUGGGGAUUCGAACCCUGGAAGACAGGUGAAGAAAACAGAGGCAUGAUUGAACAAAAGAAUAACUGAGAUGGAUUUUCUAUAGAUAACAGGAGCACAUUGCAAACACGAUCAUAUGCAUCAUUGUACUCUCAUUGAAUGUAACCUGGUCAGCUUCCAUGUUAAAGAACAAAUUCACUCAUUCAUUUAUGAAUUUUAUUAUCACAGAAUUGUAGAGUUGGAAGGGACCCUGAGGGUCAUUUACUCCAACCCUUUGCAAUUCAGGAAUUUCAGCUAGAUCAUACAUGGCAGAUGGCCAUCUAAGCUCUGCUUAAAAACCUCCAAGGAAGGUGGAGAUUUGGAAGAAGAAAGACUACUGCAGAAGCUAUUGUUUGUUUGUAAAAGGGGCACCUGCACCUGAAGAGGAGAUCUAUAGCCUUGGAGGUUUCAGCUGCAGUGUGAUAGUCCAGGGAUGCCCCUGCCUCAUUCCAGUGUGUGGAAUUCUUCAUAUUGCAAAAAGCUAUAAGAUGCAGAGCUCCAUUGCUGCCUGUCUCCUCCCAGUCAAACCUCUUUAGUGAGUGUGGAAGCCUUUCCUGUCAGGCUUCCACACUCGCUAAUUCUCCUGCCUUCCAGACUGACCAGUACUCCCAUCCUAGAGGAAACAAAUUUGGGUCUCUAACAUGGAUGCCAACUAAGAGUAGUUUUAAGUUCUCUUUCUCUUGACUUCCUUAAGUUGCCCACGUGCUGCAUUUGAACACCGUGUGUUUCUUGCUCCAAAAUUUUGGCCAUGCUGGUGAUAUGUUAUAGAUAGCCAGUGUUGCACUUGAAUCUUGGAUUCAAAUCUCUGCUCAGCUAUGAACCAUUUUGAGCAAAUCCUGAUCCUACAGGGUCCUGGGUCCUUAGAGAAAAAGCAAGACAGAAGCACGUAAAAUAAUACCUGACUGAGAGAAUGGCUUUAUCCUUUGAAACUCAUAGGAUUGCUUGUGGAUUGAUGGUAUCUUGGAUAUGCAUUCAGUAAGUCUUGCUAGCUGGUAUCUGUCAACAAAUGCUUGGACAUUUUUUGUACCCAGCUUCCAAGCCUUAUCUGCAAAUUUGAUCAGUAUUAUAUUGUGUAGUAUAUGCCAAAGGAGGUGUAUUUUAAGAUUUAUUUCCUGUAUUUAUAGACUGCUUUUGCCAUAGAUGGUCACAAAACAGUUCAUACAACAAUUAUCUCGAUGACAGGGCAGGGAUAUAAGGAAUCAAGCAACCCUUAAGACUGCAUUGAUGGCUUAACUGUAGCUUUAAUGGCUCAUAUGAGAGUAUGAGUAGUAUGGAAGUGUAAAGAGGGAGAUGAGAAUUUUGGUGCGCAGCCAUUCAUACAGGUAGACCACUCCUGUGACCUGCUAAAAUGUGCUCAUAAGGGGCUGACUGUAACAGUUAGCCUUCUUGGGUUUCUCCAAGGCAGGGGUGCCCAAACUUUUUUCAAAGAGGGCCAGAUUUGAUGAAGUGAACAUGAGUGAGGGCCGCCCAAAGUUUUUAGGAUUGAAGUUGUUGAGCUUUUUUUACAGUUUUACCCCAGGACAUAUACUGCCAUGGGGGCCAGAUUAAAUCGACCAGCCGGCCGGAUUAGGCCCCCAAAAUGAACUUUGGACAUGCCUACUUGAAGGAGAUCAUUCCUUCCAUCCUGUGAUUAUGUGUGUGAUGUAGACACCUCAGUGAAUGACAAAACAAAUGAGCCUCUUUGCUGAUUUUAGACUUCUUAAAAAUUAUAUGAUUGAUCCGAGAGGGUUGUAAAACGGUUGUCUGAUACGUUAUUAUGAUCUGAGUUAGUGCAGGUUGUAUGAAGCCCCUGAAAUGGCUUCCUUGUUGGGAAUGUUGUCUUCGGUCUCUCAGCAGCUUGAGCAAAACUUCCAUUCUAAACACAGUAGUUGCUGCAAGUGAAAUGUGCAAUAUGGGAACUCUCUGUGUUUCUUGGCCUAUCCUUUCUCAGGCCCCAAGUAUACCGGUACUUCUUUGCCACCAGUUCACCUCACUGCUAUUUACUAAACAGCCUCCUCCUACGUGCAUCUGUAAAUGGGAGAGCGCAAGUCAUCCUGCCCCUUUGCAAAUCCCAGCCAGCUCCUGUGGAAACUGUGACCUAAGAGCUGCAAGUGCCUCUAACAGACCAGGUGUCGGCUUUCUGAGUAAGAUCGUGGCUAUAAUGCAAGGCUAGCAGCCCUUGUGAUUAAGUAGCAAAUGUCACGCUAGUGCAGAUAGGAUAACAUUCCACGGCUGCUCAGCACUAACCCAGGAAUUAGCUGGUGAUAGCAUUUCAAGAAUUUUCUGGUCGUUCUUGGAGAAACAAAAGGCUGUCUCUUGGAUAGCGUCCUAGUCCACAAAUGGCAAGACCAGGAGUGUUUUAAUAUUUUCCUUCUUUGAUUGCAUUUAUCUGCUAAAUUAUUUAAUUUUUGCCCAUUUGAAGAAAAUGUGUUUAUGUGGUACUCUGACCCAAAUUUGUAUAGAAUGGGGAUGUCAGCUAGAAGUCGUUGACUGCCAACACGACCUUUCCGCUUGUCUUGGAAACUGCCUCGUAUCCCAUUGCUAGGCAUUGUGAGGCCAAAGCAGCUGGUGGUUCAGUUCCAUGGGCUGAAAUGGGAAUUUAACACAGCCCCCCAAAUGAGAAAACUUAACUUGGCCUCUGAAUCUACACAUUGUUUCGGCUUUGGCUGCCUUGGAGACUUUUGAAAUGUUUGAUCAGGAGAGGUUGUGAGUGUCUCUUUGGGUAAGUGUUUUGGAAGAGAUUGGGGGCAGGGGGUAGCCCUGUUCUUGUGAUAAAGUGCCUGGAGGCUCAUUUUUGUUCCACUGGAAUGCCAUCUUUUUUGAACAUAGGGUUAGAUCUCAGAAAUAUCCCCAAAAGAGAGAAAUGAGAAGCCAUUGGAAAGUGGUUAAAAUGUUAUCCCCCUCCCCCCAUUAGAUAUCUUGCUAAGUUUAUGUGAGGGUUCUUCUAUGCUCUACUUCUGGUAUAAAGAGUGGCUAUUGGAAGUCUGUGUGGUGCUCUUGGCCACUGAUUUGCAGUUGUAGAACUGAAAUGCUGGAAACUACCACAGUUUGCAAGAGCUCAAAUGGUUAUUUUACUUUACUGUGGUUCCCAUAGAAACUGCUGGGUGAUGGCAGCAAAUAGAAGAUGCUUGUCAAGAAAAUCUUCUAGCUUCCUCUCAAUUUCUCACAUCAACUAAUCCAGAGAUUAGCCCUGCAGAUGUUGUUGGACUUCAUCUCUCAUCAGAUGCAACCAUGUUUAGCUACUCUUGCUGUCAUUCUUUCCUCGAAGGGUCAUAUUUAAGUGGUAGAGCUUUACAUGGAAAAGGUCCCAGACUCAGUCCCUGGUGUCUCCAGGUGGGACUGGGAAAGAAACACUGCCUAAAACCUUGGAGCUGCUGCUAAUGAGUGUACCUUUCUCUCUUAUUAGUUCAGUCUCACAGGUAUUUUAUAGGUGACUACAUUUUUCUACUGUUUCCACUUCUUCCUAUCUGGCAAUGUUAGCAUGGCCUCUUCCUCUUGUGAAUUAUGUAGGGGGGAAAGCAGAUAAAAACUGGGCAAAUAAAUUAAUAAAAACCCCAGGUCUUUAGAGGGCUGAGUUCUUUCAUUUUAGAUAGGCGGAGGAGCAGUUUUUCAGCACCACCUUGUGGAAUUGACCCUCAAGGAAUGUCUGGAGAUGCCAAAGUGAGGUGCCCCAACUACAGUUCGGUUAUGUGCUGUAAAAGGAUCCUAUGGUAAAGCUACUCAGAGGUCUGAGAAUUAAUAGAGAUGUACUCCUCUUGCCUAUCUCCUGGUGCAGGUCAUCCACCAGGGCAGAGAUAGCCAACUUAGUGUCAUCCAGAUGUUGUAGCCCAACUCCUAUCAUCCCUGAACAUUAGCCAACAACAUCUAGAGGGCACUACAUUGGCUUUUCCUAUCCUAAGGUGACCGAGACAGUUUCAGUCCUGAAACCAGCUCAGAAGCUAGACUGUAAAUGAUAGCAGAUAAUCAGCCUCAUCCAAGAAAGUUCAGAAUUGGGCCAUCACCACCACAUUCUCAGGCACCUUGCUUGAGUAUAGCACAUCCAAAACUAGUCCAGUGAAGGCUUCCACAGAAGGGAUUACACAGUACUGGGGCCACACUUCCCCUUAGGCAUUAUUAAUUCCCUUGGUAUCUGUAUAAAGGGUGUUAAUGACUUCUUCUUUUUUGGUAAUUAUUUUUAUUGAUCAAUUUCCACAUAACAAAUUAUCAAACCAUAUAAUCACAUACAUUAUUCCCCCCCCCCCGGACUUCCCUCAGCUCCUCUCCCUGAUUUCUCUUCACAUAUUUUCUCUGCAUAUUAUAAAAUUGUACAUAUCCUUACAUAUCUAUCCAUCAUGUUAUCAACCAAUAAAUUUGUGUGUGUUUAUUCAAAACCUGCCAAGGAGUCCAGUUCAUUUUGUUGUCUUUUUAAAUAGUUUGUAAAAAGUUCCCAUUCCUCCUUGAAGUCACAGUUGUCCUUGUCUCGCAAUUUGUAAGUCAGUUUGGCCAGUUCUGAUUGUUCAUUAAUUUCUCUUGCCACUGUUCUUUCGUAAUGACAUUUUUAAUGAAUAAAUAAUCCUGAGCUAGAUGGUCCAGCUUGGUAUAAGCCUGCUUUUUGUGUUCUUCUAAAUGCAUUAGAAAACCAAUUUGGGGUUGCUAACUUCCAAGGGGCAGCCUUUCUAAGAGAAUUUCCACCCAAGCCAACCCUUGUCAACUCCUCUUGGUUGUGAUGAUUGUUUUGUGUUUUGUGCAUGCGGCUGCUGAACAAGGAAUUAUUGGGCCACGCUCAUAAGUCUUGUUGCAAUUUCAUUUUGAGAGUCCACUUCCUUGCUGCAGAGAAGUUUGCCCUCCUGGUUUUGCUUCUGAUCUCCUACUCCUGGCUGUCAUGUGUGAAAGGUGAUGUGUGUGCACACUAGAUUUUGUAAAGACUUUUACAAGUCUUUACACCAAAAGUAUAUACAGCAGCCUUGUAUAUAUUUCUAUACCCGUGUGUGUGUGCACCAGUCUUGUAAAGAAACAUGUCUAGGCCCAUGUGUGUCUUAUUCCAUUGCCGUAUCAAAACUACCUACCCGCAACCUAAAGUGAAGUGGCAAUUUGACAGAGAUGCCUCUGCCUGUCACUUUGGAUCAUCUUUUGUCUGCUGUUGCAUAAGGCAACCAAGAGGGUGAGGUCUUGUUGCCCUGAGCUUAGCUGUUGUGGACUGUUACAGCAUGUUAAAUCCUGCAUGUGCUGGGGCCCACUGGCCUCCACUUUGAACAUGGGGAGGAGGAGACUUCAGUGUAACAGCUCAGCCAGAAGCUGCUGCUAACAAUUUGCUCAGCUUCUCUGGCUGGAGUUGUGUAAAAGGAGCUGUUGGACGUAAUGACAGAUUCCUCUGGAAGCUGCUGCCAGUUGGGUGCAUGAGCCAAGCCAUCCCACGCAUCAUCUCCUCCUGGAGGCCAUGUGGUAUAACUGGUGCUGUGCUUUGGGAGGUGCUGAGCAACCCUCGGGCCUGUGGCUCUAAGAGCAGCACGCCCUGGGCUGUGCGCCAGCUUGCUUGACUUGAUGGCAGGAGCCUUAGUUAAAAUACUUGGCUUUGGGCACUCUAGGGGUGAGCAGGAAGAGGAAAUGAGGAGGUGUCCAAGAGUGAAAGCUGCUGUUGCUCUUGCUUUGCGAUUGUCCAAGUUAUUGUCGGCUGCCUUCCUCAGAAGCUGGCACUUGGAGAGCCUCCUUGGUGGCACAAUGCUCUUUCAAGUGUGAUGCUAGUUUCUGUGCAUAGUCUGACCCAUAUGGUGGAAGCACAGGGAACCCAUUUGCAGAAAAGUAUUUAUUAUAAGGUGGGGAGUGAUAAACACUUCUGGCUAAUAGCAUUGGUGGUGAUGCAUCUCUCCUGUGCAUGCAGCCAGACAGGCCUUUCUUUUAACUCUUCCUCACCAAGUCACCUCCUGUGAACUCUCUUGAGACAGUUCCAGAGCUAGGCACGAAUGCUGCUCCGCCUUUCCCAGCACCUCUGUCCAGCUGCCUUGGGUGAUUUUGCAACCCCGCACCCCGCACCCCUCAUUCCUUAUUCUGUGUUUUAGCAGAAUGAUUUCUCAGAGCUUGUCAGUCAGCAGGCUUAUUGGCAGUUCCUGGCAUACAGUGUUCUCAAGGCAAAAACUGCUGUGACAACAUGUGAUUCUCCCAAGCUGCUAAACAACUCUGCCUGGCGUUCCAGCUUCUCUCUUAUGUCGUGCCAGUGCGUAGCAGCUGUACUGGGCUCCAGUGCCUCUGGCAGCAGUGCAAAGCCUGGUAAUCUAAGAAACACGUUCAUUAAGGGACAGGUUAUCUCGUGAGCAGGUCCCAUAGCUGGCAGAGGGAAUGUCUUGGCCAGGGUAGCAGCAGUGUUUGGCACGGACGUUGCUACCGCUGCUGGCUGCUGGUUCUGGGUGAAGUAGCAGGGGCUACUCUGUGAUUUCAUGGGCUGCACGCCUCCAUUUUAUGAGAACACAUCACUUUUAAUAUGGUAUUUUAUCGCUAAAUGUUUGGCAGCCUGACACAGUUGGACAGAGACUGCCUUUGGUUUUAUUCUUGACUCCUUGGCAGUUGUGCAAUGAAAUCACUUUGUGCUCGUGAAGCACUUUCACUGCAAGUGGUUGAAAAUGUUUAUGUGGACAUGCAGCAGCUCUCUUUCUCUUGUAACAAUCCUGUAACAGGCUCUGCUUCCAAUACCAAGAAGAAGACAACCACUACUGCUGCCAGUGUACCCGCAGCUGCACAGCCAUUUUUUUAUGUUCCAAAGGGGUUCUUUAGUGGUUCCUCUGCAACUUGCUCAAUAGACUCCCCAUGCUGCCAUCUCCUUCUUGUCUUUUAAAUGGGUCCAUUUCACUUGUUCUUGCUGUGCUUCCAAGUAAUUUAGCUGCAACAAGUUCACUGAUGUGGCUACGUAUGCCUAUCUGAGAUUUGAGUCAACAAAAAUCUAGCCAAACAAAAAAACUUUUGUAUUAAAAGGAGAUGUGGGGGGUUGUUCCAGCUUUAUCACAUAGCUGGUUUCUGAAAACUGAUACCAGUUUCUAGGAACUGGACAUACAGUUCCACCCUUCCAUUUGGGCAUCUCUUAAUUCCACACACACAAUAUGCCACAGGAAGGAAAUCUUACCAAUCCUUCAGCUCUUGCAUUCUCUGCCAGAGAAUGCACAUCCAACCCCAUGCUGUAUCAUUGCACGGUUGGUUGUAUGGACUUAAAUGUUACCAAUACACCCAGCUGAGCUCCCUUAAUUAGCACCCAUGUUAGCUCUUUGAUCCAAACUCUUGCUUGUGAAAAGCGUUUUUUGCUCCUGAAGAAAUGGCUUUCCCUUUUCCUCUUUGGUUUCCAGGCAACCUGGCCUUUUGCAAGAUCACAGCACCCCGAUGACGUCUGUGCUGCCCUCCCCCCUCAUUCUUUCUCUUUCUCCCCCUCGGAGGUUCAGAGCUGAACACAUGUGAGCUGUUUUUCCUCUUCCCUCCCACGUGCUAUGGUACAUGUGUGGGAAAAGGCAGCUUGGAGGACGGAACAGCUCCGCUUGGAUCAUCUGCUUUGUGCCAGGCCUUUCUGAAUUUGUGUUUCCUUGAUUAAAAUGGUUGCCUCAUGAACUCACUUCAAAUUGAGCUUUAUGCUGCUCUUCCUGGAGGACCGAGGAUGUGCUGCUGGCAAUCUUUCCCCAGAGCAUCCUGUACAGUCAUGGUGGCUAGCAGGGGUGGUUUUGGCAUAGAUGGAAGCAGACUCUCUGAAGAGGUGACAUGAAGGAAGUCCCUUCCAGGAAUAAGUGGGUGUGGGAUCUGAGCUAGCCCCCAAGAAAGCGAGGCUCUGAUCUGGCCAGGAGCCUGGUUGGAAACUCUGUGCAAAGGCAAGGUCACAGGGAGGCAAGGUUAAAAGUAGCAAGGACAGGGAUGAUCCAGAAAUAAGCAGGGCAGAGAUCUGGGGUUGAAGAAGCAAGAAUUUCCUGGUAAUGUAAGCCUCUUGUUGAGUCCCCAGAAUAUGUGUGGGGUUUUGCAAGUAACGCAGACUGUGUGGAAAUGCAGAGUUGUGGGCAUGUGCAACUUGUGGUUGACCCCCGUGCUGAAAACUCAUACCAUUCUGCCAGGCCAAGUCAGAUCCUCCCAGGCAGAAUAGCAGGGAGCUCACUUCAAUAUAUUUAUCCUUUUUUUCUCCCUGCUUUUCAAUGUGCCCCUGCCCCCAACAAGCCUCUGACAUAAACUAAGGUUUUUUUCUUUGGCACACAACUGAUUUCCUGGCAUUGAAGGCCAAGGCAAACAUCUUGGGGAUAGGUUAUCUGCAACUUUCCUCAAACAAUUAGGAUAAAAGUGCAGAGUUCUGGUUAAGAGCCAGGUUUGGGGUUCCUAAAUGUAUAUCACCUUUGUCUUCCAGUUUAGAGCUUCCUUUCUUGGAGACAAAAGAGAAAACCUUGAAUCAGGAGACCAGCUAGAGAUUUCACUCCAGUCUCUCCAAAUUUGUAUUUCAUUCAUUCAUUUGGUUAAAGUACUCUUACUCUACACUUCCCUGCAAAAUGGUUCUCAAAGUGGUUACAAAAAUCAGAUGCAAUACAGUCCCUGCCCACAGUCUACAGCAGAGCUUUCCAAACUGUGUGCCGCGACACAUUAGUGUGUAGGUGUGUCGCGAGAACACUUCCCGUGCUCCUCCCAGCGCUGGAAAAGGGUUAAUUUAACAUACAGUUUGCUAGUAAAACUGAGUUACUGUGUCACAAAAUGAUGUAUGUCUAAAAAGUGUGCCACCAACAUGAAAAGCUUGGAAAGCUCUGGUCUACAGUCUGAAAGACAUGGCACAUAAGGGAAAAGAGAUGGGGAGGGAAAAGGCAAGUUUGGGCACCAGUUCUGCAAUGGAAUAGUUCAGGCAGUCUGAUGGAAAGAUGGCUGCUGACUGACAGGUGGUAGAAAGCCAGAGGCAGCUUGUCUCCCAGCACAAGCGAUGGCCUGCUUCCAGAUGGCAUAUGGUACGACCUAUUUCUUAUAAGGUUCACACAAAUGAUUGAAAUUGCAGUAAUAAGAAUGUGUAAUUUUUCCUUUGGGAGGUGGUGGCGGCAAGUCACAUCAGGGGAUUUCUGCGGGGAAUGCUGCGACUAAGCUGCUGUGAGUUGCUGCUGUCCCACUGGUGCUCCUGGUACUCCUCUGCUGCCAUUUCCUAGCAUGCCAUUGGCUCCCCAGGCAAACUGGCCACCUCUGCAAAGCUACAGAUUGGAACAAAGACUCUAAGGAUUGGCGUGCCAGACAUCUGGCAGAUCCUGUCAAGUGACUGCCUAAUAUUUGAUGGCAGCCAAAUAUUGUCAACUAUUCUCUGAAUCCAAGAAUGCCACACUUUUGCUAGUGGCUUGCUUGUUAAUUUCCUGGUGAUGUCAUUUGUUAGCCAGGGCAGGAGUGAGAGCUGUUUGGCUCUUGAGUUGGCAGAAGUCAGCGCCAAGCGUCGUAGCACAGGAAAGCUUCUCCUGCUGGCCGCCUUCUAAAGAUAAACACAAGGAGUCAGCAGUAGUGAAAGGGUAAACUGCAAUUUUUGUAAAAAUUGUAACUGUAAGGCAGCCUUCCCCAACCUGAUGUUUUGGACUACAACUCACAUCAUUCCUGACCAUUGGCAAUUGUGAUUGGGACUAAGAACAUUUGAAGAGCCCUAGAGCUAGAACAGACUAAAGGGGAUCAUCUAGUCCAGCUUCCUGUUCUCACAAUGGCCAGCCAGAUACCCUAGUGGGAAGUCUGCAAACAGGAUCUGAGUGCAGCAGUGGUGUCGUAGCAGUUACUAUUCAGAAGCAUACUUGGCAGUGGAGUGGAGGUAGAACAUAGUCAUUAUGGCUGCAGUGUUCAAAUUUUGCCAGGCACAUUUGUGACCAAGUGAAGAUGCCUAGGUUCCAGGAAGGCGCCUGACGUCUCCACCAUCUGGAGGUGCAGGCUUGGGGAUCCUUGGACCUCGACUGUUUUCACACACUAACAAUACAUCCUGUAGAAUUCUUGUUGUUGUUUAGUCUCCAUCUGCAGUGAUCAGCGAGCCCAAAAAAGUAAAAUCUCUCACUGCCUCCAUUUCUUCCCCUUCUAUUUGCCAGGAGGUGAUGGGACCAGUGGCCAUGAUCUUCGUUUUUUUGAUGUUGAGCUUCAGACCAUAUUUUGCGCUCUUCUCUUUCACCCUCAUUAAAAGGUUCUUUAAUUCCUCCUCACUUUCUGCCAUCAAGGUUGUGUCAUCUGCGUAUCUGAGGUUGUUGAUAUUUCUUCCGGCGAUCUUAAUUCCGGCUUGGGAUUCAUCCAGCCCAGCCUUUCGCAUGAGGAAUUCUGCAUAUAAGUUAAAUAAGCAGGGAGACAAUAUACAGCCUUGCCGUACUCCUUUCCCAAUUUUGAACCAAUCAGUUGUUCCAUAUCCAGUUCUAACUGUUGCUUCUUGUCCCACAUAGAGAUUUCUCAGGAGACAGAUGAGGUGAUCAGGCACUCCCAUUUCUUUAAGAACUUGCCAUAGUUUGCUGUGGUCGACACAGUCAAAGGCUUUUGCAUAGUCAAUGAAGCAGAAGUAGAUGUCUUUCUGGAACUCUCUAACUUUCUCCAUAAUCCAGCACAUGUUUGCAAUUUGGUCUCUGGUUCCUCUGCCCCUUCAAAAUCCAGCUUGCACUUCUGGGAGUUCUCGGUCCACAUACUGCUUAAGCCUGCCUUGUAGAAUUUUAAGCAUAACCUUGCUAGCGUGUGAAAUAAGUGCAAUUGUGCGGUAGUUGGAGCAUUUUUUGGCACUGCCCUUCUUAGGGAUUGGGAUGUAGACUGAUCUUCUCCAAUCCUCUGGCCACUGCUGCGUUUUCCAAAUUUGCUGGCAUAUUAAGUGUAGCACCUUGACAGCAUCAUCGUUUAAAAUUUUAAAUAGUUCAGCUGGAAUAUCAUCACUUCCACUGGCCUUGUUAUUAGCAGUGCUUUCUAAGGCCCAUUUGACUUCACUCUCCAGGAUGUCUGGCUCAAGGUCAGCAACCACACUACCUGGGGUGUACGAGACAUCCAUUUCUUUCUGGUAUAACUCCUCUGUGUAUUCUUGCCACCUCUUCUUGAUGUCUUCUGCUUCUGUUAGGUCCUUUCCACUUUUGUCUUUUAUUAUGGUAAUCUUUGUACGAAAUGUUCCUUUCAUAUCUCCAAUUUUCUUGAACAGAUCUCUGGUUCUUCCCAUUCUGUUGUUUCCCUCUAUUUCUUUGCAUUGCUCGUUUAAGAAGGCCUUCUUGUCUCUUCUUGCUAUUUUUUGGAAUUUUGCAUUCAAUUUCCUGUAUCUUUCACUAUCUCCCUCGCAUUUUGCUUGCCUUCUCUCCCCCGCUAUUUGUAAGGCCUCGUUGGACAGCCACUUUGCUUUCUUGCAUUUCCUUUUCACUGGGAUGGUUUUAGUUGCUGCCUCCUGUAUAAUGUUACGAGCCUCCAUCCAUAGUUCUUCAGGCACUCUGUCCACCAAAUAUAAAUCCUUAAACCUGUUCCUCACUUCCACUGUGUAUUCAUAAGGGAUUUAACUUAGAUUGUAUCUUACCGGCCCAGUGGUUUUUCCUACUUUCUUCAGUUUAAGCUUGAAUUUUGCUAUAAGAAGCUGAUGAUCUGAGCCACAGUCAGCUCCAGGUCUUGUUUUUGCUGACUGUAUAGAGCUUCUCCAUCUUUGGCUGCAGAGAAUAUAAUCAAUCUGAUUUCGAUGCUGCCCAUCUGGUGAUGUCCAUGUGUAGAGUCGUCUCUUGUGUUGUUGGAAACGAGUGCUUGUGAUGACCAGCUUGUUCUCUUGGCAGAACUCUAUUAGCCUUUGCCCUGCUUCGUUUUGAAUUCCAAGGCCAAACUUGCCAGUUGUUCCUUUUAUCUCUUGACUCCCUACUUUAGCAUUCCAAUCCCCUAUAAUGAGAAUAACAUCCUUCUUUGGUGUCAUUUCUAUAAGGUGUUGUAAGUCUUCAUAGAAUUGGUCAAUUUCAGUUUCUUCAGCACCAGUGGUUGGUGCAUAAACUUGGAUAUUGUGAUGUUAAAAGGUCUGCCUUGGAUUCGUAUUGAGAUCAUUCUAUCAUUUUUGAGAUUGCAUCCCAGUGCAGCUUUCGCCAGUCUUUUGUUGACUAUGAGGGCCACUCCAUUUCUUUUACGGGAUUCUUGCUCACAGUAGUAGAUAUGAUGGUCAUCCAAACUGAAUUCGCCCAUUCCCGUCCAUUUUGGUUCACUGAUGCCCAGGAUGUCAAUAUUUAUUCUUGCCAUCUCAUUUUUGACCACAUCCAACUUACCCAGGUUCAUGGUUCUUACAUUCCAGGUCCUAUGCAAUAUUUUUCUUUACAGCAUUGGACUUUCCUUUCGCUUCCAGGCAUAUCCGCAACUGAGCGUCCUUUCGGCUUUGGCCCAGCCGCUUCAUCAGCUCUGGAUCUACUUGUACUUGUCCUCUGCUCUUCCUCAGUAGCAUGUUGGACGCCUUCCAACCUGAGGGGCUCAUCUUCCAGCGUCAUAACUUUUAUAUGCCUGUUGCCUUUGUCCAUGGAGUUUUCUUGGCAGGGAUACUGGAGUGGCUUGCCGGUUCCUGCUCCAGGUGGAUCACGUUUGGUCAAAACUCUCCACUAUGACCUGUCCAUCUUGGGUGGCCCUGCACAGCAUAGCUCAUAGCUUCUCUGAGUUAUUCAAGCCCCUUCGCCACGGCAAGGCAGUGAUCCAUGAAGGGAAUUCUAUCUGUUAUAUUUUAUCUGCACAAUCAGAAUGAAUCUCAGGAACCAAAAAGUCAUACUGAAAAAUACAACCUUUGAGCCAUCUGGCCUCAAAAUGGCAACUGUAAUCCUGGUUUAAGGAGUCAUUUGGUGCCCAGCUUAUAUAUCUGAGUUUCUAAUACUGUAUGGCUGGUGGCUGUUCAUAUCCCUAUCCUCUAUGGUAGCUGAGUUUAACAACAUCUGGAGGGCACUUUGUAGGGAAAGGCUGCUGUUGGGUGAUCAAAGCCAAAGGGGAGAAGAAUGUUUCAGUGAGUCACUUUUAUAGAAAACUUUCCUAACAUUGGUGAAAGUUGGUGAAACAUUGAUAUUUUUAAAAUAAAAAACAAGGUUAACUUUUGUAGUGAAACAAUGAAAUUAACUAAUCUCUUGUAAGUAGCAUAGGCAUCAAAUAAUUUUAUUAUUAAAUUAUUAUUGCUGUACUAAGCCUAUAUGCAACUCCCCUCUAUUUUAUCUGUCCUUGUAUCAAGGUUUAUGUUAGAUUUGAUUGUGGUUUUAUUGCAUAUUUAGUGUUUGUUGACGUUAUGGAUGAUGUCAUGGCCACUGGCCAGAACAGUAAAAGUAUGAUUUGAUUUCAUUUUGUUGUGCUAAUGAAGUGAUUUAAAAAUAUUUAGCCUGGGCAUUGUCUCUUGGGCAUUGUCGGCCAACUGGUGCCAAAGAAGGACAGAACCUUUUUCAUGUAUGCUACAACAGCAGCAAGAAUACUUAUCGCAAAGUAUUGGAAGACACAAGAUCUACCCACUUUGGAAGAAUGGCAGAUGAAGGUGAUUGACUACAUGGAAUUGGCGGAAAUGACUGGCAGAAUCCGAGACCAGGGAGAAGAGUCGGUGAAAGAAGACUGGAAAAAAUUUAAGGACUAUUUACAGAAAUAUUGUAAAAUUAAGAAACUUUAGAAGGAUGCUGGAUAGAAAUUAAGAGGUUUUUAGCUGUAAUGCUUUAAGAGACAUGGAAAAAAAAGGUUAACAAUUGGGUAAAAGAUUAAUGGUAAGGAUUUGCUGAACCAACAAACUGAAUUGGAAUACAAAGAAGGGAGGUAUGAGGAGGUCUGGGGAAAUAAGAGUAAGGAAGAUAGGUUAUGGAACACUAGUGUGUUUUUAACUGUUUUAUUUUGUAUGUUUUUUCUUACUUUUUGCUUUUUUGCUGUAAUUUAUACUUUUUUCUUUGUUUUCUGUAUUUUUGUGAAACUUUAAUAAAUAUCAUUUAAAAAAAAAAAUAUUUAGCCUGUUUAAUUUGUAUCCCUCACCUUAGCAUAAAUUGCUAACAGAGCAGUAAGAAGCAGAACGAGUGUAAUUUAUUUAUAAAAUAAGGCAUAAAACUAAUUCAGUAAAUUAAAACAAUGAAGUAAAACUUCAGCUGCCUAUUCAAAUAGGAAAACUGGAAAACUGAUCUACUCUAACCUAAGAUCCCAACAGUAGCAAUUCUUAAAAGCUGGGGAAAACAGAAAUAGUUUCCCCUGUUACCUAAAUGUUUGAUAAUGAUGGUGUCAGGUAGACCUCUGAGAAGGACAUUCCAAAUGUGAGGAGACACCACAGAAAAGGUUCUCUAGUGACCAUUCAGGAAAAAAUUCUCUUGCUCCAGUCACCACUCCAUGAAAGUCCUCAGAUUACUCUGUCAGUGGAUGGGCUGAUUGAUAUGGGGAAUGGUGAUUAAACAAAUAUCUGGGUCCUUAGCCAUAUAAGAUUUUAAACCGUAAAAGCAAGCGCUUUGAAUUGAGCUUAGAAACUGACUGGCAGCCAGUGGAGUUGUUUCAAUACAUGAUCCCUUUGCCCAAUCCCUGUUAGCUAUUCUGUCCACAGUGUUCUAUACUAGCUGUAGUUUCUGAACUGUCUUCAAAGGUAAAGCUAUGUAAAGCGUAUUACAGUAUUCCAGCAUUGAAGCUAGUAAGGCAUGGAUAACUGGCUAGGCUACUUCUAUAGUCCGACCCCCAUUGAUAAAAGACCCCUUGUGACACAGAGGUUGCUUGAGCCAGAAGAGUGAGAGAUUAAUAGCACUCCCAGAUCCUUUAAACCAUUCAAAUGCCCAACCCUAUGAGUGCUUAAGGGCCUAUAUUCCAAACAUGAAUGUGUCUUUGGGGCCUGGGUGUUAGGAACUGCUAAAUAACAGAUACUUGACAUUUUGGAUUCAAGUCCGAGGGAGCAGGUGGUUCUGUGGUCUAAACCACUGAGCCUCUUGAGCUUAACGAUCAGAAGGUCAGCAGUUUGAAUCUGUGUGAUAGGGUGAGCUCCUGUUGCUCUGACCCUGCUCCUGCCAACCUAGCAGUUUGAAAGCAUACCAGUGUGAGUAGAUAAAUAGGUGCCGCUGCGGCGGGAAGGUAAAUGGCAUUUCCGUGUGCUCUGACUUGCGGCAGGAGAGUAAAUGGCAUUUCCAUGCACUGUGGCACUUGUCACGGUGUCUCGUUGCACCAGAAGUGGUUUAGUCAUGCUGGUUAGUGUUAGAAACUGAAUUAUGAAAGCUAGGAGCUAAAUGGCACCUUAAACCUAGGUUAUGGGCGCAACCACGGAAUGUCUAGGCACACUUUUUUUAUAACAAGAACACAAAGCUGAAAAUGAAUGAACUGCAGCUAAAAUAUUUUGUUAAUUUUUCACAUGGUCUAGUCCUUUCCCUUCCCUCCCCCCUAAUAUUCUUAUGAGGAUCUCUUCUCUAGUCUUCAGAGAGCAGGUGGAAGUGGGGAGGCAAAAAAGGGUCCUCCUUUCCUUCCACUCCGCAAUUUUAAUCUGAAUUUUUAGGUGCAGUACUGUGCCCAGAGCUCAGAAACUGCUCACGUUAAUGAAAUUCCCUGUCACAAAAUGCGCCUAGAACAAUGGGAGUUUUGAACACUGAUGCUGGCCACAUGACCAGAAAAGCUGUCUGUAGACAAAUGCUGGCUCCCUAGGCCUGAAGCGAGAUGAACGGCACACCCUAUAGUCAAGUUUGACUGGACUUAACCGUCCAGGGGUCCUUUUCCUUUACCUUGACCUACCUUUAUCCCCAUGAGCACUGAUGUUUAGCUGUGUCAGAAUGCGUUCUCUUCUCUUUCCCUCCAGUCCCAUAGUUUAGGUGGAUUGCUGCCUUUUAUCCAUAUUAGUUCUCAUAGCAAUUGCUAUGGACUGAAGUGAGGGAUGUGUAGAGAACUUUUCUUGGGUGGUUGCCUCUGGACCUUGACAGGGUGACUAGAAUGAGGAAAUGCAGGGGUUCAUCUCAAAGAAGCAAUCAUUGGAAGAUGUGCACAUUUGGCUUUCCUGUUUCCUGCUAUGUGAUGCAGAAACCUUGAUUGCAUUCUGAGGAUCCUCUUCAAUGACAAUGAAGUUCUUGGGAAAGGUUUGGGUGGGGAGAGCCUUCCCCGGGGACGACUUCUGGUUAGAGUUGUGAAUUCUUGAAGCUCCUCUGUGCUGGAUGGGAAUGCUUACCUCUGAACCUUUUCAGUUCUGUGCUCUCCCCAGUGAGCUCUGCCUGGUGCCAUCAUUAAUCCCCUCCUUGCUGAAUGUCAGACACAUGACUGAGAUUUUUCUUGUUCUAGCAGACAUUUUAAAGUAGUGUUUGCUUUUAUGAUAAAUUUUUAUUGUUUCAUUGUCCCAUUUUCUGUGAAUAGUUUUUAUGUACACUGUUUAGAAAUGUGAAUAAUUAAGCAGUAUAUGUCUUAAGUAAAAUAAAAAUAAACAUCUUUUUGGCACCAGGGAAAAACUUCUUUCUUCUUGCAAGCAUUUGAUGGAUCAUGAUGAUUUUGUUGCUGUUUUACUGACUCUUUUCUAUGGAAAUUAGUUUUGUUAUAAUGUAUUGCUGUUUUUUUGAUGUUUAUAUUCUGCUUUAUGUUUUUAUAGUUUUUAAAGUCACUUUGAUAUGCUUUACAUAGCAAGCAACUAAUAAAUUGAAUAAAUCAAAAAUAAUAACUGGCAGAAUGCAGCCAACUUAGUAUGUGUGCGAUGCACCAGGUCACUGAAGUGAACUUGUCUUGUCAAUUACCAGCAAAUCUGGGUUCUGCUAUUCAGCAACAGGUGACAGUUUUUCUCCAGAAUUAAAUUACAUCAGGUAGGGUUGCCACAUGGUCAGGAAAACCUGGACAUGUCCUCUUUUGGGGGUGCAAUAUCCAGGUGUAUUUUUACAUUUUAAAGGAAGUGUCUGUUUGAGGGGGGGGCUCAGGCUGCUCUGAACACUGUGGCCACUGCCAGUCUGAGCCAGGGAAAGAGGCGCACGGGCAUGGUGACAUCCCCUUGUGCCUGUGCACCUCUUUUCCUGGCUUAGGCUGGCAGCGGCUUGGGCUGUUUUCUUUUUUGCUCUUCAAGAUAUGGCAAUCCUACUUCAGGACUAGUAUAAUCAGAAGUUUGAGGGAAGGGAGGAAUGCUUGUGUUGCUUGGAAGGUCAGCUUGGUAUCUCUUCUCCCAGAGCAAGGAGAGAAAAUAACACUGAACUACAAUGUCUGUUAGCGACGCGGGUGGCGCUGUGGGUUAAACCACAGAGCCUAGGACUUGCCGAUCAGAAGGUCGGCGGUUCGAAUCCCCGCGACGGGGUGAGCUCCCGUUGCUCAGUCCCUGUUCCUGCCAACCUAACAGUUCGAAAGCAUGAAGUGCAAGUAGAUAAAUAGGUACUGCUCGGGCAGGAAGGUAAACGGCGUUUCCGUGUGCUGCUCUGGUUCACCAGAAGCGGCUUAGUCAUGCUGGCCACAUGACCCGGAAGCUGUACGCUGGCUUCCUUGGCCAGUAAAGCGAGAUGAGCGUCGCAACCCCAGAGUCGCCUGCAACUGGACCUAACGGUCAGGGUCCCUUUACCUCUACAAUGUCUGUUAACCUCAUACUACUUUGGCCGUUGUAGACUGUGUGGUGACUCCUACAGCUAGCUUUGGGGCCUCUCUCUCCAACCGCUUGGCAUUGUCAGUAUUGCCACCUGUACUACCAGCCACGCACAGUGACCUGUUCAUAGAUGGUGGUGUAUGUGCAGGAAAGGGAGUUGGUCUAGGAUAGCACUUUUCUCUGCUCCAGUUUGCACUAGGUAGCUUUUGCUCUUUGCUAAAGGCAGACGAGAACAUUGGCAGCCUGGGGGUGACUGGUACAAGAGGAUAAGUAUGCAAAUACCCCCAUUGUCCUGUGUUUGGAAAGCAUUGGCGCUUAACAGAAUUAUUUGGUAAUAAACUCCAUGGCAGAGAGAUUUAGGUGUGUAAGGGUCAAAUGCAAGCAAGCCCCAGGGCUUUACUGAGACUGCCUUGACACUGUGGACAACUUUUCCCUGUAUCUGGAAAUUGCAGGCUUACAGGAAGUCUGACAGUGUGAGCUGCGGCAGGCAUAGGAAAUAGUGGCUUUGCAGUUGGUACCUUUUAUCCAAAAAGACUCUGAGUCUGUGCCUCUCACCCUCUUUGUCACUAAAUGCACCCAACCCCCACAGGGGAGAGCACCAAGGUUUCGGGUGGGCUGCCUUCUCAGGAGGUUUACACUUGCCACUACUUAAAAUGCAAGCUCCCUCUCUUGUCAGUGUUGGGCUCUUUCUCCACCACCACCCCGACAAUGAGGAGUAGAACAGAGCUCUAAACUCUUAAUUGCCCUCAAAAGAAUCCUAUUUGUGUAACUGGUACAGAGUCGGGAUACGUCAUUCCUUUUGAGAAUUGAAAAGAACCCCAGUGCUUUUACAGGAGAGCUUCCACUAGAGCUUGCAAACAGAAGCAGAUGGCAAGGCCAUGGCAGGGAGGCAUGGUGACUGAGAGAGCAAGGGCACAGUGGUGAUGCCACCUUGCCUGACUUGAAUGUGCACAAGGACCUUGGCACGUGGUCUCAGGCAGGGCGUAAUGACAGCAUGCUUGGAAGCCGUGUGCUGCGGUGUGAUCCUGAGAGCUGCCCAAUGCUGAUGGAGGGUUUGUUAUAUAAGGUCACCAACAAAAGCGUCUAAGUUCAGAGCCUUGUCUCCAGCUGAGAUUUAUGUGCGUCUGCCAAUAAAAAUGGGCUCCAGAUGUGAGUAAACGGCUCAGAGCUCUUUGAAUGGCUGCAUUUUCCUCACUUGAUCUGGAUUUAAUUUGAGGCUGCAGAGCAGCAAAAGUGAAACUUCCAGUAGUCGCUUAAUACUAUGGCAGAAAGGCAAAAGGCAGCAGCAAGAGGCUUACCCAGGUGGUGGUAAAAUAAAACAAGCCACAAGACUCUCCCCCUCACAGUAAGGUUGCUGAAAUUAUUUGCCCUAAAACUCUCUUUAGCUUCCCCACCCCCAAAAGCUGCUGGGCCCUGCCACUCCCCACCCCAAAUGUGUGGCAAUUUUGUGUCCUGAUAUUCUUGGCCUGCGGAGUGCUUGAUUUGGAUUUAAAGUGUUGGUUGUUCAUCAGAGAUGGCAGUCUUGACUUUUUAUGCUCUAGCUUCCUCUGUGACUGUGACAGGCAAGCUGUGGCCCCGGGGUAAUUUUGUAAGGCAUUUUGGGCUUGGAGAAGAGAGCUCUGGGGCCAGAGAACUGGCUUCCCAUGGCAGUCUGGUUUUCUGAGACAAUGGGUGAUUAUUGUGGCGUUGAUGUCCACUACUGCCACCUAUUGGCUUCUUGCACACACAAUGGGAUGGAAAUGCUGCUUCUAGAACCCUGAAAGACCAAGCCUUUACUGGCUUUCACAGGACAGCUUAAGGGGGAGCAAAUUUCAUGGAAGGCGUGAUAGCUUGCAGCACUCAAAAUAAGAAUCUACUUUUUAAGACAUUGUAAUUCUCUCCCUUCGAUUCAAAAUCCCCACAGUGGUUUACAGUAAUGAACAAAAGCAGGAUAAAGUAAUGAAAGGCAGUGUUCAACAAGUCUCACCAAAGGGUGUAGGGAAUACAGAGGUUCAACGUGAAAAACAAAAACGUCUUUGCCUGCUGCCUAAUGACUGACUCCUAAAAAGGCAGAUGAUAUUCACACACCAAUAAUUAGGCAUUUGUAAGUCCUGGGCCCAGACUUUCACCCCAUUCCGGUAGGUUAAAAAAAAGGCAAGGAUGGCAAGGAUCAAGCAAGCAUGUUAUAAGCAGUACUCCUACAAGCAUUUUGUCCAUGUCUACAGGCCAAAGAAACUGAAAUACAUGCCUUAAUAUUAGAUGGUACUGUACUCUGGACCCAUCCACAAACUGUGGUGCUGAACUUGUGGAGUCCAGGUUGAAUGGUUGCUGCUGGGCAUCUUUUUCAGAAUUGCAGUUGCUGUUUUAAUAGGCUUCUAUUGGCCCUUUUGUGACCCUUGGGUGGCACUUAAUUGAGCAGACACAGGGCAUGGAAGUUCAUCUGCAUAGGCAUUUCGGUCCCCUCUGCUCCUCAUUUACCUGAUCAGUUCCCAGCUGAUAGGGAGAGAAAAACCUGUGUCUGGGCAAGUUGUUAUACAGUUGUCUGUGGUGGGAGAACUGUGAGCUUUCUGGGGAGAGAAGGGGGAGCUUCUGUGGAAAAGAUGGAGCAAAGAAUCAAUGGGGCAGGUAAGUUCAUAAUGUGCCAAAGGGCUGCCUCCUUCCAAACUGGAGUCCUUUGUGCAGCUGACCUACUUCUGUUUGUAUGGCUGCUGCUGUCAUAGUCUCUGCACGUGUUAGACAGUGGGAUGUCUUGUCCAGUCCUGCUUGGGUUUCAUGUUGCUUGAGCAGGAAAUAUCACUUUCUACAAGAAGUAAAGCUGCCCGAGAACAUUGCAUUUUUUUCUGCUGUUCCUUGCUGCCCAUCUGGGAUGGGCUUGAUGGCUUCAAGGCCAGGUGACAUGGAGGGCUUUUGCUUUCUCAUUUGGAAGCAUCAUUGACGUGGAAGUGCUGGGGGGGGGGGACGACUAAAUUCUGCCACCCCUUUGUAUUGGCAUGGAUUUGGUUUUUGUUCUAGCAGGUAAAUACAAGUUUCAAGGAAUCCUGUCUGGAUGUUACUCCCACUUGAAAUUGAUAAACAGGAUGUUUUCAUUCAUUCCUCAUUGUGCCAAGUGGGUGUUGCCUUCCGUGUAAAGAGAUUGAUGUUGCCUCUAUGUGCUGUGUUUUUCCCCCCUCGUACGCUUAACUCACCUCUGUUUUCCAGUGGUGCAGCAAUAAAACUGCUCGCACAUUUGCAAAGCUAAGCAGGGUCCAGUAUGGUUUCAAAUCAGAUGGGGAACUGUGUGUUGAGAUUCCUGCAUUGCAGAGAAUUGGACUAGAUGACCCUUGGGGUCCUCUCCAAAUCUCCAAUUCUAUUAUUCCGACACUUUAGCUUACUAAAUAGCGGCAAUCCAGAAGCAGAGUCAAUCAGGAUUUUCCUUGAGUAGUGCAGGCUGUUAAUCUAACAAAUAUUUCUGGAUAUAGUUUCUUCCUUGUGUCUGUCAGGCUGUGCAGUUCCAUGGCCUGUGUUGCCGUACAACAUUGGAACACAAGCCUACAAGGUUGUAAGUGCAUUGUAGAGUAGGUAAGAGCAGUCCCCCCUUUUCUUUCUUAGAGGGACAGUGGCAGUGUUAGAAACUGGGAUAGAAAAGCACCGGGGUUAUGGGCACCAAAGCAGAAUGUCUAGUCGCCUCGGGGGGUGGGUUGGUAACACUUUUUAUUAUUUUGAUAAACAUGAAUUAAUACGCAAUUCACAUAAGUGACACAAUGUUAAUAUCACAUUUUUAGCAGAAUUAUUAAUACAUGUUUAAUUUGGUGUUUGCAAUAAAAAUAUUGGUACCAUUCUUCAGUUUUCAAAAACUCUACUCUUUAUUGUUAAACUCCUUAACAUGCUUUCUGUCCUUAACAUAUACUUCAAGACAUCAAAGCAUAUACAUUUCAGUAAUCCUUGAGUACCAGCCAGGUGCAAAAAAUGGCACCCAGACUUUUUGAGGUGCUCGCAAAUGGGGGAUCUUUAGGUACAAAAUGCACCUGGCACCCUGCUAAUUUUGAACCCUGGACAGUAAUAUUCAGUUACAGAACCUUGAGCAAUUUGGGAGCAAGCAGCACUAUUCCACAAGUCAGUGAGGAGUGAUCCUGUGCCUCUUGUGACAUUUGGCUGGGCUGUUCUCUCUUCAAUGAGCCCCAAACCGGCACAUGUCUGUAGCUUUCUUCUGCCUUUCAGACUGUAUAUGUUACAAACAUGGGGAGUAGCAGAGCUAUAGGGAUGAGUGUUCUCACUCUGCAACUGUCACUGUUUAAGCAACCCUUCAUGAGUUGGAGGGCACUUUCUGAAGUGAGGAGUCUGUUGGACUCAUGUUGGUGCCCCCCCCCAUUUUAGAACCCUGAUUUUUCCAGGGUUCUAGAAUGCGCAGGGCACCUCCGUAAGCAGAGGAAGGCUCCCUGUUUUGCAAGGUCACCCUCCAUGAAUUGGGAGGCAAAUGGAAUAGUAAUGGUAAGCUCAUAUUCUCAUCCCCACAACUCCCCCUGUAUGUUUACCACAUGCACAGUCUCAAUGCCUGUUUUAUUUUUGACAUGGGACUACUCUUGUGCAUCACACUCCUGCAGGCAUUAUCCUUUCUCAGUGCAAUAUAGGAAGGUUUCAUGUGCACGUUUAGCACCGUGGAAGCUGCAAGCCCUCACUGGAGGAGCUGCUUCCAGGAAAUUGGCACUUGCACGUCUCUUUUGGAAGUGAAUGUGCUUUCAAGGGGAGAGGAUUAUUUUCAUUAAAAUUGUGUGGUGUCAACUUUGGAGCCAGGGUCUGUUCUACCCAGCGCUCUUUGUCCAAGUUGUGCUGGAAUGGGAAUGGCUGGCUGGCUUUCUAAUUAGGAGACCUUUCCUGCCUAGCAAAGUUUCCAGUGACUAUUAACAGGAGGUCUGCAGAGUGCUGGCUGCUGGUCUGAGCCAGAGGCAUUUGCACCCCGUGGAAUAAGCAGACAAUACUGGAGUUAGUCUACAACCAGCAAUUUUGUAUGCUGGAGCAGUCUAAAGAAUCCCUGGCUUGCUUUGCAAGUGCUUCAGAGUCUUUGUUCCAGCCUUCUGGGUGAAAUGGCACGGUGGUAGAAAAGAUGCAGCGUCCCACUCCAGGGUGUCUGCACUGUGGCGUUAUUGAAGGCGGACAAGCCCCAUAGUUACACGCCAUCCUGACCUACUUUGGGAAAUUGUAGGUCAAAAGCCAAGGCAUUUUAGCUUCUCUGACUUUUUGUUCCAUAACGAUAGAGGAUCUUGGAACUUGGGAGCAAUGCAAGAUCAGCCAGAGCCAGCAGUCAUGCAGUCCACAAUAUCGGGUACAUUGGAGCACUUGUUUCUGGCUCAGAUGAAAUUGUUUGCUCUUGGAAGACAGCAGUGCUCUUAAACACCCCAAAUCACUUUCUACCACAAUGUCGUAAUAAUUCAAAACCAGAGUGGUGCAGAUGCAGGAGAUGAAACAGGUGGUGUACCUAGACAAGUGUGUGAGAAGUUCCACCAGGGCUGCUCCUCACAGCUCUUUGGCUGUUACUCAUAGCAUCUUUUCAACAUAAGCAGUAGACCUCUCUUUGUCUCUUGCUUCAGCAAACUUGAGAAUUGCAAGAUGAGGAGCAGGGGCCUAAGAGGUGGCACACUGGCAGUUGGAGGGUAGGGACAAGCCUCUUCUGGCCUGGAUUUUAGCCCCCUUCUCCCUCUAAUCCAGGGGUAGGCAACCUAAGGCCCAGGGACCGAAUCCGGCCCAGUCGCCUUCUCAAUCCGGCCCAUGAAUGGUCUGGGAAUCAGCGUGUUUUUACAUGAGUAGAAUGUGUGCUUUUAUUGAAAAUGCAUCUCUGGGUUAUUUGUGGGGCAUAAGAAUUCAUUCAUUCUCCCCCCCCCCCAAAAAAAAUAGUCUGGCCCACCACAUGGUCUGAGGGACAGUGGACCGGCCCAAUGCUGAAAAAGGUUGCUGACCCCUGCUCUAAUCUAUGGGUAGGCAAACUAAAGCCCAGGGACCGGAUCUGGCCCAAUCGCCUUCUAAAUCCGGCCCUCAGACGGUCCGGGAAUCUGUGUAUUUACAUGAGUAGAAUGUGUCCUUUUAUUUAAAAUACAUCUCUGGGUUAUUUGUGGGGCAUAGGAAUUUGUUCAUUUUUCCCCUUCAAAAUAUAGUCUGGCCCCCCACAAGGUCUGAGGGACAGUGGACUGGCCCCCUACUGAAAAAGUUUGCUGACCCCUGUCUAAUCCCUGCAGAGGGGAGAGCACCACCAGCUGGGCUCCCAUAAAUUCAUUGCUGAGCAAUGCAGAGGAAUGUUCAACUAUAAAACAGCACCACUUAUGAAUUAGCAUUACUUGCACUUGCUCCCAGUGGAGCUUUGAACUCUGUUUCAGAAUUAUGCCCUUAACUUCUCCCCAGCAGUGUGUUGGGUAGUUCUCCCAACCUUGCUUCUCAAGCAUUGGUUUCUCAAAUUGCGAGGUUGAAGUUUGGACAGAAAGAAAGGGGAAGGCAGCUUGGAUUUUGAAGCACUUCUAAUUGGUGGCAGCAUGAGUGCUGGGAGCUGGCAUAGUUCCUGCAGAUGCUACACGCUUUGUUAACGUCACAUAAUGGGAUUGUUAAUUUCCCUGGGCUUUUGUUUUGGAGUUUCACUACUGAAGGGAUUCUGUUUAUAGAUUAGUUUGACACUUAAUUGUGGCCACAGUCCAGUGGAUUGAGCAGAAUCUGGGUCAACCUGUGCAUGAACUUGAGGCAUCUUUGGAGUAUAUGGGGCUGACUACCCUGAGCUUACUCAGCUGCAGUUGGUGGAGACUGUACACCUCAUUGGUCAACAUCCCCAGCCAAAACCUUGAAUUGAGAAGCUCCUCCAGGGUUGAGUUGAUAACACCUAUGGCUUCCACUGAAAGUAAAUGGGUAAUACCGAUUGAAGUAUCAGGAGCCUCAGAGGGAGGUUUGCCAGUGGGUAUACACUUCAUAAUUAUCCAGGAAAACUCACUUGGUUAAUGUUCAGAUGAGCUGGGGGUUACAUUAAGGCAUAUUUUAAUCCUUUUCUUCCCCAGUAACAGACUCAGGGGAAGCACACCAAGUUCUCUGACAAAUCUUGCUGUUGAGGCUGCAGCAUCCUGCUGAUCUGUCCCACUGAAUUUAUAAUGGGAGCAGUCAUUUGGAUUGGAAGAUGUCUGAAUUCUAGAGGUGUCACCUAAAGGCAGCUCUUUUAGCUUGCUCUUAGAGCUACAGCAGAUUUUAACAUUGGCCAUUUCAAUGGCAGACCUUUGACAUGGUCUCUUUGCCAAUGCUUACUGUACACACAUGGCUGGUGCUGGUGGAGAAAUUAGCUCUUUUUGAUCAGCCUACCAAUAUUCUAUACCACAUGUUGGAACACAUCCACAGCCACAUGUGCUUUGGACAAAGUAGGCCAGCUGGCUGGAAGGGAAGGGGUCUUUGCCCACCUGAAAAGAGCACUGAAAAGAGAAAGAGGAGGAGAGAGAUGCAUCAGUGACCUAUGAUUCUGCAUUUCAGGGAAGGGUGGGGUAGUGGUGAAGAUUUGACUGGAAAAACAUUUCGCUGGCUGAGCCGCAAGACAAGAGAGCUGCUGUGCUCAGUCUACUUCCCUACCCGUGAAAAGGCUUUGCUGCAACAUUUGUGCCAGGAAGGCAACAGUGACUUGGGUUUCACGUGGAAUUGGACAUCUCCAUGGGGACGGGUAAACAGACAGCUUCAAACACUGUGGAGCAUGCCUCAGUGAGGACAUUUGUCAGUGUGGAAUGAGACACUUGCUGUUCCAGGCAGAGCACUAGAGGAAGCAGUAAUGAAUGGGCUGGGUAGAGGACAGCAGCAGAUUCCUCUAGGCAGGUGUCGCUGACUAGCACUUACCACUAGUAAGCAGGCAAUAGUCCUGUGUGCGCUGUUUGCAUGCAUGCUGAAAUAAUUCAAGUGUAUAGAAGACAUUCCAUGCUAUGAGAAAUAAGUGCACGUAACAUGAAUAGAGUGGCCUAGAUCUAGGAAAUCUUGAAUAUAUCAGGGCCUAGACAGGAUUCCCUUUGAUUACAUAUGUCAUACUAAUAAAAUGGAAAUAUACAUGUUGGGCUGCUAGCAAUCUGGACUCUGUUUUCUAACUAUUCCACACUGUGAUGGUGAUGCUUUGAUCUUCAAAGGACACUGAAUUGGAGUUCUUUCUCUCUUUUUAAAAACUGCUUUGGAGAUCUGAUGCUUUAGGCUUGCUUGUGUGGGUAUCGCGCCAAAGGGCUACAACCAGGAGACUAGUCCUGGUUAGAACUAUCCAUGUAUCCUGGAAUUUAAGAUGUUAAAAAAUGGUUGCUAGGUGACCUGCGUUUUUACAGCUGGAAAGUGGCCCCAUGAGAUGCAACUAAUUUCUGGUCCACAUCUCUAGUAAAUGGAAUGUUUUGGAUGUUUAUGGUUUAAAACAAUCUACUCCUCUGGGGAGAGAGAAGCUUUACUGGGAUUGCUUAUGUUUCUCUACAUUUGUGGUAAACUUCAAAGUGCUUGGAGCUGUCUGUAAAACCUAUUUCCUUUUCACCUCUGCACAUAAGGGGCAAGGCUGCUUGAUGUGAGAUGUUGCAGACAUUCUGUGGAACAACUUUCUUGACCCAAUAAAUAGGACAUAGGUGUGUGUGGGGUGUCAUAGUGUAAUGUAGAGCAUGUGGGAAGGCUAAAGGUUCAACCUUUGGCACUUGCAUCUUAGGUGUUGAGAUUGGGAAAGACCUGGGCAGCAGAAAUGGAGGGUGAUGGGCUAGAUGGACCAGUAGCCUGACUUGGUAUUAGGCAGUUUUGUGCAAAUCCCCAAUAAUGACUGUGCUUUGAUUGGUGCGAUAACACCUUUCUAGUGAACAGUUUGGAAACUGACACUUUUGCUACAAGAGGCAAUAUUGUUUCUGAAUUCCACUUGACCAGUCUGAGGUUAUGUUUUCUAAUGGCCUGUCUUGCUGGCCCCUUUCAGGUUGCCAUAAAGAUAAUUGAUAAGACUCAGCUGGACGAAGAGAACCUCAAGAAGAUCUUCAGAGAAGUUCAGAUCAUGAAGAUGCUUUGCCACCCACACAUCAUCAGAUUGUAUCAGGUAUGAAUGCUGUGUGUUGGUGUCCACUCUGAGGAUUCACUUGUUAGUGUCCUUGAGGUUUGGGAGUAAAGACCAUGGGUGGGACUAGGGUGGGACAUGGGAAACCACCAAAUUCAGCUGUUCAACAGGCAUUAACAGAGGUAGGCAGCUUUUGCAGUGACUGCUGCUGGAAUGAGGCCUCUUAGCUUCUUGAGAGAACCAUUACCGUUCUCUUGCCUUGAUUUUUUUGCUUCCAGCCUUCCAGCCCACUUCUCCCCACAAUUCACUGUGCCCUGCAUGGGGAGGAUAUGGAGUCCCUGAAACUUGGCCUUCAGGGAACUUGUAUCUGACCAGCCUCUUUUCCAGGAGUUUCCCUGAUACAUCUCCAGUGGUCUGAAUGACAUGGUAGACAGUGGCUUUGUUAGCCUAUCUACAUCAUUUACGCAAGGAACCAAGGUUAUUUGGCACAACAAGAAGGCUUUAAUUGAGUGCAUUUUUUGCCUGAGACCUGUCAGAUAUCUGGUCUGGAUUAAACAGAAUGGAAGGGCCUCCAGAGUGAACAGCCAAGCUAGUUACCUCUGCUGUUGAGAUGCUUGAAUUGCUUGUGGGGUGUUCUUUGCCCUUUCAAAGAGACACUGCUGCCUUUGCUGACAAGUCUGUAGCUACUUGAGUGUUUUAAGCUAUGAGGUCAAUGAUGGAGCUUAGCUCCACCUCUGAAAAUGCUUUAGAGCAUCGCACCUGAAUGCUUUUGAGGAAAGCAGGGUGUAUGGGCUGGUCCUUUUUGCUGGCUGAAACAUCCAUCAGGUCAUUCAGAUUAAAUGCCUUUAUAUAAUUUGAAUUAAAAUGACAGACCCAUCCUUAUAGGCUUCAGUUACCAUAUUUGCAAGUUGUUGUUGUUCUUAAUUACCCAAAGGCAUUCUUAGCAUGGCUUGUGGAAGUACCUUUAGAGUAAUAUUGGCCCCUCAGAAUCGGAAGUGUAGGCUCUUUCAGCUUGGAAAAGGCUUCUUGAAAACUCACUUGCAGCAUUUUAGCCUGAAGUUUAGCCUGUCUUGCUUGCUUGAUGUUUGGGUCCUUAACAGACCUUGUGCACUUGAGUGCAGCCGCUGGGUGGGUGCUUCUAAUUUGUUGAGUGUGGCUCAGUGUAUUUAAGAUGCAAGUCACAAAAAGUAAGGUCCAAUUAGCGCCAGCUUCCUUUUGUCCUAGGCAAUCUCCUUAUCUGUCAGUUUUCUGUCCUUGUGCAGGUUAUGGAGACAGAGAGAAUGAUUUAUCUGGUGACAGAAUAUGCGAGCGGAGGGGAAAUAUUUGGUAAGUACAUUUAUUGCAUUCUUUAAUCAGAUAAUGUACUUAGUCAACUACAGUAAACUUAAAAUAGCUGCCCCUCCUCUCCACUUUCAGCUGAGUGAUGCCCUUCAGGUCUUGGAACUUUCCAUUGAUCAACGUAUUUGGUGGGAGGACUUGCAAGCUGCAGUGAACUGGCUUUGUUGCCUUCCUAGGGAGGAAUAACAUUUAAAAAUGAGGGUGCCUUUCAUAACUAAAGGCCUGAAAUGUGCAACCUUGGGAAAAGUUUUGCCAGCUUCAAAUUCAUUUUCAAAACUGGUGGGUGCAUUUGAGCAGAGCAAAGCUGUUCUGAGUUGGCUUCUCCUGUGGGAAAGAUGGAGCUAAUGAUCUACUGCAGCUUCUGUGAAAAUUAAAAGGGGGGUUAGUUUGAUAAAUAGUUACUAGUAAAUGGUCCCAAUGCAUUUCUGGCUGGAAAAUUGCAUUUUCCAGUGCAUAAAACUCAAUAACAUCUUGGGCAGGCUUGCUAAAUCUCCAAAGCUUCUGUGGCUUUCUAUUGUGGAUUCUGGCUAGCAGCAUGCAUACAUAAACACACAUGCACAAUACAUCCACAUUCUCAGGGCUUUCGUGCCACCUGAAAACACUUUGCCCCCCUUAUGGUUUGGGGGUGACAUGUUUUGCAAAAAUGGUUUGGGUGAAUUCUCAUUCUACAAAUCUCAGCUCUCUCCCAUGACUCAGUAACAAGGGUAGGGAAGCUGUGGUCCUCCAGAUGUUGAGUUUCAACUCCUGCCAGCCUCAGCCAUCAUGACAAGUGCCUUAGUCACAGUGAGGUUCUCCAUCCCUGCUCUGCAGAAUUAACCUCUGUGGGGCAGAGGAGGCAGCAUCUGAUUUCCAGUGGGGCAGAGCCAGCCAUUUCACAUUCUCCAGCUGGUUAAGGGUUUUUUGUUAUUUUUUAAACUGUUGAUAGUAUAUGAUAUGUUAGUGAAAAAUGCACAGCUGAGGACUGUUGCUCUGCAUUUUUCAAGAGUAGCUACUUGGGACUGUUCAAAAUGCUCUGGACAAGCACUUUUCAGUCGGAAGAGAAAGACAGGCCACCAGUCUAAGUGUGCCACUGCAGAACAGGACCAUUCUUUUGCACUCAGACCCUACACACACACACACGUCUGACAGAGAUUAGCCCCUGCAAAGCAGACUGCAAAGAGCAAGAGCACCUUCAAAGAUGGCUCAAGCAAGCGGGCCAAGUCACAAGCGUAGAGUGGAAGUCAUCAUUUUAAAGGAAGCCAUAGGCACUUCCGGUGAAGGUUUUAGUUUUUAUUUCUUUUACUUGGUGAUAUUUUGUUCUUUUAUGUAAACUGCUUUGGGGGCCCUUGCUAGAAAUGGAAAGUGGUAUGAAAUGUUUUAUAAUGACAUAACUGAAGAAACACUGCUGCAUAUGGAGCAACUGCUUUCAGCAUUUUUAAAGACAGAGUAAUGUAAAGAGUUCGCCCAUGGAAAGCUGACUUUAUAGCUGGCCAGACUACUUGCCCACCUAGCACAGCGUUGUCUGUGGGGACUGACAUCAGCUGUCUGACAAGAAGGAGGGGGUCAGGGAGAACUGUUUCAAUCAAUAAUCAAGAACAUUUUGACGAGAUCUUGCCUUUUGGACUCUCCAUGGGAGACCGCAUGGCCUGUGGUUGCCUUGUUCUCCCUUUUGGUUGGGAGAUGAGCUGUCCAGUGGAGGGAACACAGAAGCAUGAGCUCUCUGCUGGAUACACCUGGGGAGGUUUGACUGGUCAGAAGCAAAUUGUCUUCAGUAUCUCUCCUUUUCAGGGAGCUCCAGCUUCUGUCCCUUGCAUAUCUAGCCUGAGCCGAGCAGCCUUCCCUCCAGCAAGCCGCCCUGUGUGAGUUUGAUCAGGCUUCUUCUGAUGGUUACUAAAAUAACCUUGUUACGUGCAGAGUGGAUGGAAAUCUCCCCAUUGCUUUUGGAAGCCCUUCAUGCUGCAGUAAAUUCAGCUCGUUUGGAGCAGCUGAUUUGCUGCACGCCAUCCAACCCCCGUGGCCUUGCUUGCUAGCUGAGAGCUGGCAAGCCUAAUUGUGGAACCCGCUUCUGUCAUCUGGCCUGUGCAUCUUGUUUACCUCCAUCAUUCCCCAGCUGUCUUCAGCCGCCACUCAAGAUCUACUUUAGCCCUAAACCCCUCAUCUGCUGGAGAGUGAAACCAGAACUUCCUCUGUGUUUCCUAGUGAAAAGCUUCUCAGGAGCUCCAGAGAGGAGGAGGAGGAGAGAGAUUUGUUGAAGGAAGCAGAGGCCCAGUGUUUCUCUCCCUUCUUGAUAACUUCCACCCCAAGAGGAGUCUCUUCUAGCUGCUGGCUUGUUUCUGUGCUGAAACAAGACAGUUUCAGGCAGCUCCCUUAGCUGGCCACAUGGCUGCCAUUCAGGGUCUCUGUCUCUGUAUGGGUGACUUGUUCCAUUGGAGUCACUGGCUGCACUGUGAGCAGCUCCCAGAGCGGCUUCCCUGACUGCAGCUGUGUUAAUAACGCCCUGUCGCUUGUUUACACUGCAGCUACUGUAAAAAGGAACUUGACAUUUAGGGGGAGGGGGAGGAGACGGCUUAAUUUAUCCAAUGUUUAAAGUGACUUUUUAAUUUCCGUUGGUAAUCUGGCCAAAGCUUGCGGGUAAGGAGCUGGAGCACUUGCAGCCCUGACGUGAUCCAGAGCGCUGAGCUACCCUUUCCGCCGCCAGCCCAAGCAGAUCAUUGUCACUGUUGGCUUCAGAACGGCCUGCACGUUGCCUGGAAAAACAGCAGCAGGAGUUCUGCUGAGCAGAGCUGCUUCCAGGCAGUUGAACGCUGCUGGGCCUUUGUGGUGUAAUGGCAAGGGGUUUUCGAUUCCUCCUUCCCUUCUUGGCUGGGCCACCCAUAUCGCAUCAUAGUGGGACUUGCAACCUGCCCCUUAGGUAAAACAUAGGUGCAAAUGUCAGUCUUCUUUUUGAAGGGGAUGGCUAGUGGCGAUGGAUGGUGUUGCUCUACCUUUUGCUCUGACAAUCUUCAGCAAUUUCAGAGGCCUUCAGAAGGAGGGGCUGGGUGGGCAUGAAGCAUAUGUUACAACUGUAAAUCCUAUAUAAAGAGUGCGGGUAGGAUGCAGUAAUUUUCAUUACAUGGGAACAAUAACUGCAGGAGAUUGGGGAGCAUGUUUAGGACUCUCUAGAGUGGAGCUGCUUAUUGGGCAGACAUGAUCCAUACCAUGUGUCUAUCGAUCCUAGCAGUGUAAGCAAAUUUCUCAUAUGGUCCAUCAAAGUUCCCCUAAUUGAAUUAGGCCAGAGGUAGGAAGCCACAGGCUCAGGGGCCAAGCGCAGCCCUCCAGGCAUCUGUAUCUGCACACCCCACCCCCACCCUUGUGCCUGGCUGGAAUGUGUGUCUGAAGUGCAAUGAUGUCCCUUUCUUACCUGAAUGUGUGGGGUGCAGAUGUGUGGGGUGAGGGCAGAGACCUGUGGCUUGUGCACAAGUGGGAUGUAGCCUACUGCACAUGUGUAGUCACAUCCAUUGCUUGGCCCAUUUUGUGCCUCUGGACCCAUCCACCCACUACUGCUUUGUGGCCCUGGGAGAGUUGAGCAAAUCAUGUAGUCUGGACGUGCUGCUGGGAUGACUUUCUAAGGGUGUUAGUGGAGCAGCUGGCUGCCACUUUAGCUCUAGGUGAGCAGAGUUGAUACUGAGUGACCCCAACCAAGAGGAGAACUGAUAGCUGCUCUGGGCAUGCCAUUCAUACCUGAUAUUGGGAGCUUUCACUCAGGUUCCUCCCGAGAUAUAUUGUCUCCAAAUGACCUGGUACCAAUGACCUGGAGUCUGGCAAAGAGCUUUUAGAGAGAACUCAUUUAUUUGUCAUUAACCUAGGGAAGUGUUUACUUUAGAAAAACAAAACAGAACACCAGUUCAGGUCCAAGAAAAUAGACACAAAUCUCUGUGCCUUUGCAGCAAGGUUGAUCCCUGGCCAUUCUUAGAAAGCUUUGAUCCAUUUGCAGGAAGGCUUUGUUGCUAAACAUGUGCUUUUUUCCUGGGGCAAUCAAAUGGCUCUUCAUAACAUUGUUAAUUGUAAUAAAAAGUACCGUAUUUUUUGCUCUAUAAGACUCACUUUUUCCCUCCUAAAAAGUAAGGGGAAAUGUGUGUGUGUCUUAUGGAGUGAAUGCAGGCUGCGCAGCUAUCCCAGAAGCCAGAACAGCAAGAGGGAUUGCAGCUUUUGCUGCACAGCGAUCCCUUUUGCUGUUCUGGCUUUUGGGGUUCAGAAUUUUUUUUUUCUUGUUUUGCUCCUCCAAAAACUAGGUGCGUCUUAUGGUCUGGUGCGUCUUAUAGAGUGAAAAAUACGGUACUUCUGUUGCUCCUGUCAGUGGAACAAAACCAUGUAGACUUUAUCCCAGCUGGUAACUACAAGCAGAGCCAAUGGUGGCUGGGACUGCUGGAGAGAUCAAGUCUUCAGCCUGAUCUCCUAAUGAGAUCCAGGCCUCUUUUGUGGACAAGGGAGCUGGGAUGGAAAGGGAGCCAUUGCCUGGUCUUGCUAGAGAGGUGGAUCAAAGUUGGAAGGUGCUGAAUGGUUUAGAAUGGGAUCUGAGCUGCUUCUGACUACAUCAAGCAAAUCCUUCUGGUUUUACCCAACUGUUGAGUAACAGAGGAAGAGAGGGAGAUUUGCUCUCAUGAAGGACCUGCUCUACUGUUCACAUGGAGCACAUGCACCUGAGAUGAUAGCUCUCAGCUGAGAACAGCAAGAUAUGCCCACCCCCAUCACCAUUUGGGUGCCUGCCAAGGGCUGAGAUUCAUCCAAAAACAUUGACCUAGUUCAGCCUUGUGCUUUAGGAACUGUUAAAUUGCAGCGGGAAAGCCAGUGUGUGGUAUUGGGAACGACACCACAGAUGCAUCCAAGAAACCAUUUCUUCAGAAGGAGCCUGCUGCUUUGGCCUCAAAGGGGAAGGUUGGGCAGUUUCAACCUGCUUCCCUUCAUAAACUGUAUUAAUUAUAGAGCGAAAGAUGAAAGUCUGCUUUAGAGAAUCAAAAUUAAGCUAAAGUUUUCCCAUUAGGUGGUUGUUUUGGCCAAAAGUGCCCACUAAUUAAAAUACCCAGGCACAAGCAGUUCACAGUAAAUACUAAUUACACAAACACAUCAAAAGCCUUCUGCCUCUCCAGAUAAAGAGCAAUUUCUUUCUUUUGAUGUUGCAUUUCUAAUAUAUUUUGAUGGGGCUUUCAGCCGGCAAGCUUCUUUUCCUUCCCUGAUUAAAUUUCAUUUAUAAUAAAAGAUACCAGGUGCAGGCAGUGAAGUGGGUGUGUGGUAAAGUUGCAGAGGGUGCCUAUACACACUUACUAGGAAGUAAGCCCAACUCAGUGGGACUUGCUUCUAAGUCAGCAUGCAUAGGAUUGUGCUAUUGUUCUUCUUAAGGAGCAGCUGAGGAGGUAGAGUCUUGGGUUUGGAUGCAGGAGUGAACAUUGCAGCUUCUCCUGAAGCCUCCCUAGUGUCAAGGCGGGAGUCAGGAACAGCUCAGCAAUAACUCACAAGGUGCCAAUGAAGUUAACUCUUUAUUCAAAGAAACAAAACACAAACACAUUCUAAAACACAAACCCUCCUGGCCUCUCUGAGUGCACACAUACAUAUGCCCCUUUCUUUCUUUCUUUUAGCACAUACCGGGCAAAUAUUUCUUUAAGCUGAGGUGUGAAAUUUUACUGCCCAGGUAGAAAUGCAGAAGAGAGAGGGAGCCCACCUUCCUUUAUGGGUUGAAAGAUGGCUUGUGGGCCUAUCAGCUGCAAAAAUGCUGCCAAAUUUGUGCAAGAUUUAGAGCAAAGAGCAGCCUGUUGGAUAAUUCUGUAUUUCACAAUCUGUAGAUGCAAGCUACCUCUGACAUUAAUCACUAGAAGGCAGAAAGGCCUAUGAUACAAAGCUGGUUACAAGAGAAGAUGGCAAAAAGGCACCAGCUUUUGUCUCAGAGACAGAGGAGGUGAAAUGUUUGUAACCUUCCUCCAGGAGAUUACGAACAUGGUUUGGCUCUUGCCUCUGGAGCCCAGUACCUAUUUACUGAGUAAAUUAUUCUUUUAUGAAUACUCAAGAAGCAGUCCAAAUGAACUGUGAAGGGAGGAAAGGAGGAAGCAAGCAUGAGGGAGUUGCUUUUGAUCCCACCUGGGAAUGUAAGAAGGGCUUGUGGCCUUGACUCUUAAGCUCUCUGGGCCAGAAGUGAGGUCCUUGAGAUAUAGCUUGAAUCCAUCAGGGGCAGCAUGGCCAGCACUCGGAGAUGAUGGAGCUGCAGUCCAGCAGUAUUUGGAGGGCCACCGUUUCUUUCUCCCCACCACCGACAGAAAUCAUAUUGCUACUUUUACUUCUUCAUAGCAGGAACACUCUUAGCAGAGUGAGGCCUCAAUUCCCUGUCUAUAAAAUGACUUCACUGUUCUGUGGGAUAACUAGCCUCAUAUAACCCACAUGCUUAGGUCUAAUUAGUGCAUGAAGGGGUUAAUGCCAUAGAAUAAACUGUCCUGCUAGGCUUAGCUAGGUCACUCCCCUGCAGCUUGGGAGGAAGGUAGUCAAGAGUAUUAUUGUACCUCAGUUAAACAUAGAAGCUCAACAUGUGAGGAGGUCUGAACUGAUUGCUGCAGUUCAGACUGCAUGGCUCGUCUAACCAGCCUCCCUUGAGUUCCUUUACCCAUAAUUUAGGAACUUUUUCACCCCUAUAACUAAGCCACAUUUGCUGCCUGUGCAACUUUUCUGAUUGCUGUCUGGAAGAGCACAUGAAGCUAACAUUUGGAAAGUUUGUAAGGAAACUAUUUUUAACUUACCAAACAUGUGGCCUUUUCCUGUGCUAGGAGAAGUGAGGAACUUUGGAAGGAACUUGGAAGGAUAUAUUUUAAAGGUCUAACAGUCACUAUUUCCAUGCUUUGCUUUGCUGCAUAUUUGCUAUUUUGAAUCUCUGCUGGGGUUCUCUCACUAAAGCGAAUCUGUCCCAAACCUAGAACUUGACAUCCAGGGAAUUUUCCUUUUAUGCUUACAUUUUUCUCCUGCACCAACAUAUUCUGCCUGUAUUACAGAUAGGAAAUUGUGCUUCAGAAGCUAUGGAAACUCUAGGUUCAAAUCUCUGUCAGACAGACAGACAGGCAGACAGAUCUACUUUAAAAGGUGUUUAUGUAGCCAAAUCUUGGGAGGAAGAGUGGCAUAUACAUAUAGCAAAUUAAAGACAAUACUUCCCAUAGCAAAAUGCAAUAAUGGUUCCAUGCUUUAUAAUUGAAAACUGUUGUUCCUCUCUACCAGAAGCAAUAAUAGAGCGCAGCCACACUUUCACCUGACCCAUAGUUUGAUUUUAUUGUGUUCUGAUUAAUUCGUCUGGACCAGGGAGCUUUUCUCAUUUUUCUGUCACUGUGGCUUGCAAAAACCUGGUCUUACCCCUUAAUCUAAUGCUCAGUUAAGCAAAAUCUCUCUUAUAAAUGAUAUUCUGCACGUCUGAUAAGAUCCAGUUCAGCGGGUAAGAUUGGUCUUUUGGAAGACACAGCUGCAGAACAACAAGGAAAGCUUUCGGACCUGUGGGGAUUCAUUGACACACCAUAUGAUCAAAAUAUGGGUCAAGCAAAAUUGUGAAUGAGCCCAUACUCUCCCUGGUGCAUCCUCUCCCCUUUCCUCAAAUGAUGCUGGCCUGAGACGGGGCCUUCUGCCUAGACACAUGAUUGGCUCACCUAGCUCAGUACUGCCUGCACUGACUGGCAGUGACACCAGGAGCUCAGGCAGGAGUCUUCCCCAGCCUUACCCAGAGAUGCCGGGAUUUGAAUCUGUGACCUUCUGCAUGCAAAGCAGAUGCUCUACUCACUGUCCAAUGGCCCUCUCAUUGAAUUCCCAAAUGGUUAGCAAACAGGCUCUCUAUCUUGACCCAACCAUUCCCCUCCCUCCACAUUAAUGUGUAGGAAUUUAUAAUCUCCCCCUGCUUUUUUAUUUCUGCCAGCUACUUCUUGUUGUUCAAGCUGGGCAGGCAUCAUGUGAUCUACCAGUCCCACCAAAGAGCUGCGGCCUAUUUAUCCGUGGCCGCCUUCUGCAGGAGUUUCUUUUGUGACAUUUUCUAAAUAACCCAUUGACAACUGGAGGUUGCACAGUGUUCACAGUUUUCAGAAGCAGCAAACAGCUAAAAACAACCUUUGGGCCAGUUUCCUGCUUGCCUCUUUAUUAAAAGAGCUAUUGUCAGGGUGAGAAGGCUGGAGCCAACAGCUACUGUCACAGGAAACUGCCCUGCUCUGGCUGCUGCCAUCAUCCCAGAGGCUUCUCCCUUGCUGGCACUGGGGUUUUGUCUGAACUAAAAGGGGCUCCAUAUACCACCCCCCCACCCCUGUUCUGGGGGCUAAAUCAAAAUCAAAUCAAAUCUCAUCUUCACAAAGGACACUUGGCAGAACUUUGCCUUCCCUUCAGAGCCUCAGCCUUUUCCUUUUUUCAGGAUCCAUCAUAUUGUACACACAUACUCCCUCGCACACUAUUUUUUUCUGCACCCCUUCAAAGGUAGAGGUCAGCUGUUCCAGGGACAUUUCUUUCACUUGCAUCUCCUCUGGUUUCUUGCAUAUGGAAUGUGAAUCUCGUAGGCCUCUUUCCCCUUCUGGGGCAAAUUUGCCCCAAUCCCUGUAAUUCUUCAUGGGAAGGUGACCCCUGAAUAUCCCCUGUUACUCACUCACAGUGCUCAGCAUAAUUGCAACAGCCUUCAUCUACAGCUGACAUCUUUUAUCAAUCAUGGUUGCUAAAAUACAAUUGUGUGUCACUGGAACAUUAUACUUGCCCAGAGAGGCAUUUUUGCUCUGGCAUGGAGACUCACCAGAGGCUGAGUCUUAGCAACUUGCAGAAGUAUUCUAAGGCAUUUAAUUAGGGCUGGUGAUAGGGGUACCUACCACCAUCCUCAGGUAUAGGGCAGACUUUGAAUCCGACUGAAAUAGGGAGAGAAAUAUGCCCAAAUAUGAAAGGAGCUCUCCUGCUGCAGACCUAGAGAGGUUAGCUUCUGUGAGCUGGGGCAUGCUUUGACACUUUACCUGGCAGUUGUGCCACCACCUCCUUGGGCUGUUUUCCCAGCAACAGAUGAGCUAGAUAGAUCCAUUCUGGGCAGUGCAGGCCUUCCAAGUCCUGCAGUAAACCAAAGUAAGUCUAUACUGAUCCAAUAACAAUGGUUAUGCUUUCUCUCUCUUCUCCCUCCCCACCUCAUCUCCUUCAGAUCACCUCGUGGCCCAUGGACGAAUGGCUGAAAAAGAAGCCCGGAAGAAGUUUAAGCAGAUAGUGGCAGCUGUCCAUUUCUGCCACUGUCGUAACAUUGUCCACAGAGAUCUGAAAGCAGAGAAUUUGCUUCUGGAUGCAAAUCUGAACAUCAAAAUAGCAGGUCGGCCAUUUUAAAAGAUGGAAGCAUAGACUACCCAAGCAAAGCAGCCCAGGUCAAAUCCUGGCAGCUUGAGGUUUCUGACAAGUGACAGAUCUUGCUGCUUCUGCUCCUGGCCACCAAAGAUGGUGUUCCACUGCCCUGCCAGACUUUUAGGGCUUAGUUAUUCAUGAUUCUGCACCUCCACUUGGGGCCAGCCUUCCCUGCUGCUGUUGCACUGCUGAGCUGAUCCAAAAGAAAUGAUUAGAAACCUUUAUAGAAAACCUAUGAUAUUGGGUGGUCUCUGAAUUGCUUCCCUCCUGUUUGUCUUCCAGAUUUUGGAUUCAGUAAUAUCUUCACGCCUGGUCAGCUGCUGAAGACCUGGUGCGGAAGUCCCCCCUAUGCUGCCCCUGAACUCUUUGAAGGGAAGGAGUAUGAUGGGCCAAAGGUGGACAUUUGGGUAAACCAUCAAGAACCAUUCUGCACUGCCAGCAUUUCUCUUUGCAAGGGGAGGGGGAGGGGAACGCUGCUUCUGGAGCACACUGAAGCAGCCCUUUUGUCACUGUAUGCAUUUGAUCAGUGAACCAACUUUUGUCAUUGUCCAUGUGCAAUAAUUUUAAACUUUUUAAAAGAUAUAAGUGGGACCUUUUUAGAAAGGGGCUCCUCUGAUCGGGGGCCCUUUUCUUAAAUAGAUUUUCCUUACUAGGGCACUUGUUUACUUCAUGCUGCUGUUGCCACCUAACGUUUGUGCCCUCUUCUCUUGCAGAGCCUUGGGGUGGUGCUCUACGUGCUGGUCUGCGGGGCCCUGCCUUUUGAUGGGAGUACGCUGCAGAACCUGCGGGCGAGGGUCCUGAGCGGGAAGUUUCGCAUUCCAUUUUUCAUGUCCACAGGUAAAGGCUCUGUGGGGAGAUGUCCCCUUCCUCCUCCUCCUCCUCCUCCUCCUCCUCCUCCUCCUCCUCAGCAAAGUCAGCAGCUACAGGUACUGGCUGACAUCAGGGGUUCAGUUUCACACUGGCAACUUCUUGAAUUUGAGGUCGCCUCACUUGGGACAGCCAUGCCUGGCACUCUGAUCUCUUUGAAAUAAAGAGCUGCAACAAAAUCCCUUGUAGACUGAGUAACUGCAUUUCACUGCCCAGCUGUUGAGGACGCCAGGUGAUUGCAAAACUAGGAACUGCAGAGGAUGUCAGAGAAUUUGGAUGCUAGGUGGUCUGGGCCAACACGCUAGACAAGAGUUGUAGGUUGGGUUCUUUUGCCCUCUCUUUUCCUUCUAUGUGCUUUGAGCACUACUCAUAUGGGAGCUGAACCCGCCUCCUCAUAGAAAGCUAAAUUCAUGGCUAUGUUAAAAAGUGGAUUUUCAGUUUCUGGUGUAUUUCUUUUCCUGCGGCUCAGAGAGAAACUGCUUCAGCUCGAAAGCUGAAUGGCUGAGGUUCUCUCUCCCCAGCCACCUACUGCAGUGCCCUUUCCAAUGUGCUGCAGGCAGACAUUAGUAAUUUGAGAGAGGUCUCAAAACCCACCCGCCUGCCCAAAAUUCUGCUCCUGGAGCUGUUGGCAAAGAGGAAGAUGGAACCCUAUUUUUAUGCUGGCUGUAUCAAGCAGGGAAAGCCUGAGCCAUUUUGAGACCUUGGGAAGAGAUGGAUGAGGGCUGUCUAGAGAAGACUCCCAGACAGCUUGCAUGCAUUGGUUGUUUGUGCUUUGAAUCAGUCAUGAGAGACCUUCAGCUGGACCUUCCUGCUCACAAUGCAGCAAGCCCACCCAGUGAACCUGUCUCCUUCAUCUUCCUGUGAGCAAAGGGCUGUUUUCUGACUGUCCACAUUUAACUGGAGGAAAAUUAAUUUUCAGCCUGCUGCAGCACCGUCUAGAAAUGACUGCUGGCUUCCUGUUGGCAUUGUUAAUUGGAACUCAUUGUGGCUUAAUGACUAGUGAUGCAGUGUGAGGCUUUUAUCAGUUGGGCAGCAAGAAAUCCAGUUGAUAGCUGAAGCCCCAAGCAGAAAAGUGUACCAAGGGGUGGGACAUCGUAAGUGUACCAGUCGUAUGUGUGGUUUGGUUGAGACAGUCCAUCUGUUGUUCAAAGGGCUUGAAUUGAGAGAUCUCUCUUUACCAGCUAAUUUUGCAAAGUCUCUUGUUUCACACACAAAUGGUUACUAGAACAACUCUCUCUCUCUCUCUCUCUCUCUCUCUCUCUCUCUCUCUCUCACACACACACACACACACACACACAGAGAGAGAGAGAGAGCGUGCAAAGUGCUUGUGUGUCCUGUCUUUGUGGCUGGUGAAUCCAACUUAUCUUGGGUGUCCUGAGACCCCUCCCCACGUAGCUUUCCCUGGUAGCACUACCUAAGACCUCCAAAGCACUCCAGGACUAGCAGUGCUGCAACAGUGGCCCAGCCAGUUCAAAUGCGAGAGCCAUAUUAGUUUGAUGAUGACCAAACAAACAUACAAAACUGUUUCCAGUGAGCAGAUGCAUCAGAGACUGAACAGUGUGCCUUCUUUCUGUUUCCUUCAUUUCCCUUCUCAUGGCACUGAAGCCCCUGACUAGAGUGUUUGUCUGCACUUUUAUUGGAGGCACGGUGGGAUGUCCCUUUCUAACUCCCAUUGACUGACCAGGUCUAACUUCUUUGGAGUAUAUUGAUACACCAAAACUCUCUUUCAGAACUACAGUUCUUGCUGCCAAAGAUGUGGCAUGGCUGUCUCUGGCCUAUGGAAGAGAAUGAUUGGCUGCAGCUGAGGUGUGGAGUGUGGGGCCAAGGUGGGGAAGAGAGAUCAGUGAGGGGCAAGUGCAGGAGAGAGACCCCUGAAAUGUUGCUGUGUUGUGGAAGGCAAAGCCCACCUUUAAAAAUUGAGCACUUGCAUUACAAAUGGGUUGCACAGAUAUGACUGUCUCUCUCAGAAUUGUAUGGAAGACAGGCAAGAGCUUUGGGCCUGCUGCUCUUUGGGCACACAUCCAGUUUGGGCAGUCUCUGUCUCCCUGCUAUGAGCUCCUCCUUAGGAGAGCUGGAAUGAGGUUACUGCCUGCACAGCUCCGGUUGAAACGUUUCAAUAAUCCAACCCUGUUUCGUUCCAUAAGCCUUUUCUCAUAUAGUGUUGGCCUCCCCCCAACCUUAGUGAAGGAGCUGGUAUGAAGCUUGGGGGUACUUGUGGGUCCAUUGUUGUAGCUUGAGGCUCAGGUGGUGCAGAGUGCCUUCUAUCAGCUUUGUUUUUGUUUUUUUUUUAAAUAAUAUUUAUUGAAAAUUUUAAGAUUACAAAAAAAACAAAGAGAAAAAAGAAGGAAAAAACAAAUAACAAUUCAAAAGCAAAAAGCAAAAGCAAAGCACAUAAUACAUCAAAAUCAAAAAGCAGAAAUAAACAAAAAAAAUUUAAAAACAGAUCCAGUAUUCUCAAAUCCUUAACUGUCAUUACCUUAUUUCGUCGACCUCCUCACACCUCCCUUUUUUGUAUUCUAGUUAUUAAUUGUCUCAGCAAAUCCUUUCCAUCUUUCAUAAUAUUCUGUCAUUAAAUUACCUUGAUCUAUUUUAACCUUAUCUUACCAUAAAAAACCUUAAAACUUAAAACUUAAAUCUUAUUUAUACCAAUUUCUCAUAACCAUAACAUAUUCUUACAUAAUUCUUUUUAACAUUUCUGCUAAAGACAAAUAAUUUCGUUCCAACAUUUCUCUAAUACUCAUUAAUUUUACGAAAAUUUUCCUAAAUAAAUUUUUUAAAACUUUCUUCCAAUCUUCUUCCAACGUCUCUUCCUCCUGGUCUCGGGUUUUGUCAGUCCUUUCUAUCCCAUCCAUCUAGUUCAUCAACCCGGUAACCUUAUGUCCGAGGCCCUUAAAUCUCUUCCAUGUCCCUUCCGCAAGUCUUCUUCAUAUUUAUACCUGUACUUUACUUUGUCAUCUGCUCCUUUCAUUCGUGGAGACUCCAGCUUGACAAUAUUUUUGUCCCUUCUCGACAGAUCAGCCCCUUUUCCAUAGUCAACACUGUACUCCAUGUGGUAUUUAAAAGCAUGUUUCAAGGUCCCUCCAAAGUUAAGGGCCCACACAACUCUGAACUCCUCCCGGCCCAAAGCCAGACUUGAAAGGUCAAAACAUCCCUGCAUAGGGGGGUCUAUCCAGCCCCCCAUCUCCAAACCAAACCAGACUCUAUCUCUCCAAAUCUGGCUUUUUCCAGGUUCAUUCGUCAGAUCCAACAACUCAUGUUCCUGCUGGGCCACAGUUCCCUCCAUCUCUGCCUCCCGAGGUCCAGCAACAACCUCCUCCCUCAUCUGAUCUUUCAGAUCACACUCCUGGAUUAAUUCCUGAGUGGGUUCUAUAUAGAUACCCGCCUUCUAUCAGCUUUGGUUGGUAGCCCAACUGCACCCCUAUCUGGACAGGGAUAGUCUAACAUCUGUCAUCCAUGCUACGAUAACCUCUAGGUUAGAUUACUGCAAUAUGUUAUACAUGGGGCUGCCUCUGAAGACGUUUUGGAAACUUGAGCUGGUGCAGAAUUCAGAAGCCAGGUUGCUUACUGGAGCAUAUAACCCCCAUUCUGGCCUGACUGCACUGGCUGCCAGUUAGUUUCCGGGCCCUAUUCAAAAUGAUGGUUUUGACCUAUAAAGCCUUUAAUGGCUCAGGACCGCAAUACAUCAAGGAUUGCCUCGCCCCAUAUGAACCAACCUACGGUCAUCAUAUGAGGCCCUUCUUUGUGUGCCUCCUCAGUGAGAGGCUCGGAGGGUUGCAAUGGGCCUUUUCUGUGGUGACUCCCCACUUGUGGAAUGCUCUCCCCAGGGCGGAUUGCCUGGCACCUUCACUACAUAUCUUUCAGUGCUAGGCAAAAACAUUCCUCUUCUUCUAGGCCUUUGGCUAAUUAAACAAUCUAUGGCCUUUUAAACUAUGUGUGGGGCAAGUAUUGUUAUUGUUCGUUAUUAUGGUAUGUAUUUUUGUGGUUUUAUAUUGUAAACCAGCCUGUGAUCUUCAGAUGAAGGGCAAUAUAGACAUGAUGAUGAUAAUGGUGAUGUAUUAUAUCUGUACAUCAGUUUAUCAAAGCCCAACAUCCUUCUUUGGUUUCUUGUGGGAAGCCCAGUCACCACUAAGCAAAAAAAGUAAAUGUGUGACUUAAUGCUAGAUUUCUGCUAAUGGAAUACUCUAACCUAGGGAUCGGGAAUAUCUGUGGAGGCCCUUCAGAUGUUGUUGUGGAAUUCCCAUCACCUCUGAUCAUUGGCCAUGCUGACUGGGACUAGUGGAAUUGUGGGGGGGGGGGGAGUCCAGCAACACCUGUAGGGCCCCCACAGGCUUCACACCUGUGUAUUUAAAAAGCAACUUUGCUUCUUGGAGUCUUGUGGCGGUCAGCAGAAGCCACACUUGGUUUCUCCAGUGGCCAGAUCCUAAUGAGCUGGUGGUUUGUGUUCUGCAGCUGUUACAAUAAGGGAGUAAGAUUUGUUAUGUAGAGACUUUGUGGGAGGUGGGGUUGCAUUGUGUGCAGCCAAGCCCUGCGGGGUUGUAGGAGCUUAACGGGGUUUUCCUGAUAUUUACAUGCAUCCUGGUGAUGUUUAGAAGUGGAAUGGCUCCCCUCCAUGUGCUGAGGCGGGUGUGGCUGGUGAUGGCUCCCUCUCUCGCCAGUUCCUCAGCAGCCUCUUGCUGUUGUCUUGCAGAGUGUGAGCACUUAAUCCGCCACAUGCUGGUGCUGGAACCGAGCAGGCGGCUCUCCAUGGAGCAGAUCUGCAAACACAAGUGGAUGAAGCUUGGGGAGGUGGAUACGGAGUUCGACACGGUGAGCCAGCACAACUCUCCUUCCUUGGUGGCUCUCCAUCCAGGCAGUUUACUUGCCUCCUUUGUCUUUGUUUUCCCAAGGAGUUCAGCAUCUCUCAGCUCUUCCUUGCCCUAGGAGGUUGCUUGGGAGAGUCUGUGACCAGCUAGCCCCAAACCUUGUGCUUUUCCUUGUUGUGAAAGCUACAGCCGUUGAAACGCUCUGUUCUUUCCAGUUAAUAGCCGAAUGUCAGCACUUGAAGGUUGAGAGGCAGAUGGAACCGCUGAAUGAAGAUGUGCUGCUUGCCAUGGCCGAGAUGGGGCUGGACAAGGAGCGCACCCUCCAGGUACUGGCUGUCUCCAGGCAUUCUGGGGUAGAAGUAGAGCGGCUUGCCUUGGGUGUGAGGCUGAUCAUUUUGUUGUUUCCUUGCUUUCCCAGUCAUUAAGGACAGAUGCUUACGAUCACUACAGUGCAAUCUACAGUCUGCUCUGUGACCGUCUAAAGAGGCAUAAGAACUUGCGCAUUGCCACUCUGCCCAGCCUCCCACGGACCAUGGCCUUCCCAGCACAAGCCAGCAUCCAGGUUAGUCUUCUGUGAGGUGCAGCUCUGUUGCUUUCAGAUUAACUUACACAAUGGGGCAGUUCCAGAGGGUGCCUGGCUAGCAGCUUGCACUGUGCAAAAGGACGAUUCAUGCAAGGACAAUUGCUAUUUCUCUUGGAGCUGGAAAUGACAAACUCUUGCCUGUGUAGGCAGAUGGCCUCUUUAAAAUAUUUCGGGGUUUGUUACUUUGAGAAGGUGACUGACAGGGCUGCCUUCAGCAUCCCCACAGGUGCCCACUCAGCCUUUCUCUUCCACCUUGGGCAGCUACUUCUGUUGCUGGGCAGCAGGAGGGUCCCACAGUAGAUUAUUUCAAUUUCUUACCCAUAAUAUGUCAAGGCCUGCAAUAUAAAUAUAGCAAUUUAAAAUACAAUAUUAAAAGCAGCUUAAAACAAAUCAUAGUAAUAAGAAUUGGGUGUGUCCUGGAAAUAUAUAUAUCAGGUGUCGAAGGCCAGGGUAAAUAUCUGCCUCUGGUGGUGGCAGCUGAGCAAGAGGAAUGGGACUGGGCUUUCCAUGGGCUUUCUGCAUUUGGUGUUCACAGUUUGGUUUGGUGUUUGCUUUGCAGGCAGAGCAGGCGGGCAACCCAGUGAGCAUCAGUGUCCCACAAGUGCAGCUCAUCAACCCCGAGAACCAAAUAGUGGAGGUAAGUUGUUUUUCUCUUCCAGGAUCUCCCCUUGCUAGUCACAGAUGCUUCUGCAUUUCUCCCCACAAACCACCUUACGGUAUGUGUUUCUGCCCUAGACUGAUGGAGCAAUGACUCUGGAUAGCGACGAAGGCGAAGAGCCGUCCCCUGAAGCUCUGGUCCGCUACCUCUCCAUGAGGAGGCACACGGUGGGAGUGGCUGAUCCUCGGUGAGUUUUGCUGCCUGCUGCUUCUUACAAACAAUCCCAGAGCCAUCAAAGGGCGUUGCAAAUUUCCCUCAUUGCAGCCCUCUGUCCUAAGAGGGACCUGGCUCCUGUCUCAACUUACAGGCAGGUGUCACCUCUGUAGUGACACAUUAUCUGGCAAGUUUGGCCUGGAAAAUGCUGGCCUCCCUUCUGCUGCUCCUAAGUGGUGGGAAACAAACUUGCAGCCCAGAAUGUGAGCAGAGAAGCAGGGUUGCCUGGACCGUCUCCUGAGUUAUUGUGCAUGUGUUUGCAGCACGGAGGUGAUGGAGGAUCUCCAGAAGCUGCUACCUUGUUUCCCACGCAUCGCACCCCAGGCCCCCUUCCUGCAGGUGGCUCCCAACAUGAACAUGGCAGCCAACAUGCUUCCGAUGCAGCACCUGCAACCAACUGGUCAGUUAGAGUACAAGGUAUGGCAAAGGAAACACUUUGGGAACUCUGAGCAUCAGUCCUCAUUCCUGUGAGAUUACCAGCUACCAUGGCUUCAUGAGCCUGUUGAAUUGGACCUGAAACCAAAUUAAGAAGACACCCACCCUCCCUCCCACCCACCCACCCAGCUGUAUGACAUGGAGACCCUAGUCAUCACUGUCCUGGCUGCCAGUCUAAGGGGAUGAAGUCUCCACUGCUAAUUCAAUGCCUGCUUUUGUGUGAUCAUGGUUCUCCCAUGCCCAUCAGACCCUGCUGUUUCUCCUGACUCUUGAGGUAUGCAGCCAGGGUUUGGUAGAGAUGCAGAAUUUUCUUGCAGGAGCAGUCCUUGCUGCAGCCCCCAACUUUGCAGUUGCUGAACGGAAUGGGACCCCUUGGACGGAGGGCGUCAGAUGGAGGAGCCAAUAUCCAGUUGCACGCACAACAGCUCUUGAAGCGUCCCCGGGGCCCUUCUCCACUUGUUACAAUGACACCAGUAAGUAACUGAAAGAUGGGUGGGGUGGGGUGGGGUGGGGGUGUUCUGGCACAGCACUGUGCCCACUUUUCAUAGUAUUUCACAGCUCCAUGGAUAUGGACCAAGUGAUUGCAUUCUGCUUCUUCUGGGCUUACUCAUGGCAGAUAAAAGUGGUGGCCCUGCCACAUGCAGAGUGCCUCUCUCAGCUGGCCCUUCACCCUUGCUGGUGUAACAUGCAUCUUCUGGAACUCAGUUUUUCUCCCUAGUUUUCCUACUGGCCCUUUCCCCACCUGAGACUGCCUGGCUUGCUCUAUGUCCAUGGUUUUUUUUGGGGGGUGGGCAGGAUCAAGUGCAUGUGACGAGAUGGUAUAUCUCAGAUCCAUGGCCUAACUCCCUAUUCCUUCUGAAGGAUUCCUCUUUUCAAAAACAAAAAACAAACCCUAUAAAACCUGUUUAGGAAAUGUGGCCAAGGCAGACUUUUUAUUGAGACAUUCAUUGACACAAACUAAGCAGCCCUGCCAAGCAUGUGCCUCUUGACUUAAGGGGCAUUAGGAUGUGUCUCGCUUGGGGAAGAGCUCGGCCUCUUAGUUCAGAAUCUUUCUUGGGGUAUCUUUUUCUUCUGUGGAAGCAAUGAACUUCAGGUGGGGCUGGCUCUGGAGUGGGAGUGUGUGGGGAAUGGUGCCAAGUGUGGAGCACCUGGGUGUGUAAAAACCUUUCUGCAGAGCCAAGCCCCCUUCCCUUUCUUGUCCUUCCAGGCAGUGCCCGCCGUGACCCCUGUGGAUGAGGAGAGCUCAGAUGGAGAGCCAGAUCAAGAAGCUGUGCAGAGGUAACACUCCUCCUGCUGCUGUUGCUGGUGGUGGUGGUGCUGUCUUCGGAGGCACCCUCUGGUGCCUGGCAACUGCUUUAGCCAUAGCUAGGCAGCAGGUUGGCUUGUGGUUUCUGCUUUGCCUCUGCUUCUCUGAGAACUGGUGUUUCAUGUGGCCUCUGCUGCAGCUGUGACCUGCUCCUGCUCCCUCCCCUGGUCUUCCCACUAACCUCCCUGGGUAGGUGGAUCUUCUAGUAUUUGGGGCCUCAGCUGUUAGUAUAGCUCUUGGAAGAAGAUGCCUACAGUCGACACCCUGGCUACAUCUGUUCUCGCUGAUGGGGGUCCAAAACGGUCAACUACAAUUCUGCUGCUGAAGCCGUUUGCUUUAGCAUGCUUCUUUUGAUUCUCCUUGUAGCCUGUGUCCCAAGGAAAGUCUUGCAGGCUGCCGUGGUAGCAGCUGUGAACAGCAUCUACCAAGUAGCUUGCUAUUUAAACAGCAGCCUUCCUGAUUUCCAGGCAACUACCUUUGCUUGUAAAGAGCUCAGAGUUUGCCUGGAAAAGAUGCCUCCUUGAAGAUUGGGGUAUCUGUUCCCCUUUAGAGACAGACAGAAACUGGGUAUAAAGGUUGGUUGGUGAGGCAGUUGACGCUUUUUUAAAGGAAUGAAAUAUCCAUGGAGCAUUCUAUCAGCGAUAGCUGUGGUUCCUUAUUCCAUGUAUCUGGGGGAGGCUUUCUAGUGGUUUCUCUUUCCCCUCUUCAAAGCUCUUGGGAAUGUAGUGUCCUCUCCAUUCCUAGUGUCCAUUCUCCAGCACCCUCACUACUUUGGUGAACAACAGUCAUUGUAUGAUGGGGCAGAGCUGCGGUAUGUAAAUCAGAUGACACUGCCUUUGUGGCAUGAAAUCUGACCCUUUGUGAUAUUCUUUAUAAUGGCUCAUGGAACUUAUUUUUGCUGAGUUGAUACAGUAGCUCCUCUAGCCUGGAGUAGUCUAGCUGGCAAUGCAUCUAGAGCCCAGCUUAUUGGUUCAUGGAGGUUUUUGCCUCUGUUCCCUUAACUGGAGAUUCUGGUCACUGGACUAGGAUUCUUUUUAUACAUACACCUGUCUGCCUGAAUCUGUUUUUAAACCGAGACCACUGCAGCUCAAUAUUUGCCAACUUUGACCAGUCAUGGCUUUCCAGGAUCUUGGGCAGAAAAGCCUCCUUCCCAUGACCUGUUUCUCAAAAAAUGGAAUAGGAGAUGCUGUACAUGGAACUUGGAGCGCCUCCAUGGCAGACAGGAGCUUUGCCUGUGAACUAUGUCCCCUCCUCACUGCCUUUGGGCUAGGACAGAUGUCAGUCUUGCUGGGCAGGUUAAUGGAACCAACAUACUUGAGUCAAAUCACCUCACAUACUGGGAUGAGACUACAUGGCUAGAGAAUAUGGUGUUGCCUGCCUUCCCACUUAGCGUUGGCUGUCACACCAUGCCACGGGCUGCCACGUCUCAAGAGUCAACAUCCUUCCUGCAGGGGUGGGUGCAAAUAUUGACCUUCAUAGAAUGGUGUUAGCUUCUCUGCUUGCAGAACCUUGGAGGGGACCCAUAGGCUGGCCUCUUGCCUCCUGCCCUGGGUUUGUUUGAGGUACCUGACCUUGAAUUGCAGCUCGUUGUUCUCUUUCCCUCCAUAACUGCUUGAUGUAGUUAAGGGAAAGAUUGGUCUCUGGGAUAUAGAAAUGAAACACUGUUAGCAAGUGGCAGAUUUAGAGCUCUUCAGGAAAUGACCUGAUCUCCACCUGAGAUGCUGGCUUGUUCCCACAGCACUAACUCUUCUCCAUCCUCUUAACUCUGCUUUCCUCCUGUGUGGUGGUGGUGGCAAAUAGCUUUAAUUGCUGCUCCUCUUUGGUCACAACGUAAUUGGCAUUAAAAUCUAUGAAGUCUGUACAAGUAUACUAUAGCCAAAGCUCACUGGUUUCCCUGAAUAAAGUUCCUCACUUGCCUUUUAAGUUGGCUUUGAUAAAUGGAUUCAACACUCUCAGAAAUGAAAUUAGGAGAGAACUCAGGAAGCCAUGUUGUAGCUUACUCAUCUGAGAGCCCUGUAAGAGCUGGUCCCUAGCACAGAUCCAGAAAUUGUGGGGUCAACUUUCCCUUCCCUGGAGGCAAGUGAGCCUUUCAGAGGCCCAGGCUGCCCUUCUGUCUAACUUUUGCUGAAACAUGGCAGCUUUUGCAUACAUGACCUGAACAAUUCCUUUUGUGUUGGACAUCCCCUUAUUCUCUCCUCUUCUUGUCCAGGUGCACCUGGAAGUGCCCAAGAACAGAGUCUAGGUGGCGCUCUUGAUGCUUCCUUCUAGCAUCGCUUAGACCAAGUGCUGGAAUGGUUGGAUGGCCAGAGGGCCCUUGCUCCUUUAAGAGUGGCGCAAACGAAACCCUUGUCACAGCCAUCAUUUACCCCAUCUCGCCAUGUUCAGAAAGGCUGCACCAGUGGAAAUUCUCCCCUCUGGGUAACUCUUAAAGGCUGAGGGGACUUGCCCCGUGUGCAGUAUUCCUGGUGCGUGAGGCCUUGACUUCUGCUUGGGAAUCCUGUGUCAGAAUGAGCUGCCUGUUUCUCCAGGAAUCUCGUUAGCUUCAUUGGCCCAGUGCCAGCAUCAAGAUAGCACCUUCCCCCACAGUCCCAUUUUCCGGCAAAAAGGGAGCCCUCCUCCUUACACCUGCUGCAACCUUCUGAGCCUGCUCUUAACCUCCACCAAUGCUUUGCUUGGGUUUUCUGUAGGCUGGUGUUUCUGCUUUCUCCAGAGUUUCCCUGGGCCCCGAAAGGGCGGUCUUUCUCCCACCCCCAUUCCCAUUAAAGAAACUCUUUUGAGAAAGCUGGGUGGUUGGUGCCUCCACUGCCUCGCUGUCCCCUCUCUCCACCCCCCUCGCUCCCUCUUUGGAGCAUUCCAGGCACAGCCCCCACCCCUCCCUCUCACCAAAUGUGCUCCUGCUUGUUGCAGAUACUUGGCCAAUAGGUCAAAAAGGCACACACUGGCAAUGACCAACCCCACUGCGGAAAUCCCGCCCGACUUGCAGAGGCAGCUAGGACAGCAGCCCUUCCGCUCCCGGGCAUCACACCUGGCACCCGACCAGCACCGGUGAGUAGGUGGCACCGGCCGCUUGGGCAGUUCUGCACCAGGGAACCUGUCCUGGGCAGAAUGGCACCCCCUAGCAGAAAAAAAGAAAAAGGCUUUUUUGGAUCAGGCACUUGAGGGGGCUCUCCAGGCCCUCUACAUGCAGGAGAGGAUUAGACAGGAGGCAGCUGUCGCUCAGGCCUGGGCAUGGCAUAGCAAGGGUGGGACGCUUUGUUACUCUGUUGGGGAGCAGGAAACCUCUGUAAGAAAGGAUGUGUCACAGCUGUUUCUGUCUGACCAACUGCUUGCCUGGAAUUAAAACCCAAAACUCCACUUGACCCCAUUUGUUGGAGGGGUGGAAGUUAGUUGAGAGAGUGUCAGCAGCUCCUCCUCCUGCCCCCCCCCCCCGGACAAAGCUCUCGACUUGACUCUCUUUCACAUCAUAUGAACAGCGACCACGUACAUAGUUGCAGGAUUGUUAGCCUUGGUGGACAGGGUUCACACAGCAUCGUUUGAGUGACCUGAGGCUGUUGGAAUAGUCUGAUAGAGGUAUGGGCUGCUACCUCACCAUAACAGCCCUUAGAGGAGAAUCUUUGUUUUUUGUUUUUUUUAAAUAAUUUUUAUUAAAAUUUCUAUAAAAAUUAAACAAAAAAACAUAAAAGUAGAGAUACAAAAACACACAAUACAUAAUCCAAAAAGAGAAAAAAAAACACAGAAAACAGAAUACAAAACAAGAACUAAAAAGAAACAGAACAAUUAAAAACGAUAUCACUUUUCCAUUUCCGUUUUUGAAUUUACUUAUUUUCUGGACUUCCUCAUACCUCCCUCUUUUGUAUUCCAGUCCAAAUUGUUUGUCCAGCAAUUUCUUUUCCACUUUUUUAAUCCUUAGAGGAGAAUCUUUGAACCUUGUUUGUGUCAACAGCUCUGUCAUGGGAUUGGCACCACCAGAACUGUAUGUGUUUGCCUGCAAUGUUUCCUCGCUAAAAUUGCAGGGGAGGGGGGUGGCUCUGUGGCAAAGGAACAAGUGCGACCUUUGACUGUUGCGAAAUGGGCUCUACAUGAUAUCACACACACACACCCCUGGACUCCUGUUGCAAGUCUGUCCACAUAUGAGCCGUAGCCCUUCACCCCCUCCCACCCUGCUGUCCUCCUGUCCAUUUAGUCCUAGGUGUGAGCUGCUGCCGCCAAGCCCCUUCCCUGACCCACCUUGCUGCGGCUUGCAAGCCUGUUUUGUAAUUGUCAUCAGGAUAGCUUCUGAGCUGAGCAGUGACAUCGCCAGCUGGAACAGUUGAACUCUGAGCUGGCUGAGGCCAUGCUGGCGCCACGCUGGAACCUGAGGAAAGCAAAGAUAAGCUGUGCUGGCCCUGGGUAACUCCUGGUUAAGCUCUGCUGCAGGACAGGAGCACAGUCCUGUGUGACUCCGACAGGGACAUCAUGGGGCUGAGUAAACAGAAUUCUUUGGCGGAGGCAGCUCUGAGCCCAGCAUCUCCCUCCACCCAGCCUCUCAAUGUGUUUUCCAGGUGUCCAGUUCCUCCUGCUGGCUCAAGGAAGACCACUGCAGGUCUCUCUCCUGGCAUACCUGCCCUUCUCCAGGACUUACACCAGGGAAGGUGGGAAAGAGAUAAGAGCUCUUUCUGCAGCUCUCUUGGCUCCAGGUCACUUCAAGGCCUGAGUAGCUAAUCACUGUAGACUUUGGUGUUGGCACGUAAACAGGCUCUUCUUGAAUCCACCAAUGAUUCAUUGUCAAAGCCCCUUUCCAGCCACCCACGACCGGCACAACAUUGCAAGGAAAUGGUUGCUGUUUCCCUUGAAGUUCAUUUAACUGGUUGGUGGUGGCAUCAGAAGUGGGUUUCCUAGGCAGGGCACAUGGGUGAGAAUGAAAUGCAACCGGUUCUGGAGUUGCUGAGAGUCACUUCACCCUGGAACAUGGCCAGUGGAAAAUCCUUUGGGUUUUAAGAGGGGUUUCAGCAAGGCUGCAUCUUGUCUGAUGCCUACCAGAGCCAUGAUUUAUAUAGGCUGGGCUGAGCAGCCUGAGCGCUGCUGCUCCUUGGGAACCACCUCCUCUGCUGGAACACAGUUAGAAACGGCACUGCAGAGCCCAUUUCUGUUGUCCACCUUCCUGGGCUGCCACCCCAAGACAAUUUGCUUGGAUCCAAUGUUAUGGUUGGGAGUGGAGAGGUGGGACUUGUUUGGCGCUGCUUAAUUCCUAGCGAGACCAUGUGACCUGCACUGAGCUAUUUGGAGGAAAGGUGGGAUGUAAAUAAUUCAGGGAGGGGGUCGUAUACUCUGCACAUGCUCACCCUACAUUCUACAGUGAGCCAUUCCUGUCAAUCUCUUGCUUACAUAUAAAGAAGGGCAAGCCUAGCAGGGUUUUGCAGCAGGGAAGGCAGAGGCUGUGGACCUGCAAACCCAUUUCCUUCUUCUAAAUUUCUUUAGCGCGGGACAUCUGUGAUCAUUGCAGCUAGUACCUGGGCCAGAUGUGCUUACUGGGGAAGAAAGGGUUCUACUGAAGCCAGGCUCUCUCUGAGGUGGAGUCCUUUGCUGUCCUUUGACCUUUGGCUAGCACUGCCCUCCCAGCCAUCAUAUUUUCAUGUAAUAUACUGUCAGCAAAAGGGCAAGAGUGAUAAGAGGGGGAGAGAGACAAGUGGCAGCAUGCCGGCUGAGAGGAUCUUCGAGCCUGCAGUGUUUAGGGGACUCUGGGUCUUCUCACUGCUUAGUCAUCACAGGCUGCCUUUCCCAAGUCUGUUAAUACUGUGAACCAGCUGGGUAACCAGAACGAACAAGGGAGAGGAGCAACACCCCUAUGAGGAAAGGUUACAGCAUCUGGGGCAUUUUAGUUGAGAGAAAAGGGAGCACACGAUAGAGAUGUAGAAGGUGAUGCACAGUGUGGAGAAAGUGAACAGAGAGAGUUUUUUCCUCUCUCUCGAAAUACUAGGACUCUAUCAUAUUCAUUAAAGCUGAGUGUUGGAAGAGAAGACUCAGGAGAGAUGAAACAAAGAACUUCUUCACACAGCACAUAGUUAAGUUAUAGAAUUGACUCCUGCAGGAAGCAGUAAUGGCUACCAACUUGGAUGGCUUUAAAAUAGGAUUAGACAAAUUCAUGGAGGAGGGGGAUAUGGCUACCAGCCACAAUGGCUACCAGCCACAAUGGUUAUCUUCUGCAUCCAGCUGGAAAUCACAGCAGGGGAGAGGCUCCUGUGCUUGGGUCCUGCUUGUGGGUUCCCCACAGGCAUCUGAUGGCCACUGUGAGAACAGGAUGUUGGACUAGAUGGGCCACUGGCCUGUUCUUCUAGCAGGCUUUUCUUAUGUUCCUCAGGACACCACACUUCCAAUCUCUUUUGCGCACAGAGCAAGUUGGCAAGUUCCUUUGCCCAAACUGUGAGGGGUGGGCGCAGAACAUGGCCAGGCUGCUGGGAACAUGGCUUUGGUUAAGCUGGUGCCUCUAAUCCCACCUUUUUGUCUCCGUGCAUGCACAGCUAUGUCUAUAAAGACUCCAACACACUGCACCUCCCCACGGAGCGCUUCUCUCCGGUCCGCCGUUUCUCAGACGGGGCUGCCAGCAUCCAGGCAUUCAAGGCCCAGCUGGAGAAGAUGGGCAACCACAGCAGCAUCAAGCAGCUGCAGCAGGUAAUGAGAGGGGAGAGCAAGGGCGGAAACCAAGCCAGGCAAGAAAGGGAGCAGCAUGGGCCAGCAAUCCAGGCUCCUGGCAGAACUGAGCUCUGCAGCUCCCAGGAAAAGCUUCCUUCCUUAUUCAACCUGCAGCCGCUUUUCACCUAGCAUCCCACCGUUGUUCAUUGCAUCCUCCCUGUAUCUUGCUCUUAGGCCAGGUUGAAUAAUAGCUUUGUCUCCUGCUCUGCGACAAAUGUAAAGCAGGGGCUAGGAAGCCUUGGAGUCCUUGCAGCACUAGAGCAGCUCCCAGUGUCUUGUAGAAAAAGAUGUGAUGGUGAAUAAGAUGCUCCCCAGGACCUGCCCUUGAGAUUGGUGUGGUGGGGAGGGAACACUCCAAGUCCCAAGAGGACUUUCUCUUGUCUUGCCUCCAGCUGGCCCCAUCUGGGGCUUUUGCCCCCUCUGGCUACUUUGCUGCUGUUGCCAGCAGCGCCUGAAGGAGCAAGUGCUAUGUGGGUCUCUCCUCCUGGUGCCACUGAAGCAAUGAGCUGAAAACCAGAGGGAGCCACAGUGGCCAGGCUGCCUGUGAGCCUCGCCUUCCUGCCGCGCCCCCUCUGGCUUUCUUUAUCCAAGAAGCAGCAAAAGGUCACUUGGUGGGUUGUUUCAGGAGUGUGAGCAGCUCCAGAAGAUGUAUGGGGGCCACAUGGACGAGAGGACCCUGGAGAAGACGCAGCAGCAGCACAUCUUGUACCAGCAGGAACAGCAUCAGCAGAUCCUUCAUCAGCAGAUCCAGGUACUGGCACUUCCAAGGAGCAUCAGGAGGAGGGCAUAAGUGACUAGGAUGUCUCUGCUUUGGACUGUGCCAUGCUAGCCCAGCCCCCUUUAGGACAUGGCUCCAGCCCAGUAUUUCCCAAACUUGGGUCCCCAGCUGUUGUUGGACUACAACAACUACGCUCUGAGCCCGGCCUUGGCUGGGGAGGGCGGGGUAUAAAUAAAAAUUAUUAUUAUUAUUAUUAUUAUUAUUAUUAUUAUUAUUACAACUCCCAUCAUCCCUAGCUAGCAGGACCAGUGGUCAGGGAUGAUGGGAAUUGUAGUCCAAAAACCCCUGGAGACCCAAGUUUGGGAAACCGCUCUAACCCAAUGCCACUGUAUGCUUUCCAUACAGAAGGUUCAGUUCCCAACAGCAUCUCCAGGUUGGGCUGGGAGCGACUCCUGUUGAAAACAGGCGCUGCCAGUCAGUGUAUAAAAGAGACUGAGCUAGGGAGACCAAAGAUCUAACUCAGUAGGAGUCAGCUUCCUGUGCCUCCCCCCACCCGACGCCCAUGAGGUGUCUGUGUCAAGUGAAAACUCUGUCUUGUCAGCUCAAGCGCUUCCACUGUGGUUCAUUGGGGUGGGUGGGGGAGAGAGAGAGAGAGAGAGAGAGUUGUCUAGUGCUGAAAUGCUCCUCCCUAUUGGUCAGUAUCAGGAACACAGGAAGCUGCCUUACAGCAAUUCAGAAUAUUGGUCCAUCUAGCCGAGUAUUAUCUACACUGGCUGUUAGAGGCUUGCCAGGGUUUCAGGCAAGGAUCUUUACCAGCUUUAGCUGGAGAUGCUGUGCUGCCAGAGAUUGAACCAACUCCACUUGGCCCUCUUUCUUUAGAUAGGGCAACCUGGAGAGUUGCAGUUCCUUCCCAGGUAGUCCUUCUGCCCUUUCAGCUCUCCACCCCCCCCCCCCCAGUCAGCAGCAGCAGGCUCCAGAGCCAGUAAGUGCCAGCAGCCUCUCUCUCCGUUCCUGAGCUUCAGCUGCCAGCCCUUUGGGCCAAUGUCUGACAGGUUGCUUUCUCUGAGGCAGCCAGGAAGAGAGUUGCUUGAACGCCUUGGCAUAGCUUGGCUCCAUGGGGCUGCUUUGCCCCCAUUUUGCAGAGUGCUCUCAGAGUGUUCUGCGGAUGUCGCUGCUCACCAGCACUCUUCUUUGUUUCCUCUUUCCUGUGUGGUGUGCAGGAUUGUGUCCGCCCUCCUCAGCCUUCUCCGCCACUGCAAGCUCCUGGAGAAAGCCAGCCUGCUUUGCUCACUCACCAGCUUCAGAGGUAAGGAACAGCUCCUGCAGUUGGUAGGCCUCAAGCCUUCUCUGUGCCUUGCAGGAAAGUGUUGGCACCUUCUUGCUCAAAGGGACCCAGUCUCAGCUUGAUCAGCCUAGGCGCUUUGGCCUGCUGUAGCUGCAUUUGUGAAGCUGAGAGGCAAAAAAGGAGAGGUGCUUAAGUUUAGAUGGAAAACUCAGAAAAGCUUUUUUGUUUUUGUUUUUAGACAGACAGGCGCCUUCUCAGCUGGGAGGUUGUCUAUUGCAUUCUUUUCAGGAAAAGGUUGCAGUCCCUGCAAGGACUGCCUCAUAGCAAAGGCUGGGGAAUGACAGGCCUGUUGGGGCAUUGGCCAAGUGAGAAAGCCCCUUUCCCAGCUGCUUCCAAUGUCAGUCCCCUACCCCACCCUUCUUCCACUUCAUGCUAUAGGUAAGCUUUGACCAAGGCUAUGGUGGUGUGUUUUGCCUAGGCCUGCUCUUGCCUUCUCACUUUCUGGCAACGUAAUCCAGUGUAUUGUGCAAUAUAGCCUGGGUGCUGAUAUGCCAUAAAAACUUACAGAUUGCCUGGCUCGCCCUUACGUUGACGCCAUUAGGCCUGUGCUGGCAAUUUUCUAUGGUGACAUGAACAUACCUGAUGUGCUUGUGUGUGUGUAGGUUACGGAUCCAGCCCUCCAGCCCACCUCCAAACCAUCCCAGCAACCAUCUCUUCAGGCAAACGGACAGCAGCCCCCCUCCAGUCAGCAGCAGCAUGCUCCAGAGCCACAGUAAGUGCCAUCAGCAUCUUUCUCCUGCCGAGCUGCAUUUUGGUUUUGUCCCCAUCCCCGCCGGGGGUUGCUUGCUCCAGCUAGCUGGGAGAGUCCCAGGUUAGGCAGUCUGCCACCUUCACCAUUAGAACUCAGUUAAGGGAUGAGUGAGCAAUCACAGUUGUUUCCUGAAAUGGUGGACAAAGAAGCCUUCCCCCCUGCUUACACAGAGAGUAGCCAUUGUGAAUCCCAGCCAAGGCAGUUAAUGGAAAGGCUUCCAUUUCGCAGGUGCAGCCUCGCCGUCGCAGUUCCAAGGGAUGCCCUCUCACAGCGCCAUCUUCCAGCAGUCGGGCAGUUGCUCACCUCCCCCCAAUGUGGCCCUCUCCUGCAUGGGCAUGCCGCAGCAAGUGCAGGGGCAACCGGUAGCCAUCCAAGUGCAGGAGCCAGGAGAUGGGAUGGGCGGCAGCCUCUUGCAGGCUGGGCGGGGCAUGCCCACCCCCGCCAGUGCCAAUCAGCUGCAGAUGCACCAUCGGGCCAGUCUGAUGGCCUCCCUGACUUACGGGCACAGGCCCCUCUCCAAGCAGCUCAGCGCGGACAACGCAGAAUCGCACAGGUAUGGCUAUGGCAACAAUGGGGUAGUCUCGGGGUGUUAUGUGUGCCAAUUCACAGUUGGCCUGGCUAGCAGCUACGCAGAGUGUGAGAUUCCCAAGUGGUGUCCUCCCUGGACCGCAGUGCUUCUCUCCCAGGCUAGGCCUGGUCCGUUUGUGGGGUCUGCAGGUGGUGAUGACAUCUUGCUGAAGUAGGUUUCGAAAAAGGGUUGGGUAGAUGGGCAGAGUGGCAGCUGAGCAAUGAUUAUUAGCCAGGCUCUCUCUGAAUGGAACUUUUUCUCUGUCCUGAGGCUGGAUGAUGUGGGUUGUGGAAGUGAUGAGGUCAUCUCUUCUUUCUGGGCCAACUGGCUGGCUGCUGCUGAAGACCAGCCCAAAUCCUCCUUCUGGGCCACAAAGCACUUGAGGCACAGUUCCCUAGAGUGUCUUCUGUGCUCCUAAAGUGCUUCCUUCCUUCCUUCCUUCUCUCUCUGUCUCUCAAUCCGCACAGGUAUCCAUCAACUGGCUACGACCAGGUGCACUUGCACCCCCACCUGUUUCCGGAGCAGGCCCGUGUCCCUCCAAGCAGCUACAGCCCAGCUACAGCAGUGGGCUUCCCUCCGCAGGUGGAGCAGUUCCCCAACUUCUCCCAGAGCGCUCAUCAGCAGCAGCACUACGCCACGUCAGCCCUGCAGCAGGCGCUGCUGUCCCCCACCCCGCCAGACUACAGCCGGCACCAGCAAGUCCCACACAUCCUGCAGGGCCUGCUCUCGCCCCGGCACUCACUCACCGGCCACACGGACCUGCGGUUGCCCCAGGCCGAGGUGGCGCAGCUCAUCAAGCGGCGGCAGCAGCAGCAGCAGGAAUUCCAGGAGCUGAUCCGGCACAUGAGCCAAGGGGAGAGCGGACAUGUGGCUACCAGCGUGGCCCAGAAACUGUCAGAGCGCCAGGCUCUGUCUUUGCCUUAUCAGAACACUGACACGUACCACCACCCUCACCAUCACCACCACCACCACCACCACCACACCAGUCCCCAGCACCUCUUGAAAGUGAGGGCGCACGAAUGUAUCCAGCAGGCGCCAGCCUCGGUGCCGGCCCACGGGUACGCUCACCAGCCCACCUUGGUCCACUCGGAGAGCAUGGAGGAGGAAGUGGACUGCGUGUGUGAAGGGGAACGGGACAGCUUCCCAGGCAAUAAGACCAAAGCUUGCCACGAGGCUCCACUGCUCUUAAGUGCCGGUGGUCCUGGGGACCCAGACGCUUUGUUUGGGACUGCCAAGCAGGAGCAGGAAUUGGGAGCGCACCACUACAGGCACCAGCCAGCCACCACCUUCAGUCGGAAUAAGGUGCCCGGUAGAGGUAAGGCCAGGCCCUGCCCGGGACACAGAACAGGGCACUGUUGGGUGGCCGGUUGGGUGGGGCUGGCCUGGAUGGGCAGGGGGCAGAAAGAGGCAAGAAACUCUGAGGAAUAGGACCUGGGUUGGUGAGCAGGCUGCCUUCACAUGCUGCUCUGCAAGUGGCACCUGUCUUGAUGGAGGAUGGGCAGGUGGGAGGAGAGCAGGGCAGGCUCCCAUGGCUUACGGGCAUGGACAGGGUGGUGGUUGGAGGGGGGAAUGGGGCUUAUUCGCACCGGACAUCACUAAUUUAUGGAAUCAGCUGCCACAGGGUGUCAUGAUGGCCCGUGGCUUUCAAAGGGGGUUAGACAAAUCCAUGGAGCCUGCAGGAGAGGAAAUGCCAACAAAGGGAAACCUCAAAUUUAGAGCCUGCCUGCCUUCUGAUAAUAUCUUCUGAGGAGUAACAGCAGCAGGGGGCUGUUGCCUUCAUACAUUCCUUGUGAGAUCAUUAAGAGGCAUUGGGACCAGAAGAGUCAUUGCCCUUGUCCAGCUGAUCUCUUCUGAUCAUCUAGGGCCCUCCCACUUGCUGCUUGAGUUAAUGGCAGUUCAGUGGAUUGGCUCUGGGAGAGGCAGGCUCAAGGCCCAGCUGAGCUGGGAACUCACAUGGAUUCUGCGUUGAGCCACCAUCCUCUCUUGCUCUUAAUCAUUCCCAUCUGUGAAAUAGGAGGGCAAGCAAGGUAAAUACCACAGAGCCAUUUUCCAAGUUGGUAUAGAAGGAUUGACCUUGUGUGAAUGGUGGUGCCUUGCCCCACCCCCCCACCCCAGUUCAGGGGAUUAAGAGUACAGGCAGGUCGGCAUUCUGGCAGCAAGCAAAUGCUUCCAGAAGUAUUUGUGGCACAGGGUUGGUAUGGGGGUGAAUUUGCUCAGGAGGAGAAGGAUCUUCUUGGUGCUCUCAGCGCAUGGGACAGUGGCCCAGGGGAAGGAAAGCAAGCAAGCCAGGCUUCACAUUUGCCUCCUCAGCCGAGCUAAGAGCUCAUGUGUGUUGCCUUCCACCUGCCUGGCUCCAGGGCUGGAUGAGAGCACCCUGAUCAGGACCCUAUUUCUCUUCCUUGCCUUGUCCUGCUCUGGCCAAAUAUGGCCUGCUGCUCAUUUUGGUGGUGGCAAUGGGAUGCUGCUGCAAGAUCUAGCAGAUGUCAGGGGCAGGCAGCUGGUCAUUGGAGGUCCUCCAUUUGGAGGAGCAGCAGGAAGGAGGACAGAGGCCUCUCUGGUGGCAGAGUCGGCCAUAUUUCCCCUCUCCUGCUGAAGCAUCCUCUGUUUGUUUUUCCAGGAAAGUUAAACUGACUCCAGCUUUGCAGCUUCAUAUAGAAAGAGUGGUGUGAUAGACGGGAGUCCUGGGUACUCUUUGGGAUUGUGAAAUCCUGGCUAAAUAUUUAUUUAAAGUCCUUUUUUAUCCUCUCUCAAGCUGAAAAGGCUCCCAGAGCAGCUUACAGAUUUUUAUUUACUUAUUUAUUUUUUGAAAACCCACAGCCACUGCCCCUUGCAUUCUAAAAGGCACAACACAAAAAAAGAAAAAGGGAUAGGGAGGGAGGAGGGGGAAAGUAUGCUUAAGCACCAGUUCUGAAAAUUUAAGAGUCCUUUAAAACAACAAGCUGGGCUGAAAACAGUCGGGGGGGGGUAGCCCAAAAGAGUGUUUCCCCUCCUGUCCCUGUUUUCCAUACGGAAUCCUAGUUCUGACAAGAAGGCCACCUCCAUGCCUCCUACUCAUUGGCCAGAGCCAGGGCUUGUUGCACCUUAGGCCCGAGGAAAGAGCUUUGGGGGAGACACAGGUGAGGACGUUGUGCUGUGCAGAUGCCUCCCAUCUGCCUACAGCGCUGCCUGCUAGUAGCCCUUUCUGUGCCCUGUGGGUGGUGGCUCCUGAGGUGAUAAAGGACAGCCUUUACACCCUGCAAGAACAACAGUUUUGUCAGCAGUUGAUCUUUGGCCUGGCCCCUUUGGAACGAGGAGCACCGCCCUUUGGAAUCGUUCCACUGCAUGUCUCCACUGUGUGGAAAUGGGGGAAGGUGGGCCCAUGCCAGGAAGCAGGCUGUGCCUUGUGGGCCUGAGCUAUGCACUUUAUGCCUGUUGGGGAAGGAUCUCCUGCACAGGCUCCACUGCAGGGAACAGGAGCUGCUUGUGGGUCUUUGCACAACUGUGUGUCCAACAGCAGGUGUCCCACACAUGAGAGAGAGAAGGCUGCCUUUUUUGUUUUGGGGUGCUGUGUAGAGCCCACCAAGGAGCUGCAGUUGGCUCUCAGCUCCUCUCAUAUCCAGGGGCAUCUCCACAGGCUGUGCCGCAGAGAGUCUAUGCAAAGCGUGGUUUCAUACCAGGAAGUGGCUCUCCUGCUGCUGUUGCUGAGAAUCAAAGAGGAGGGUGUGUGUGUUGUGAUUGGCAGGUUGGCUCUGAGCCGGCUGUGCUCUGUCGCAGGGCCAUUGUGAGGAUAAAAAUGGGGUAAUUCCCAUGAAUGUCUUGAUGGAAAGAAUGUGCAGUGAAUGAGAAAGGGGAAUGAAAAGGGGGUUCUCUUUCGUUGUACUUACGGCCUGAGCCAGAAGGAUUUUAGGGUACUUGUGGUUGGGGAAUGGGUGCCUUUGAAGGGACAUAAUGGUCUUUCCCCUCCCUCCUCUUUUGUCUCUCUCUCUCUCCCUUUCCCACAAAGACUCCAUGGCCACAGGUUGCAUGGAAAGAAGCUCUCCUGGUCACGUGGAGAUGCCAGAUGCAGAUGGGCCAGAGGGUUAUCCCACAAGGCCGAUUCCUGGUGUGCAUCACAGAUCCCGGCCUUUGCAGAGACACCACACCAUUCAAAACAGUGAAGAUGCUUACGUAUGUUGGGGAGAGGGGUGUUGGUGGGGGUGGGGGCCCCCUGUGUCAAGGUGACACACCUGUUCUAUGGUGUGGUGGAGGUGAAGGCCCUGGUCCCACCUCCUCUGGCCAGCCUCUUCCUUCUCAUUCUUUAGCAGUGCCCCUUGCAGGUCUCUGAGCCUUUCCUUUCUGCUCCCUGCAGGUGCAACAGGACACUCUGCCGGGCAUGAGCCUAAUGGCAGGGAAGGCGCUCAGCUCUGCCCGCAUGUCCGACGCUGUGCUCAGCCAAUCUUCCCUCAUGGGCAGCCAGCCGCUCCAUGAUGGGGAGAGUGAAGAAGGUGAGUGCUUGGAGCCUCCAGCGCCGCCAGGUGGUGCCUCUUUGCAUGUCCAGCCAAAGGCAUCUGACUUAGGGCUGGGCAGAGGGACCCGCUUGCUUGGCCUGGCCCAGGAAAGCGAGACGGAGACAGUUCUGGAUUUGAGAGGUGGGGAGCAUCUGUGAGUGCUCUGUGUCUGUGGGCCUGGAGUGGGAACGGGCACAUUAACAACUCCACCCUUCUCGCACUAGGAACCAGGUUGAACAUCUAGAUGGGACAGCGGGAUCCUUUGUUAAGCUUUCCGGGUUGAGCUGCAGCCCUCUCUCCCUGGGGCCUGGGGCAUGCUGCACUUGGCAUGCCCUGUGGCUCCUAAAUCUUGGAGCCAAACGCACACUUCCAGACCUUGCCUGAGCUCUCACUUCAGCUUCCCUUGUCUUUGGUUUUGCAGACUGUGGAGAGAACUUGGAAGGUCAAGAGCACCUGAACCUAGCAGACGGCAACCAGCAUCUAAACACCUCUUGUUACUCUUCCACGUGUAUUACUGACGUCCUGCUGAGUUACAAGCACCCAGAGGUGCCCUUUGGGAUGGAGCAGGCUGGGGUCUAGAGAUUAGGCAGGCUACAGUAAGUAGCAUUUGAGUCCAAACCUGUGCCAGGCACUGGGGAGAUGCAUGGACCCCUUCCAUGAAGGAAAAGGGAUGGGGGGAGUACCCUCCUUUUUAAUGUUGGUCUGCCCACUACCUGGACAUGCACUACACCGUGCUCACUGGGGAAGCAAGCGCCACAUCCAAAGUUUCUGCAGGGGUGGGCCUAUCUGUUUGCUGCUGCUGCUGCUGGAGCUGAGCAGAGCUCUCUCUGGACCAGCCGCAAGUCUCGGGACCUUGCAGGCAGAAGAGCCAGGCAUGAGGAAAUAUUGUGUCUGCGUCCCUGGGGCAUCCGAGGUUGGGUGUCGCAUUCCUGGCUCAGAGGCCAAGAGGCUUAGUAGGCUCAGAGUGCGAAAGGUGCACUGCUCACUGCUGCCCUUGGGAAGGGGCAGAGCUCUGGGCUCUCUCUGGCUUCCCAGUGAGCUGUUCCUGCUCCUGAAUCCAUUACCAAGAGGGCCUUGCUAGGCUAGCCGGUUUUAUGCCUGGCAGCGGGAGUGUGGAGCAGCGUGGGGCACAAGAAAGGCUUGGUGAAGGUCCUCUGUGUAGCCAUGUAGGCAAGUGUCUAGUAUUCCUGCCACCCACUCCCCUCUCUUUGUCUCUCUCAUUUUCCGGCAGGGGUAUGUACAGCUUUGAAACAAAAAGGUCCAUUUCAAACCAACAGUAUCUCGCAGCGUUGCGCCAAAUGGCCGUCCUGUUUCUCCUUGACGGAAAUCUUGUGGCGGCUCCUCCUCCUCCUCCUCCUCCUCAACCUCCUCGUUGGUUCAACAGUGUGCUUGUUCCUUUCGGAUGUUCAUUAUUGCCAUAUUUGCCUGUGACGCCAGCCAUUCUGGAAGGACCAGAGCACCCCCCUCGCACAGAGGCUGCAGGGGGCAGUUCGAGGGCAGCUGCCGGCUUGGAGGGCCCCCCCUUCACAGUCAGUGGCAGGUGCCGGGGGAGGGGGCAGCCAGCCUUGCCUGGAAAACCUGAUGGCAGAAGGGGAGAGGAGCUCUGCCCACCCGCAAGCAAUAAGCAGCUGUUUUGGACGGUGCCUCUUCAUGAUCUGCCUUUGCAGUGGCCCCUCCAGGCCAGGGGGCUGGUGGGGGUGGCGGGGGCUGUGCUUGCGGAGGGGCCGAGAGCCAAGCCUCCACGUCUGCCUUCCAUGCAUCGCUUGCCUCCCACCCCUUGGCCAUUUGCGCCCCCCCCCCACCGCAGUGGUGCAAUAUUGCUUUUGUGUGUCUCUCCUCUGUCAGCCUUUCUGUUUUAAAUUUUGUCACUCUGUCCUUUCUUCCGUUUCUCUUUUUUUGUACAUCUCCCCCCCCCCCAUUUAAUUCCAUGUGCUACUACUUCUUCUUUUUUCCCCUUUUUCCCUUUGUUUCGAGAAAACCUGGUUCUUGUUUUUAACUUGCUUUCCCUUCAGAUCAUGUAGGAAUUUGUUUUGGUAAAUGUUUUAUUAUUGUUGUUGUUAUUAUUAUUAAUAAUAAAUUAAUUGUUAAUAAAAGGCAGGAUGCAUUUUGCCCCUCCCCUUCUACCCCGCCCCACGUUGCUGCUUGCCCCUCCCCCAUCUUCCUCCCAGUAUUGGCUUUUCUCCAGUGUGGCAGCGGUGGUGCCCCUGGCGUUGCCGCAGAGACCGUCUCUCCCUUGCUCUCAGCCCUUGAGGAACUUGUUUUCUGUGACUGGUCCAGGGUCUGGGGCACCUCCAGCGGCUGGGCCUCCGGGGAGUCUCUCGUGUCAUCUUUUCUGCCUUUGGAACUUUUGACAAAGCUGCAACAGAGAAUCCCUAUUACUGACUCUUUUUGGAAGAAUUUUUUAAAAGGAUUAAAUAUAUACAUAAAUAUAUAUAUCAAUGCAGCCCUCCUGAAUUUGCACAGAAGAAGUGUGAGACCAGCAUGGCUGAGGUUCUUUUGCUAUCGUCAUCAUCACCAUCAUCAUCCUCCUGUUCCUCGUUCUCACCUUUCCAGCAGCAUCUGUAUACCAAGAUGUGCAAGCGAUGGUGGGGGGAAGCCUCUUCCUGCUCCUCCUCCUCCUCCAGGCUGGAUUGUGGCCGCGGUUCCACUGAGGCAGGGGACUCGCUUACCAGGGAAGAAGAGUGGGCCAUGGAGGGGCAGGGGGAAUUGAGGGCUGCUCACUGCUCCCUCCUGCCACUGGGAGGGGCCAAAAGGCACCGAAAGCCUCCUCUGGCCUGGCUUUGGACUCUUGCUUUGGUUUUUCCUUCUGUUUACAUGAUCCUGAGAGAUGACAGCAGCAUCAGCCGCCCUCCAAGCAAACCGCCGUGCAGGGACUGGCCUGGCUAUGCUGUUUUGCAGUAUCACUUUUUGUUUUUGUUUUUUUGUUUUUGCAGGGGGGGGAUUCUUUUGUUUUUAAUCAUUGCUUUGUAUUGUAGUAAUCAAUACUCGCAGUAUAUGUUGAAUGUAUCAUAUACUUUGCUAUUAUUUCUGUUUUGGGGGAAAUGUCCAAAGUAUUUUUUCUCAUUUAUGUUGGACUGAAAACAAGAACCCACACAAACAAACUCCCCAGAUUUUCAGCAAAAUCUUAGUUCAGUUUUUUUCCGUUUGUUUGUUUGUUUUCGGUGGGUCAUCUUGCAACUAGUAACUUAGUUGGACGUGGGAUCAUGACAAAUAAACCCAUGAUUAUGAUUGGCUCUCAGCAGCUCUGGUCUGGCUUUUCUCUUGCUGUUGUGUCCAGGGUUGGGGAGUGGUGGUGCCUUAAACUGGGAUUGUCCCUGAACAAGUGGCAGUGAUGGCUGGAGACCCUCCUUAGGCAGAGGACCCUUUCGUGUUCUGACCAUGUGCUGCAUUGGUAGCAGCGCAAGCCCAUGUUUGGGUCCUUGCAUACUUCAGGAUCAGUAGAGCUUCAGGCGAGAGGGAAGGGACUCAGUGACAGAGCAUCUUCUUUGCAAGCAAAAGCUCCCAGCUUGAAUUUUCUAGCACAGCGUUUCCCAAACCUGUAUCAUCGCAGGGCCCCACCUGCCUCCUCCAUUGCAUCCCAUCACCAGGGUUAGUAUCAAAAGACCCUCCUGCUGCACGCUGCUCAUGACCUAGAGGAAGGGGGCAUAGAAUGCACCUUGGUGUGUAUCUGCUUAGCAUCUCCCUUUGAGGGGGUGCCAUAAUGUGAGCAUUUUUGUCUGAAAAUGGCAUGCCAAGGAGUGAUUAGCUAAGGUCAGGUCCUGUUGAGAGUUUUAGUCUGGUGGCAUCCAGUGGCAAUUUGUGCUCCCUGAGGAGAUAUUUGCUUCCACCAGAAAAGUUGUUUGUCCUUUAAAGCCAAGCUGGCUGAUACAAGAGCAGCAUUUUUGUCUUUUUGAUAGUCCUGGGCUUGGAAUCCAAGCAGAGCCUCCACAACCUCAGUCACAUUUCUUUGGGCGAUGGGCUUGCAAGCGAAUGGGCUGGUGUCACCAUUGCUUCAUUCUCCUCCUCCCCCAGUGAGUCCUGCUGAUUCAUUCCCAGGGUGGGAGGCUAAGAAUGGAGCACAGUGCCCAAAUGGGUUUACUUGGAUUUCUCUUCCAGAAAGUCUGGAUAGGGGGUUCCUUGUAUGCAUCUUGUCCUUGUCUGAGACAUUGUAGAGCUGCUGCCAGCCAGUGCUGACUAUAUGGAGCUGGCUGGACCUUAAGGGGCUGACUCAGUAGAAGGCAGCUUCCUAUGCUCUGCAGAUGAUGGAACUACAGCUGCAGUCCUCAGUAAGGCUGCUCUGAUGUGUAUGGGCUUCAGCUAAAAGGCUGGCAGAGUUUUCCUUGCUGUUAUCUCCUGUGUCCCCAGCCUCAAAGGUGCCAUAGAUAUCAAAACUCUUGAUGGCAUGGCAGUAAAGGGACACAUGCAAAAUGGUGCUAGCUGAUAGGGAUUAUUAGUCUUUAUGGUGCCCUUAGACUUGGCUUUUGCUCCAACAGACUAAGACAUGUCUGGAAACAGAGUCAGGAUGUGUUUCUCGUCUUCUGGAGAGUAACUCCCCCUCCCUCUGGAGACAGGUUUCCUGGCACUGUGAAUUCUAAGAUGAGUGGCAGCCCCACUUUUGUGGAGGUUUCAUGUAAUCAGGCUCCGCCCUCCCCUGGCAGAGAAAGCCAUGCCCAGAAUUUCAUGCAUUCAGUUGCACCACACAGUCACCAGCCUUCCUAUCUGAUGUAAAAUCCAGCACUCUCAGGGAGAGGCUGAGGUUUAUUGGAUGCAUGUAUUGCUUCACACUGAAUAAAGUCCUGAAGUGAUUUGCAACUAAGUAAAACAUAACAGUGAUACAAUCACGUCAGCAUAUUAAAAACAGCACAAUACUGUAUCAUUGGUGCUGCCUCAAUGCCCAAGAAAACAAAAGGAUGGCAAGGUUGGCACCAGGUGGGCCUCCCUUGGGGGAGCGCAUUCCAUUAAGUUGGGAAGGCAAUUUUCAGGCCUUUCCAACCUUGAACAAUGAGAUGGAAUCUCAAAAGUCGUGGGAUGGGUCAUAACUCUGGCUGAUCACUUGCUCUGCCCACAGUAGGUCAAUCUCUGGUAUCAUCAACUUCGAAAAAUGAUCAGAAAGACCCUUGCCUGCCUAAGAUCCUAGAAAACCCCAAUCAGAGGACACCAGCCUCCUCAGUGUUUUGGACAGUGAUUCCCAUCAUCACCCUUGACCUUCCUGGCUGUGGCUGAUGGGAGUUGCAGUUCGACAACUUCUGGAACAUCUCAGGUUGGGGAAGGCUGGAGUAGACCGUAUCACGCCAUGACAAAGUCUCAUCUGGUAUAAGGCAGUUUUUUGUGUUAAGGAGACUCCUGUGUUAAGGAGACUGUGUUAAGGUCAGAGGGUGGGGCAAAGAUAAUCCACAUUAUCUCCCUGGGGCCAGCAAUCCAAGAAUGAAGUAGGCAGAAUGAGCAAAUGCAUCCAAAUGCUUGAGUCUGCACAAUGUGUUCAGAUUGCAGUUACUCUCUUAGUGGAGUCAGGAGGUUUUCUUGGUGUAGAUAGAGCCUCAGACAUCUUUGGAACAACCCUCUAUGGCUGUGGUGGUUCUUCCCAUAGAGCUGCUUUCCCUAACCUGGCUCUGUCCAGAUGUUUUGCACUCCAAAGAAAAAUAAUCAGGCACUUUAAUAAAUAUCAUU